CUAGCCUUGCCUCGGGUGUAGGGAUUGCAGAGGACAAGCAAAACUACACGGAGACACCCGCUGUGUAGUUUUGUUUCCUUAGGUUUGGAGGCUUAACCAUUCACACAUUGGAUUUUGUAAUUUUCUGGACAAUUUCUGACGUUUUAUAAAUUUGGGCUCUGCCCCCAUAUCUUAGGCACUCUUGAGGAUUCAGGGUGCCUACAGACAUGACUUCACAAGCUCCGACGUUUACACAGCCGUUACAAAGUGUUGUGGUACUGGAGGGUAGUGCCGCAACCUUUGAGGCUCACGUUAGUGGUUUCCCAGUUCCUGAGGUGAGCUGGUUUCGGGAUGGCCAGGUUCUUUCUGCUGCUGCACUGCCAGGUGUGCAGAUUUCUUUUAGCGAUGGCCGCGCUAGACUAGUAAUCCUUGCCACGACAGCCGUGCACAGUGGUAGAUAUUCCCUACGAGCCACCAAUGCAUCUGGUCAAGCCACUAGUACAGCAGAAUUGCUAGUAACAGCAGAGGCAGCGCCUCCAAAUUUUAUACAAAGACUACAAAGCCUUACUGCAAGACAAGGAAGCCAAGUCCGAAUGGAUGUUCGUGUGACUGGAAUCCCUACACCUGUGGUGAAGUUUUUCAGGGAGGGAGCUGAGAUUCAGAGCUCCUCCAACUUUCAAAUCCUACAAGAUGGUGACCUUUAUUCUUUGAUUAUAGCAGAAGCUUUUUCUGAAGACUCAGGAACCUACUCAGUGACUGCCACAAAUAGUGUGGGACGUGCAACUUCCACUGCUGAGCUCCAGGUUCGGGGUGAAGAAGUUCCUGCUAAAAAGACAAGAACUACUGCUCAGAUUUCCCAGACAAGACAGGCUCGACUUGAAAAGAGAAUGGAAGCCCAUUAUGAGGUUUCAGCCACGGCAGUGGGUGAAAUGGUUGUAGAUGGCAUUGAUGGACAGCAUCUGCCACACAAAACACCUCCACGGGUUCCACCAAAGCCAACAUCAAAGUCCCCAACUCCUCCAUCUGUUACAACUAAAGUACAGGUUACACGGCAGCAAUCGCCUUCUCCAGUGCGUCAUGUAAAAGCACCAUCACCUUCUCCUGUCAGAUCUGUGUCUCCGGCUGGAAGACUGUCUACAUCUCCAAUCAGACCAGUGAAAUCACCAGGAUUAGCCCGUAAAACUCCACCUAUUACUCAUCCUUCAGAAGUACCUCCACCGUGGAAGCAGGAAGAUUAUGUGUCUUCAGUUGAUGCACGGUUGAGGGAAUCUGCAGUGUCAGUUACUGUUUCUCAAGCAUACCAGGAAGAAAGACGAGAAAGAAGAUAUGGUCCUCCAGAGCAGCCUGCUGUUGCUCCUGCUAUUUCUAAAGAGGUACAGCAUGGCACGAAGAAAUCAACAGCUGUUGCUACUGUAGUAGCUGCUGUUGCUCAGGCAAGAGAUCGAGAACCAGUACCAUUCGCAGUGGAAUGUGCCCCUGCAAAGCCAGCAGUGACUAAGAUGCACAUUCAGCCAUUUCAGGAGCAGAUUGAAGUUGGGAAAAAAGCAGACGCCGUGGCAAAAGUAGUUGCUGCAGUGGAUCAUGCACGAGUAAGAGUACCAGUGCAAGCUGAAGGUGUACUUGCUAAAGAGAUGGUUUCUUCAGUUGACUUUAAGCAGAAAGCGGUAGCUGAGCGUACCCUUGAGGUUUCUUCUGAAAAGCGUGUUGCUACUACAGCUGUCAAAAUUGAGGCUGUGCAUUUACCUGCUGAAGUGCAUAUUCCUUCGGCUGAACCUGACUUACACAUCUCACAGAUCAAAAGACCAGCAGAACCUACUGUCCGGGUGGAACAAAAAAUUUCUCAUACACCAGUACCUCAUUUUACGGUUACAAAAGUCACUGUACCAAAAACAGAACCUACACAGGAGGUAUCAAUAGCAGGUUCUGCAAUAGCUUCUCUGCAUAAAGAGUUGUCUGCAUCUUCUGCCGUAAAGAUCACCAGGCCAGUGAAAUCUCCUUUGUUAAAGACAGUAGAAACAAGAACAGUGACAGAAAAGGAAGUACCUUCCCGUUAUCCUUUUAUAGAAACAACUGAUUUAUAUCAGACUCAAACUGAUAUGCAGAUGAAAAGAGAAGUAGAAAUAAGAGUUUCAGGUGUUGCAAAGCGAGAGGAGUUCUAUGAAAUAAGAGAAGAUAAGAAGUCUGAGGUCAAAGAAGAGCAUGUAACAGAAGAAAUUGCUAUCACGCCACCAGCUUUUGUGACUGGCCUCAAAAAUGUGACUGUUAUUGAAGGAGAAUCUGUCACUCUGGAAUGUCAUGUCGCAGGACAUCCUGCUCCAGCUGUAAUGUGGUUCAGAGAAGACUAUAGGAUUGAAAGUUCUAUUGACUUCCAAAUUACCUUUGAAGAAGGGAUUGCCCGUCUUUUGAUCCGUGAAGCUUUCGCAGAAGACAGUGGCCAUUUUACCUGUACUGUUACUAAUGAAGCUGGCACAGCAAGCACUUCAUGCUAUUUAGUUGUACAAGUUUCAGAAGACAUUGAACUUAGAGAAGAAGCCAUAACAGUUGCCGAGCAAGUCCACAGACAAGAAAAACGUGUUGAUGUGGGGAGAGAGGAAAUGGAAGUUGAAGUUAGACCACCAGUUGAGCCUGGAGAAGCUACUGCUCCUUUCUUCAUCAGGAAGCUCACUCAUCAAAAAUUAAUUGAAGGUGGAAGUGUUUCCUUUGAGUGUCAGAUUGGUGGGUAUCCUAAACCACACAUAUACUGGAAGAAGUCAGGAGUCCCUCUCACUACUGGCUACAGAUACCGAGUAAUCUACAAGAAAGAGACUGGGGAGUGCAAGCUUGAGAUCUCUAUGACAUUUGCUGAUGAUGCUGGUGAAUAUGCAAUUGUUGUGCGCAAUCAGCAUGGUGAGAUCUCUGCAUCUGCCAAGCUAAUGGAAGAAGAAGAGUACAACAUGUACAUUAAACAAGUCCAGCAAACAGCUGAACAGUAUAUGCAAGAACCCAGAAUUGCUGAUGUGGCACCAGAGGAUGCUUUAUCUGAAUAUGAGAGAGAGCAUGCUUUAAUAAGGAAGAAAAUGGGAAAAGAAACAACUGUUAUACUGAAAACUACACUACAGGAAUAUGAAUAUCAGAUUUCCUCAUUUGAAGAAAGGCUUAUCAAAGAAAUAGAAUACAGAAUAAUGAAAACUACAUACCUGGAACUUCUUCAUGAAGAUGGUGAAGAAAUGGUAGUUGAUGUUUCUGAAGAACUGGCUGUUGAAUCAGGAUUUGAAUUGAAGCUGAAGAGUUACAGAAUUCUGGAAGGCAUGGGUGUUACCUUCCAUUGCAAAGUGUCUGGGUAUCCACUGCCAAAGAUUGCAUGGUACAAAGAUGGUAAGCGCAUUAAAGCUGGUGACCACUACCAAAUGGAAUGCUUAACAGAUGGUAGGGCCAGUUUACGCUUAUCAGUUGUGCUGCCAGAAGAUGAAGGAAUCUAUACAGUCUUUGCCAGUAACAUGAAAGGAAACAGCAUUUGCUCUGGAAAACUGUAUGUGGAGCCUGUCACACCACCCAUUGGGCAAGCUUAUUAUCCAACACCUGAAGCUGUUAAGAGAAUUCGCUCUGUAUCUCCUCGGUCACCAAGCCGUUCUCCUGGUCGUUCUCCAGCUCGUUCUCCAGCACGGAGAUUGGAUGAAACAGAUGAAGCUCAGCUGGAGAGACUAUACAAACCUGUAUUUGUUCUGAAGCCAACAUCGUUUAGGUGUUCUGAGGGUCAAACUGCUAGGUUUGAUCUAAAAGUUGUUGGAAGACCAAUGCCAGAAACGUACUGGUUUCACAACGGUCAACAAGUUAUAAAUGAUUAUACUCAUAAAAUUGUUGUCAAAGAAGAUGGCACACAGUCACUGAUUAUUGUCCCUGCUUUGCCUACUGACUCUGGUGAAUGGACUGUAGUUGCACAAAACAGGGCAGGAAAAUCUUCUGUGUCAAUGACUCUCACAGUAGAUGCCAAGGAGCACCUAAUAAAACCAAUAUUUAUUGAAAAACUAAGAAAUGUCAGUGUCAAGGAAGGCUUUCCUCUACAGUUGGGAGUUAAAGCUUCUGGGAAUCCAGUUCCUGAUAUCGUAUGGUUGAAGAACAGUGAUAUUAUUGCACCUCAUAAGUAUCCUAGAAUUAAGAUUGAAGGCAACAAAGGAGAAGCUGAACUUAAAAUUGACUCUACAGUUGGCCCUGAUGCUGCAUGGUAUACUGCAACUGCCAUCAACAGAGCAGGGAGAGACACAACAAGAUGUAAAGUCAAUGUUGAAGUUGAAUUUGCUGAACCAGAACCAGAGAGGAAAUUAGUCAUUCCAAAAGGGACAUACAAAGCUAAAGAAAUUGCAGCCCCUGAACUUGAACCACUACAUUUACGUUAUGGUCAAGAACAGUGGGAAGAAGGUGACCUCUAUGACAAAGAAAAGCAACAGAAGCCCCACUUCAAAAAGAAACUCACCUCAGUGAGGCUGAAGAAAUUUGGGCCAGCACACUUUGAAUGCCGCCUUACUCCAAUUGGGGAUCCAACAAUGGUGGUAGAAUGGCUGCAUGAUGGCAAGCCACUUGAAGCUGCCAAUAGACUUCGGAUGGUUAAUGAAUUUGGAUACUGUAGUCUUGACUACGGAGUAUCCUAUCCUAGAGACAGUGGUGUCAUCACUUGCAGAGCCACAAACAAGUAUGGGUCUGACCAUACAUCAGCUACACUUAUUGUUAAGGAUGAAAAAAGUCUAGUUGAGGAGUCUCAACUACCAGAAGGCAGAAGAGGAAUGCAACGAAUUGAGGAGCUUGAACGACUAGCCCAUGAAGGUCCAGCUGGAGUUACAGAAGAAGCAAGAGAAAGACAAAAGCCUGAAAUUGUUUUGUUUCCUGAGCCAGCAAGAGUGCUGGAAGGAGAAACUGCACGUUUUCGGUGCCGUGUCACAGGCUACCCGCAACCAAAAGUUAAUUGGUACCUCAAUGGACAGCUCAUCCGUAAAAGCAAGAGAUUUAGAGUUCGUUAUGAUGGCAUUCAUUACCUGGAAAUUGUUGACAGUAAAUCAUAUGAUUCUGGUGAAGUAAAGAUAACAGCUGAAAAUCCUGAUGGUGUGGUUGAACAUGUAGUAAAGCUUGAGAUUAAAGAGAGAGAAGACUUUAGAUCUGUUCUGAGACGUGCUCCUGAGCCAAGGGUUGAGGUUCCUGCUCCAGAGCCUCUCAGACCUCCUCCUGAAGUAGAAAAGCCAGCAGAACCAGGAUUCAAAGAAUUUGUAAAGCUGAAGAAAGCUGACAGGAUAACUCAUGAAAAAGUUACAGAAGAGAGUGAAGAACUUCGUAGCAAAUUCAAACGCAGACAAGAAGAAGGUUAUUAUGAAGCUAUUACAGCAGUAGAGCUAAAAUCUCGUAAGAAGGAUGAGUCAUAUGAAGAAAUGCUGAAAAAGACAAAGGAUGAGCUUCUUCACUGGACCAAAGAAAUACCUGAGGAAGAAAAGAAACCACUUCCACCUGAAGGUAAGGUUACCAUUCCAACUUUUAAACCAGAUAAAAUUGAACUGACCCCAAGUAUGGAAGCACCAAAAAUACUUGAACGCAUUCAGAGCCAAACAGUUGCAGAGGGAGGUGAUGCUCAUUUCCACGUCAGAGUGGUGGGAAAACCAGAUCCUGAAUGUCAGUGGUUUAAAAAUGGUGUAAUGAUUGAAAAGUCUGAUCGCAUCUAUUGGUACUGGCCUGAAGAUAAUGUCUGCGAACUGGUUAUAAGAGAUGUAACAGCUGAUGACUCUGCCAGCAUUAUGGUGAAAGCAGUCAAUGUAGCUGGAGAAACUUCAAGUCAUGCUUUCCUGCUUAUACAGUCCAAGAAAGUGAUUACCUUCACACAAGAAUUGCAAGAUGUGACUUGUAAAGAAAAGGAUAGCAUGGCGACCUUUGAAUGUGAAACCUCAGAACCAUUUGUCAAAGUUAAGUGGUUUAAGAAUAACAUGGAGAUUUACUCUGGUGACAAAUACAGGAUGCAUUCAGACAGAAAAGUUCACUUCCUCUCUGUUCUGACAAUUGACAUGCCAGAUGAUGACGAAUAUAGCUGUGUUCUUGUUGACGAUGAAUCUGUAUCAACAACAGCCAGGUUGAUUGUAGAAGAAGCACCACUUGAAAUUGUCAAGCAUCUUGAAGAUACAGAAGUGCCAGAAGGUUUAUCUGGUGAACUAGAAUGUGUCAUUUCACGUGAAGAUGUUGAAGGAAGGUGGUACUUUGGCAAUACUGAAAUUACACCUAGCAGCAAAUAUGUAAUACUUUCUCGCCGUGGACGUCAGAAUCUGUUUGUUAAAGAUGUUGUCAAAGAAGACCAAGGAGAAUACAGCUUUGUUGUGGAAGACAAAAGGACAAGUUGUAAACUAAAGAUGCAGCCCCGACCUGUCACCAUUAUUCAAGGACUCGGUGAUCAGAAAGUAUGUGAGGGUGAUAUUGUCCAGUUUGAGGUGAAAUUAUCACUGGAAAAUGUGGAAGGCAUCUGGGUGAAAGAUGGUAGAGAACUCCAUCCCAGUGAUCGUGUUCAUAUUGUUAUUGACAAACAAUCUCACAUGUUACUUAUUGAGGAUGCAACAAGGCAAGAUGUUGGCAGCUAUUCAUUUUCAGUCACUGGACUAGACCUUUCAACAUCUGGACGUCUAGCUGUUUAUUCUGUUGAUGUACUAACCCCUUUAAGAGAUGUCAGUACUCUUGAGGGGACAAAGGCUGUCCUUGAAUGCAAAGUUUCAGUUGCAGAUGUAUCUUCUGUUAAAUGGUACAAGAAUGACCAACAGAUAGAGCCUAGUGACCGAGUGUAUCCUGUUGCCAAAGGUUCUAAACAACGCCUUGUACUUACUAGAACAUAUGCAUCAGAUGAAGGACACUACAAACUGGUUAUUGGCAAAAUUGAUACCAGUUGUGAUCUCUCUGUGGAAAGAAUAUACAUUGUAUCAGGCCUUGAGGACCAGACUUGUAUUGAAACUCAGAAUGUCACUUUUGAAGUUGAAUUGUCUCAUUCAGAGAUUGAUGUGGCUUGGAUGUUUAAGAACCAACAGAUUCAGCCCAGUCCAAAGUAUAAAAUGGAAGUCGAAGGCAACAUUUACAGAUUGAUUAUUAUUAAUGUAAUGAAAGAUGAAGAAGGAGAAUACACUGUCAUAGCAGGAGAAAAUACAUCUAAUGCAACACUUACCGUAUCAGGUGGUGCCAUAAGCAAACCUCUGGAGGAUCAGACAGUGGCUGAAUCCCAGACAACAGUGUUUGAAUGUGAAGUGGCUAAUCCUGAUUCUGAAGGUACAUGGUUGAAGGAAGGAAAACCACUACACAUUACCGAUGUCUUCAGAACUGAGUCUGAUGGUGUGAAAAGGCGAUUAAUUAUCGAGACCACCAGAACAGCUGAUGCUGGUGAAUACACCUUCCAAGUUGCAACUUCAAAAACAUCGGCUAAGCUGAAAGUUGAAGCUGUGAAGAUAAAGAAGACUUUAAAGAAUCUCACUGUAACUGAGACUCAGGAUGCAGUUUUCUCAUUGGAACUGACUCAUGCUGAUGUGAAAGGGGUUCAGUGGAUUAAAAAUGGCAUUGAAAUUGAGCCUAGUGAGAAGUAUGACAUUGAAGUAGAUGGUUUUGUGCACACCCUAAGGAUUAAAGACUGUAAUGUCCCAGAUGAGUCUGUCUACAGCUUUAAGCUUGGCAAAUUAGGAGCUAAUGCCAGGUUACAUGUUGAAACAAUUAAGAUAAUAAAGAAGCCCAAAGACAUAACAGCUCUGGAAGAUGCAAAUGUUUCCUUUGAAGUUAGUGUGUCUCAUGAUCGGGUACCUGUAAAAUGGUUUUUCAAUGAUCAGGAAAUUCAGUCUUCUGACAAGUAUAAAGUUAUCUCAGAAAGAAAAGUCCACAAGCUGGUGUUGCAGAAUGUUUCACACACCGAUGCUGGCGAAUACACUUUUGUUGUUGGACAAAUAGAGUGCAGAGCAAAACUGUUUGUGGAAUCUAUUUAUAUUACCAAGAAAAUGAAGAACAUUGAAGUUCCUGAAACAAAAACUGCAACUUUUGAAUGUGAAGUCUCUCACUUCAAUGUACCAGCUGUAUGGCUGAAAAAUGGUGUGGAAAUAGAAAUGAGUCAGAAGUUUAAGAUUGUCGUUCAAGGCAAACUACACCAGUUGGUCAUCAUGAACACUAGCAAGGAGGAUUCAGCAGAGUACACAUUUGUUUGUGGAAAUGAUCGAGUCAGUGCAACACUGACAGUGAAUACUGUCCAGAUUACAACUAUGCUACAUGAUCUGAAAGCUGAAGAAAAGGAUACUAUUACAUUUGAAGUAACCGUCAACUACGAAGGUAUUACUUACAAGUGGUUAAAGAAUGGUGUGGAAAUCAAAUCAACAGAAAGAUGCCACAUAAGAUCAAAACAGCUUACACAUACACUCACAAUUCGGAAUGUCCACUUUGGUGAUGCUGCAGAAUAUAGUUUUGUUGCUGGAUCAGCUGCAUCUACAGCCACUCUAUAUGUGGAAGCACGUCAUAUAGAAUUUAGAAAGCAUAUUAAGGACAUCAAAGUUGUAGAAAAGAAAAGGGCAACCUUUGAGUGUGAAGUCUCAGAGCCCGAAAUUGCAGUGCAAUGGAUGAAAGAUGGACAAGAGCUGGUUAUGACUGACAGAGUUAAAGUUCAGAGAGAACGCUAUGUUCAUCGCCUUAUUAUUUCCGCUGUCCGAAUAUCUGAUGCUGGUCAGUACUCUGUAGUAGCAGGUGGAAACAUCUCAUCAGCUUAUCUACGUGUUGAAGGUCGUGACAUUCGUAUUACCACUGCCCAUAAAGAAGUGCAGGUACUUGAAAGACAACGGGCUACAGUGGAAUUUGAAGUAAAUGAAGAUGAUGUUGAAGCCAGAUGGCUUAAGGAUGGAAUAGAGAUCAACUUCCAGAUUGAGGAACGGUACCAGUAUGUAGUGGAAAGAAGAGUGCAUCGUCUCUGUAUUACUGAAACCCGCUUUAGUGAUGCUGGGCAAUAUACCAUCCUGGCUGGAAAAAACAGAAGUGAAGUGACACUCUAUAUUAAUGCACCUGAGCCACCUCAGAUUCUAAAUGAACUUGAACCAUGCAUUGUUGAGUCUGGAAAACCUGCCCGAUUCUGUGCUGUAGUAACGGGUAGACCUCAGCCUCAGGUAUCCUGGUACAAAGAUGAACAGCUUCUUUCUGCUGGGUUUAAAUGCAAAUUUCUCCAUGAUGGAACAGAGUACACAUUAUUACUCAUUGAAGCAUUCCCCGAGGAUGCAGCUGUUUACACAUGUGAGGCAAAAAAUGAUUAUGGCAUUGCAACCAGUUCUGCAUCACUUAUAGUUGAAGUUCCUGAAGUUGUUUCUCCUGAACCAGAAGUUACAGUUUACCCACCUUCUAUAAUAGCACCUAUAGAAGAUACUACCACUGUGGAAGGGCAUGCGGCUUAUUUCCAAUGCAGAGUUGCUGGAUCAGAUCUUCAAGUGAAGUGGUAUAGCAAGGACAAAGAAAUCAAGCCAUCUCGGUUCUUUAAAAUGACUCAGUUUGAAGACACUUACCAGCUAGAAAUUGCAGAAUCUUACCCAGAAGAUGAAGGGGAGUAUACAUUUGUUGCAAGCAAUUCAGUAGGCCAAGUGUCAUGUUCGGCUCAUCUAAAACUGGAAGGAUAUAAAAAAGCUGAAGAAGUAACAUCAUUGACACAAUGGCAUGUUUCUACAUCAGUUUCCCAUUCGAAAGAGCCUCUUGGACAGAGGCCUGCAUUUAUUCUGCCUAUUUCAAGCUGCUCUGUGCGGAGUGGGGGAACAGCCAGAUUUCAUGCAAGAGUUUCUGGUCUGCCAAAACCAGAAAUACAGUGGUUUCACAAUCAGCAGUUAAUACUACCCUCUAAAGACAUAGUGUUUCAUUUUGAAGACUCAACAAAUACAGCUACACUUAUUAUAGUUGAUACUUACUCAGAACAUGCGGGGCAGUACUCUUGUAAGGCCAGAAAUAGUGCCGGAGAAGCAACUUGUACAGCUACACUUUCAGUGACUUCAGAAGUGAAAGAAAGUAAAGUCUAUAAGCAGGAAGUCAAAGCAGGAAAAGAGUCAUAUGAUGUCCAAGUCUUUGAAAGUGUAUCUGAAAGGUCAUCUGUGCAGAUUACAUCUGUAGAAAUGAUGGAAGCUCACCAAGUCACUGUUUCUCAGACUUCUGACAAGAGCUUGCAGAGAUCCCAGGAGAUGAAAGUUGGUCGUCCAAAGAUUCUUCUAGAGCUUCGUAAUUUAACAGUGAGAUGUGGAGAAGUGGCUCAGUUCAUUUGUUCCUUCGAUGGGCAGCCAUUUUCACAGGUUACAUGGGACCAUGAUGGUUUAAGGCUGGAAGAGUCUGAUCGCAUCAAGCUUUCACAAAAUGGAAAUGUUCUGUCACUCACUGUCCUGAAUGUGGAGCUUGGAGAUCAGGGGCAGUAUACCUGCACUGUAAAAAAUGCAGUGGGGGAGGAGAAGACAUCAGCGUUACUAACAGUAGAAGCUAAAGAAGCAAAAGCCAAAGUCGUUGCACAAAUUCCAUCUGAUACAGACAGUAAAAGCAUUAAAACAGAAAAAGAGUACCAUAUUAGGUCAUCCCACAAAGUCAUACAGGAAUCUUCAGAGAAAACAAGCAUCUCAACAAGUGUCUCAACGGUUUCAUCACAAAGACCAAGCGGAACUGAACGACAGAGAAGCAGAGACUACUACCCUGAUGUUGUACCGUGUGAAGAAGUUUCAGAUUCUGGUGCCACAGUACCAGAGUUUCUAGAAAAACUAGCCCCAGAAACUAUUAUUAGUGAAGGAGAUGAUGUGUCACUCUUUUGCGUUAUAAAGGGUGUACCUGCUCCUUGCGUCAUUUGGCUGUACAACCAGCUGAUAGUUGAAGAGUCGGCAUCAUGUGCCAUAAAACACGAUGGAUCUUUGUGCAUUUUAAAGUUAAUGAAAGUUGGGCCAAGCCAGAGUGGUACUUACACAUGCAAAAUAGUUAACUCUGCAGGAGAAGCGGCGUGCAGUACUCAGCUCAGAGUGACAGCGUUGGAGACGGUUAUUCAUGAAAAGAUUGAAAAACAAAUUGAGAAGGAAGUAAAAGAAUUCUCUAGCUCAGUUGUCUUGUCUACUGAAGAAGAAAGAACAGAAAUCUACAGAACUGGUCUUCAGUUGACUGAUAGAGAGAAAGCAUUUGAACUAAUGCCUGAGGCCGCCGUUUAUCCCAGAGAGUUAGAAGUUAAAAAGGAAGAGGGAAAAGUGCCAGUUUUUAUUAAACAAGUUUCUAAUAUUGAGGUAACUGUAGGGGAUGUAGGCAGGUUUACUGUUAUAGUCAGUGGUGUCCCCAAACCAAGGAUUCAGUGGCUGUGCAAUGGAGUCAAGGUUGCUCGUUCUCCAGAUCACAAGUAUGUUUACGAUGGGGAUGAACAUAGUCUAAUUAUUCCAUAUACAAAAUUAAAAGAUGAGGGCGAGUAUACAUGCUCUGCUACUAAUAUUUAUGGGGAGACAUCAUGUAGUGCAUAUUUAAAGGUAAAACCAAAACCAUCCAUAGUAAAAAUAGAAAAGAAGGUAAGCCGCCGCCCUCCUUCCUUCAUUAAAAAACUUGAGCCUAUCCAGUGCACUGAGGGCCAGACUGCAAAAUUUGAAUAUAAAGUAACAGGAGAGCCACUCCCUCAGGUUCAAUGGCUUAAGGGAACUAAUCAGAUUCAGUCAAGUUUAUACUGCACUAUAACUACCAAUCCUGAUGGAUCUGGUUCACUUACUAUUAAAAGAGCCAAUCAGGGAGAUAGUGGUUUAUAUACCUGCAGGGCAGUGAACUUCUGUGGGGAAGCUAUUUCCAGUGCAGAAUUACAUGUUCAGAAAGAGACUGUGGCUGUAACACAACGCAGAGUAGCACACAAGGAAGCCGUAAGAGAACAAGCCGCUGAGACAGUCACAACCUUUGAAGCAGAAUCUGUAGUUACAGCAAUGCGGCAGCUUCAUGCUGCUACCUUUAUCACAAGUACAGUCCAGGAACGUCCGGGCUUUACUGAACAACAUUAUGAAAGAAUUCAGAGUCCAACUAUAACUGAACUGCCAGUUUCUGAAAUGCCAUCAGUUCCUGAUCUCUGUUUGCCUUCUGUUGAGGAAGUUAGUCAAGAAGCUAAAGAAAAGAAGUUUAGGAUAGAACAUCCAAAAACAAUUGAACCUGAGUUAGCUAAAGAAGACAAAUACAAAUUUAUACCUGUUGUAUCAGAAGAGAAACGUACUAUAUUUGGUGAAACAGCAGUAGUAAUUGCUGAUGUUAAAACUGAAAAAGUGGUUUCAGAGCCUGAGCCUGCUCAUGUAUUGUAUAGUUACAGUAUAGAAAGCACCAAAGAACUCCCUAAGGAAAGGACUCUGGAGAUUGCGACUCCGAAGCCAGAAAAAGGUGACAUGCUGAAAGAAGGUAUUAAAAUGGUUCGUACAGCAGUCUCAGCUGAGCACUACAAGAUUUUUGAGGCACAUACAGAAGAUCUCUGUACUCCUGAUGCACCAGCGACAGCUAAGCCAUUAAAAGAAUUACACAGACCAUUGCACAGACCAGUAAGUGACAGCCAGGAAGUGUUGCCUAAAGAAAAAGUUUUUGAGCUUAAGCCUGAAAAACAGCAAGCUUUAUUCAUGAAGGAUGUUCUUGAAAAACAUACGCAAAUUGCAGAACAAAAACAGCAGUUUAAAGAUGAAUUUACAGUACCUAUUCCAGGACUAGAGAAUGUGGAAUCUGCUAGCCAUACAGUGGAAAAGAAGGAACCCUUCCAUUUAUAUUUAAUAAAAGAGGAACAGAUACUGCCUAAAGAGGACCCCCUUAUCUUUAAAAUACCUCCCACUGAACAGUCGGGCACAAAAAGGAUUCCAUCUUUAAAACUCCCUUUAGUUUUAGAGGAACAAACAUCUUUGUUACAUGAGCGGAUUGGCCAGGUUCCUGCCAUUGAUGAUGCAGUUAGUAUUGCUGCUGUUAAGGAGGUUCCACCUACUUUAAAUCUCCAGACAACACAAGAAGAACAUCUACUUUAUAAGGAAGGUGUAAUAUCUUUUGAAAAGCCUGCUAUUCAGGAGGCUGUUCAGAAAUUAGAGAAAUCCUAUAGUUAUGCAACAGUUUCAGAAGAGAAGAGAACAUUGCUGGCAGAUCAGUUUACAGUGCUUGGAGUUAAAGAUACUGUGCAUUCUGAAACCAGAUUUGAACCUCAACCAAAGAAAUAUCUUCAGGUUAUUAGUGAAGAACUACAAUUACCCAAAGAACAAAUUUUGCCUGCUGCUGAAAAGGAGCAACGGGCAACAAUUCAGAAAGAAGAGUAUCAAGCAGUCAUGCAGAUAAGCUCUGUAGCAGAGAGUAGGACAUUGGAUGAAGGUCACACUGUUGACAUAAAGGAUGUAGAAAUACUGAAAUGUGAAAGUAUGCUCGAACCUAGAAUUUCUAUAGAACCACCGUUAAGUGAAGACAAAGAUAUUUCUCUGGAAAGUGCAACAUAUUUAGAAGCAGCAGAGCAAGACUUUGCAUCUCUAAUACAGGAAGGGCAGUCAGUAAGGCUUCCAUUAUUCUUAGAAGAUAAGCAAGUUAUUAUGGAGGAACACUCUAAAGAAAUAAAAAGACCAGAAUCUCAGAUGUUAAAGGCUGGAAAACAGCCAAGAGGAACUGUGCAAGUACAUGAAUUACAGGAAAGUGAACAACUUUUUAAAGAGGAAAGUUUCAUUCCUGAAAAGCCCAAGACCUUUAGUUUGGAUGUAAAAACACAACUCAAAACUGCUCUAAAAUCCGCAAUAAUGAGUGAACAUCCAGUGCUUACAGCUGAAUGGUUAAGUGCUGUUCACACCAUAGGUGUAAAGGAAGUGAAAAUUACAGAAGAACCACAGUACACAUUAUGUACAUACGUUGUCGCCUCUGGAGCAGCUCCUCCAAAAGAAAUAACUGUGUCUCUUGAAGGACAGUACACUCAGAAAGCUGAGCUAAAGAGUGAAUUUCAGGCUGCUUUGCAUUCCAUUACUCUCCAAGAAAGGCAUGUACUCAUUUCUGAGGAACCUAGGUCCAUCUCUGCUGCUAAGCCACAGGAGGUGAGAAUUAGCAGUACACUACCAACUGAAUAUACUUCAGCCAUUGUAUUAGAUAAGGCAGUUAUGCAAGAGUCAGUACAUAUUGUUUCUGGUGCCCCUGGGACUCAGCAGGUUACAGUAACUACUGAGGCAAAAGGUCGUUUUGAAGAUUUUGUGCCUUCAGAAUUAGUUAGAAGCUCUGCACCAAAGGUAGAUAUCAAAGAUGUUGGUGCAGCAGUUGCCAGUAUUCAAAUACCUGCAGUACCUAUUCCAUCUGAAAAAAGAGUACAAAUUCUGGAAGUUAUAGAAAGGGAAGAAAAGAUAUUUGAAGAAACUGUGGAAAUGGUAAUAAAAGGUUGUCCCAUUAUCACGGAAGGUCUUACAGAUACUUCUGCUGAGGAAAACAGCCAAGUAAGCUUUAAUACAGUUAUAACAAAUGCUAGGAAAGUAAACUGGUAUUUUAAGGGUGAACUGGUGGUCUCAGGCAAAGAGUUCAGAUGUCUUCAAAAACGUGACACUUACACGUUAGUAAUCAACAAAGUAUGCCAGGAAGUGCAUCAAGGAGAAUAUGUCUGUGAGGCACUGAAUGAAGCUGGAAAGGCAACUACAUCUGCACAACUCACAGUUGUGAAAAGAGUUGCUCCAGUUUUUAAGCGGAAAAUGGAAUCAUUGGAAGUAACCAUUGGUAAUUCAGCAACAUUUCUGUGUGAGAUUGAAGUUCUACAGAAUGUGACAUUCCGGUGGUUCAAAGCAGGACUAGAACUCCAUGAUAGUGAUAAGUACAAGAUAACCAAGAAGAGUUACCUGUCAACUCUAGAAAUUCUGAAGCCACAGGUUGUCGACUGUGGGGAAUAUACAUGCAAAGCUUCCAACCAGUAUGGCGUUGUGAGUUGUUCAGCAGCCCUGACAGUUACUGAAGCUCUUCCAGCAUCCUUUGUAACCAGGCUUGAGUCAGUUACUUCUUUUGUUGGCAAGACUGCAAAAUUUCAGUGUGUGGUGUCAGGGUCACCAGUAAUAGAUGUGUCCUGGCAGAAGGAUGGUAUUGAUAUUUCAGCCGUAGAUACCUACCGAUUUUCAACUAUCAACAAUAGAUAUACUCUUGAAAUUCCAAAUCUUAAAACAGUCGACAGUGGCAUUUAUUCUUGCAUGGCAUUCAACAAGUUUGGAACUGACAUUUGCAAUGCCGAGCUGACAGUUAUUGACAAGCCUCACUUUGUGAAGAGUCUUGAGCCCAUACAAACUGCAGUAAACAAUAAGAUACAUCUUGAAUGCCAAGUAGAUGAAGAUGUCGGCUUAAAAAUAGAAUGGAGCAAAGAUGGGAAAAAAUUAAUUCCCAGCAGAGAUUAUAAAGUUUAUUCUGAAGAAAAAACAGCAGUUCUUGAAAUCUUCAGUGCUAAACUCAAAGAUUCGGGAAAUUAUGUCUGCACAGCUUCAAAUGAUGCUGGAAGUAACUCUUGUUCAGCAACAGUGACGAUCAGAGAGCCACCAUCUUUUGAGAAGAAGUUGGAAGCAACAUAUAUACUAAAACAGGGUGAUUCAGCACACUUACAAUGCAAAAUCAAAGGGUCACCAGAAAUCCAUGUCACUUGGCUUAAGAAUCACAAGGAAGUUAUUGCCACUGAAAGAUGCAAAAUGUCAUUUAUAAACUCUGUGGCUACUCUUGAUAUUCUUGGCAUGGAUGUUGAAGACAGUGGAUUGUAUACAUGUGAAGCCCUAAAUGAAGUUGGUUGUGACAGCUGCAAUUCUACAGUGACUAUCAAAGAACCCCCAUCUUUCAGCAGAGAACUUACUGAUGUUGAAAUAGUAAGAGGAGAAAAAGCUGCACUCAGCUGUGAAGUAUCUGGUACUGCUCCAUUUGAAAUUGGCUGGUAUAAGGACAAGAAGUUGAUUCGAAGUAGCAAAAAAUACAGACUGAUUCAACAAAAAUCUCUUGUUUCCCUGGAGGUUUCUUCCUUUAAUAGUGCAGAUGUUGGGGAGUAUGAGUGCGUUGUAACUAAUCAAGUUGGAAAAUGCUUAAGCAGUUCGUCAUUAAAAUUAAAAGAGUCCCCAUCUUUUGUCAAGAAGAUUGAGAACAUGACCACACUUGUUGGAAAUAGUGUGAUAUUUCAAGCCACUGUAAAGGGCUCACAACCUAUUGCUGUAACAUGGAUGAAAGGGAGAGAAACUUUGAAAGAAACAGACAAAAUAAAAAUUUGCUUUGAAAAUGGUACUGCUUCUUUGCAAAUCUUGGAUGUACAGACUAGUCAUGGUGGAAAGUAUUCAUGCCAGAUUGAAAAUGAUGCAGGUUCUCAAGUAUGCUUUGGAGAAUUGAGGGUUAAAGAACCCGCCAAAAUAAUUGAGAAAACUGAGUCUAUUCGAGUGACUGCAGGAGACCCAGCUACUUUGGAAUGUUCUGUAUCAGGCACACCUGAGCUUAGAGUUAAAUGCUUUAAACAAGGCAAAGAGAUACUGUCCAAUAAAAAGCAUAUAUUGAGUUUUAAGAAUAAUGUGGCAAGCCUUAAGUUCUAUUCUGCAGAGAUUGAAGAUAGUGGUGAUUAUACAUUUGAGGUAAAAAACGAUGUUGGCACUGACAGCUGCAAGACUUCCUUAACUGUACUAGAUCGCAUAAUUGCCCCUUCUUUUUCCAAACCUUUACGAAAUAUGGACAUCACCAUUGGUGCAUCUUGUUGCAUGGAAUGCAAAGUAUCUGGGUCUGUUCCAAUGAGCAUUUCUUGGUAUAAGGAUGAAAAGGAAAUAGUUGAUGGUGCUAAAUACAAGAUAUCAUUUCAUGAAAACACGGCAUCUUUGGACAUUAGUCAUUUAGAAAUGGCUGAUGCUGGUAUUUACACCUGCAAAGCAGCAAAUUCUGCAGGAAGCAAAGAGAGCAGUUCUACACUAUGUGUCAAAGAACCACCAUGUUUUGUCCUAAAACCUGAAUCCCAGGAGGUUGUACCUGGAUCUACUGUGAAUAUCAGAAGCACAUUCACUGGAUCCCCACCACUCUUAAUUAAGUGGUUUAAAGGAGAUAAGGAGUUGGCAACAAGUGGAACAUGUUUUAUUACAAGAGACAGUACAUCAAGUUCUCUAGAGCUUUAUGCAGUGAAAACUUCUGAUUCAGGGGAUUAUACUUGUCAUGUCAGCAACGAUGCUGGAGAAAUUUCAUGUACUACAAAAUUAUUUGUUAAAGAGCCGCCAAAGUUCAUCGAAAGACCCGAGCAUUCAGCACUAAUUAAGAAAGGCGAUCCCUUGCAUUUGGAAUGCAGAGUAGUUGGCACUCCUAAAAUCAAAGUCACAUGGUUCAAGAAUGAUGUUGAGAUUGCUGACAGUGAAAAAUAUAAGAUAUCUUUUAUUGAUUCUGUAGCAGUGAUUUCAAUUUCUUCCCUUGAUAUUGAAGACAGUGGAGUGUACAUUUGUGAAGCACAAAAUGAUGCCGGUACUGAUAGUUGCAGCAGCACUGUUGCAGUCAAAGAGCCCCCAACAUUUACUAAAGAAUUUAAGCCUCUGGAGGUACUGAAAGGUUCUGAAUUUAUUUUGGAUAACAUUCUUUCUGGUACACCUCCAUUUGAAGUUACAUGGUACAAAGACGGCAAGUUCAUUAGAGCUGGUAAAAAGUAUAAAAUCGUGAGCCAAAAUUCUAUAGUAAGUCUUCAUGUUUUGAAGCUUGAGUCUUCAGAUGCUGGUGUUUAUGAGUGUCGUGUAACUAAUGAUGUAGGAAGUUGUUCUAGCAGCUGUCAAGUGGCUUUAAGAGAACCACCAUCUUUCAAAAAGAAGAUUGAGAAUAUUAGCUCAAUAGUAGGAGAUACAGUGAAGUGCCAGUGUACUCUUAAAGGCUCUUUGCCUAUUACUGUCACUUGGCUAAAGGGAACUGAGAACGUGAUAGAAAGUGAUAACGUUAAAAUGACAUUUGAGGAUAAUGUUGCAACUCUUCAUAUCACUGGUGUCGAAAAAGUUCAUGCUGGGAAGUAUACCUGUCAAGCAUCUAAUGAUGCUGGAUCUCAAAGCUGCUCUGCCUCCUUGGUUGUAAAAGAACCUGCAACAAUAACAGAAAAAGCACCAUCAGUAAAUGUAACUGAAGGAGACCCUGUAACCUUGGAGUGUAGGUUUAAAGGAACACCUGAUAUUAAAACCAAGUGGUUCAAAGAUGGGAAGGAGUUGAUAUCUGGUGCUAAAUAUAGACUCAGUUCUACUGAUACAGUUGCCAUUCUAAAGAUACUUUCUUCUGAAAAGGGUCACACUGGUGAAUAUACUUUUGAAGUUCAAAAUGAUGUUGGAAAGAGCAGUUGCACAGCUGUUGUGCAAGUUUUAGAUCUUAUAAUACCUCCUUCUUUCACAAAGAAAUUAAAGAACUUGAACAGCAUUAAAGGAUCCUUCACUCGUAUAGAGUGUACAGUUUCAGGAUCUCUUCCUAUGGAUGUGCAGUGGUACAAAGAUGAUCAUGAAAUAAUGGCCAGUGAAAAAUACAAGUUUUCGUUUCAUCAUAAUACUGCACUCUUGGAAAUCAGUCAGCUUGAAACUUCAGACAGUGGAACAUAUUGCUGCAGUGUAACUAACAAAGCUGGUCACGAUCAGUGCAGUGGAACCUUAACUGUCAAAGAGCCUCCAUACUUUGUAGAGAAACCUUUGCCGCAAGACGUUAUACCUGGGUCCAGAGUACAGUUUAAAGUCUUUAUGAAUGGAACUGCUCCCAUCUCAGUUAAGUGGUUUAAAGGCAGCAAGGAACUUGUAUCUGGAGCCUCUUGUUCUGUCUGGAAGGAUGACACAUCCAGUCUGCUAGAGAUCUUUUCAGUGGACACUGCUGAUUCAGGAACUUACACAUGUCAGAUUAGCAAUGAUGUUGGCACAGAAAGCUGUAAAACAUCUCUUUUUGUAAAAGAACCCGCUAAGUUUGUUAAGAAGCCAGAACCUUUAGUAUUAUUGAAAACAGGGGACUCCACCCAGUAUGACUGCAGAGUUGCAGGUACUCCAGAACUUAAAGUUUCAUGGUAUAUGGAUGGUAAUGAAAUAAGUGCCAGUGAUAAGCACCGAAUAUCAUUUAAAGAUGAUCUGGUUACUCUUGAGAUCCUUGGUGCUACUACUGAAGACAGCGGACUGUAUGUUUGUGAAGUCCACAAUGAUGCUGGUAGUGACAGCUGUAGUACUGAACUUAAAGUAAAAGAACCACCUGUAUUUAAAAGGAAGCUGGACUCUAUUGAUGUGGUUAAAGCAAAUGAUGCUCUCAUAGACUGUGAAGUUACUGGUACUGCUCCAUUUCAUGUUACUUGGUAUAAGGAUAAGAAGGAGAUCCAAACAAGUAAAAAAUAUAAAAUGACUGUUCAAGACUUCAUAAUUAGUCUCCAGAUACUUAAAUGUGACACCUCAGAUGCUGGUGAAUACCAGUGUAAGGUAGAAAAUGACGUGGGAAGUUGCACUUGCAAUGCAACAGUCAGCUUAAAAGAACCCCCAUCAUUUAUACAGAAGAUUGAGACUGUUACUGCAGUUCUGGGAAGUGCGGCUGUUUUUCAGUGCAGUGUGACAGGAUCAAGCCCUUUGUCAGUAACAUGGUUGAAAGAUGAUUCAAAAGUAUCUGAAGAUGAAAAUGUAAAAAUAACUUUUGAGAACAAUAUUGCAACUCUGAAAAUUGCAGCAGUUGAAACUAUUCACAGUGGGCUGUAUACUUGCCAGGCAGUGAAUGAAGCAGGAACUGAAAAAUGUUUUGCAAAACUAAAAGUUCAAGAACCAGCUGAAAUCAUAGAAAAAUCUAAAUCACUGAAGGUGACAGAAAAGGACCCAGUGACAUUGGAAUGUACUGUGGGAGGCUCACCAGAGCUUCAAGUAAAAUGGUUUAAGGAUGGCAGAGAGCUUGUACCCAGCAGAAGAUGCAAAAUAAGUUUCAGUAAAAAUAUUGCCAGCUUAAAAAUUCAGUCAGUAGAAAAGGAUGAUAGUGGAGAAUAUACCUUUGAGGUCCACAAUGAUUUUGGAAGUGCCCGCUGUACGUCUGUUUUGACAGUGCUAGAUCAAGUGAUUCCUCCGUCAUUUACUAAAAAACUUACAGCAGUUGAUGAAGUUUUAGGAUCUGUUGCUCAUUUGGAGUGCAAAGUGUCUGGUUCUCUUCCCAUUACUGUUACAUGGUUUAAGGAUGGUAAAGAAGUCCUGAAUAGUGCAAAACACAAACUGCUUUACCUGGAUAAUACAGUUUCCAUGGACGUGAAUCAACUUGAAGUGCCUGAUGGCGGAUCUUAUACUUGUAGAGCCUCAAAUGUAGCAGGAACUGAUGAAUGCAGUGCCAUCUUAACAGUCAGAGAGCCUCCAAGUUUCGUUUUAAAACCAGAAUCACAGAAGGUUCUACCUCGUUCCACUGUCCAGUUUAAGAGUGUACUGAAAGGAACACCUCCAUUUACAAUAAAGUGGCUUAAGGAUAACAAAGAACUUGUGACUGGUGAUAAGUGCUUAAUUGGAAUGGAAGAAUCAACGUGCUUUAUAGAUCUAUAUUCAGUGGAUGUUUCAGAAACAGGAGAAUAUACCUGCCAAGUUUCCAAUAGUGUUGGCACUAUCAGCUGUACUGCACUGUUGGUUGUAAAAGAACCACCGAAAUUUGUGAAGAAGCUAGAGCCUUCCAUGAUAAUAAAACAGAAUGAUACAGCACACUUUGAAUGCAAAAUAUCUGGAUCACCUGAGAUCAAAAUUGUUUGGAUAAAAAAUGAAAAUGAAAUCCAUGAAAGUGACAGAUGUAGAAUGUCAUUUAUUAAUUCUGUAGCAACUCUAGAAAUUAGUGGCAUCAGUAGAGAAGACAGUGGAGAUUAUACGUGUGAAGCACACAAUGAAGCUGGAAGUGAGAGUUGCAGUACCACUGUUACAGUCAAAGAGCCACCUGUUUUCAGCAAGGUACCUGAACCAGUGCAAGCAAUAAAAGGUGUUGAUGUUAGCCUAGAAUGUGAACUUUCUGGUACACCCCCCUUUGAGGUUACCUGGUAUAAAGAUAAACGACAAAUUAGGAGUAGCAAAAAGUACAAGGUUGCAAGUGAAAAUUUCCUUGUAAGUCUGCGCAUUCUUAACGUGGAAGCUUCUGAUAUUGGGGAAUAUCAGUGUAAAGCUGCAAAUGAUGUCGGAGGUGACAGCUGCAUUUGCAGCAUAAAACUCAAAGAACCACCAAGGUUUGUAAAAAAGCUAAAAGGAAUUACUGCCAUUGCUGGAGAGCCAGUUGAAUUACAAACAACUAUAGAGGGCACCCAACCAAUCACUGUAACAUGGCUAAAGGAAAAGGAGGUCAUCAGGGAAAGUGACAACAUUCAGCUAUCUUACAUGCAAGAUAUUGCCACCUUGCACUUUGCAAAAGCGGAACCAGCUAAUACGGGCAAAUAUGUGUGCCAAAUCAAGAAUGAUGCAGGAAUGCAGGAGUGCAUGGCCACACUUUCUGUACUAGAACCAGCUACAAUUAUUGACAAAUCAGGACCCGUCAAAGUCACUGCAGGCGAUUCUGCAACAUUAGAAUGCACAGUGACUGGAACACCAGAUCUAACAGUUAAAUGGUUUAAAGAAGGCAAAGCUUUGACUUCUGGAAAGAAAUAUAAACUGAGUUUUGUAAACAAAGUGGCCACCCUAAAGAUUUUGUCGGUAGAAAAAGAAGACAGUGGUGAAUACACUUUUGAAGUCACUAAUAAUGUAGGCAAAAGCAGCUGCACUGCAUCUGUUGAUGUUUCAGAUCGAAUAAUUCCUCCAUCUUUCACAAGAAAACUGAAGGCUUUAAAAGGUAUUCUGGGUACAUCUGUCCUGUUAGAGGCAAAAGUGUCUGGAUCACCACCAUUGACUGUUACUUGGCUUCAUAAUGGCGAAGAACUUAUCAGUGAUGAAAAGCGUGAAAUCACAUUCACAGAUCCAACAUGUGCUCUAAAAGUCUUUACUUUGGAAACAUCAGAUACCGGAAGCUACAGCUGUAAAGUUUCAAAUGUCGCUGGAUCCGACGAAUGCAGUGCUGUCUUGACUGUAAUAGAACCACCAUCUUUUGUGCACAAACCUGAACCUUUGCAAGCUUUGCCUGGCACUGACAUUUCUUUUGUAAGUGUCCUAAGAGGAUCUGCUCCACUUAAGGUUAAAUGGUUUAAAGGCAGCAGUGAAUUAUACCCUUCUGCAAAGUGUAAAAUGAGCUUGGAGGAUUCAACAGCAACUCUGAAUCUCUUUAAUGUAAAUCCAUCCUCUAGUGAAGAUUAUACCUGUGAGGUUUCCAAUGAUGCUGGAAAAGAUUCUUGUACAGCAAAUUUGUUUGUGAAAGAACCUGCAGUAUUCCAGAAAAAACUGAAAGACUCUAGUUUUGAAAUCAGGAAGCCCAUCAUUCUGGAAUGCACUUAUUCUGGGACUCCACACAUUACUGUGGUAUGGACAAAGGACAAUGCUGAAAUAACACCAUCUGAAAAGUAUAUCCUAACUACAACUGAGAAAUCUUGCAUAUUAGAGAUCCCUAGCAGCACAAAAGAUGAUGGUGGAGAAUAUGCUUGUCUAAUUGAAAAUGAGGCAGGAAGAGAUUUUACCCAAGCAGUGUUAACAAUCUUAGAACCUCCUUACUUUAUUGAACCAUUGGUUCCAAUGGAGAUAACGGUUGGAGAUUCUGUGUCUUUACAAUGUCAGGUUGCUGGAACUCCUGAAAUAAAAAUAUCCUGGUAUAAAGGAGACACAAAACUGAGAGCAACACCCAGCUAUAAAAUGCUAUUCAAAGAUAACAUUGCGAGACUAGAUUUCAGCAAAGUUGAUAAAAGUGACAGUGGUGAAUAUAUCUGCAGAGCUGAAAAUAAUAUUGGCACAACAUCUUCAAAGGCCAUCUUAACUGUUCAAGAACUGAAAGUUGCACCUUCAUUUCCAAGAAAACUCAAAGAUAUUCAAGAAACAGUUGGCCUUCCAGUUAAGUUUGAUUGCAGAAUUACUGGUUCCGAACCUAUUGAAAUUUUAUGGUUUAAAGACGGAGUUCUUCUAACUGAUAAUGAGAACACUAAAACCUCCUUCAUAGACAAUGUAGCUGCUCUGGAAAUGUUAAAAACAGAGAGAACUAGUGCUGGACAGUACACUUGUACGGCUUCCAAUCUUGUAGGAAGUGCUUCUUCUAGUGCUAACCUCAUACUUCAAGAACCAAAGCAGGCACCUGUCUUUGAUAGAAAACUAGAACCGCUCGAAUUUAUGGCUGGAGAAAGUGUGGAAUUCCAGUGUCAUCUCACAGGUUCACUUCCUAUGAAAGUUACAUGGACAAAGGAUGGCAAAGAUAUUCGAGCUGGUGGAAAUUACAAGAUGACCUUUAUGGACUAUACUGCCUGUUUAACUAUUCUAAAAGUAGACAAAGGAGAUUCUGGGCAGUACACUUGCCAGGCAGGCAACGAUGUUGGAAAAGAUUCCUGUUCUGCUCCAUUGACAAUUAAAGAACGUAAAGUUCCACCAACUUUCACAAAGAAGCUUUCAGAAACAAUUGAAGACACUGAAGGAAAGCUGCUAAAGCUUGAAGGACGUGUUGCUGGUUCUCUUCCUCUAAAUGUACAGUGGUAUAGAAAUGAUCUGGAAAUACAGCAGACUGCCAGAUGUGAACUUUCAUUCAGAAACAAUGUUGCUGUACUGACUCUGAAGAAGACAGAACUCUCAGAUUCUGGUUUGUACACGUGUAAGGUUUCGAAUGAAGCAGGGAGUACGACAAGUGUUGCAUCAGUUCUUAUUCAAGAACUGAAAAAAGCACCAAAGUUCGAUCAGCCUCUGAAGCCAGUGCAAGUGACUGAAGGGGAAGAUCUUCAAUUCAGCUGCCAUGUACAGGGUUCUGAGCCUAUCAAGAUUCAGUGGCUAAAAGCUGGAAAAGAAAUCAAAUCUUCUGAUAAAUGUAGUCUUAGCUUUAGCAAUGGCACUGCUGUGCUACAAAUCAAAGCAGUUUCUAAAACUGAUGCUGGAGAUUAUUUGUGCAAAGCUUCAAAUGCAGCAGGAAGUGACUCUUCCAAAUCAAAGGUGACCAUUAAAGAUAAACCUGCUGUAACUGUUACGAAGAAAGAGGUGGUAGAGAGUGACAAACUCUUCUUUGUUGAGAAACCUCAGAGUAUCAAGGUAUCAGAAAAGGGUAUAGCAACAUUUUUUGCAAAAGUUGGUGGUGAUCCAAUUCCAAAUGUAAAAUGGAUGAAGGGCAAAUGGAGACAGCUCAACCACGGAGGCCGUAUUGUUGUCCAGCAGAAAGGGGAGGAAGCCAAACUGGAAAUUAAGGAAAUAACCAAGACAGAUUCCGGCCAGUACAGAUGUGUAGCUUCAAACACAUCUGGUGAAAUUGAAUGCAGUGCAACUCUGGCUGUUGAGGAGAAGAAGACAGAAAUACUGGAAGGUGACCUUAGGACAAGACUUAAAAAGACACCAACAAAACAAAAGAAAGAAGAAGGACCACCAGUUGAUAUUAUGGAACUUCUCAAAAAUGUUGAUCCCAAAGAGUAUGAAAAAUAUGCCAGAAUGUAUGGAAUCACUGACUUCCGUGGCCUUCUUCAAGCCUUACAACAACUUAAAGAAGCUGAAGCAAUAGAAGAAAGUCAUAGAUUUGAGCUGGAGCAGACACAGAGAACUGAAGCAGAAGAAAAAGAAUUUACUGAACUUGUUACAUUCAUUCAACAGAGACUAACACAGACAGAGCCUGUCACGCUGAUUAAGGAUAUUGAAGAUCAGACAGUGCUAAGAAAAUCUGAAGCAGUCUUCAAAUGUGAAAUUAAAAUAAAUUAUCCAGAAAUCAAACUUUCCUGGUAUAGAGGAACAGAAAAAUUGGAUUCCAGUGAAAAGUACGAGAUAAGUAUUGAAGAAGACUGCCACAUACUAAAAAUUAAGAACUGCCAACUCCAAGAUCAGGGAAAUUUCAGAGUUGUAUGUGGGCCUCAUAUUGCAAGUGCCAAACUAACAGUUGUUGAGCCUGUGGUUGAGAAACAUCUGCAGAACAUGACAUUUAAAGAAGGACAGGUGUGCAUCUUAGUCUGCCAAUUUUCAGUACCUAACUUGAAGACCCAGUGGUUUAAAAAUGGAACUGCCAUUCAGUCACGUGGGCGGUACAUUGCUGAUGUCACAGAUAAAAUGCAGAAGCUCACCAUCAAGGACUUGAGACCAGAGGACCAAGGGAGGUUUACUUGCAAGUUUGAACACCUUGAAACAACAGCAGAUCUGGUUGUUCAAGCUGAGCCUCUUCAGUUUACCAAGGCCAUCCAGGAUAUUGUUGUGAAAGAACACCAGUCGGCAACCUUUGAAUGUGAAGUUUCUUUUGAUAAUGCAAUAGUUACUUGGUACAAGGACACAACAGAACUCGGAGAAAGUCCAAAAUACAGCUUCCGCAGUGAAGGCCGUUGUCAUUUCAUGACUAUCCAUGAUGUUACUACUGAAGAUGAAGGAGUGUAUUCUGUAAUUGCUCGUCUUGAACCAAGAGGUGAGGCUCAAAGUACUGCAGAACUAUACGUAUCUCCCACAGAAUUUACUUUGGGAAAAGAAAAACCUGAUGUCCCUGAUUUUGGAGUUCCAGCUCCAAGGAUUCCAGCUGAAGAAAUGCCAACCAAAGAUAUCUUCCCUCCUGUUACUGUAACAGUACCAGACGAAAAGAAAAAAGAUGAAGUACCACGACUUGCUAAGAAACCUGUAGAAGAUGUUACCCCAGCCUUAAUUCUGGAGGAUGUCUCUUUAACUAAAGUUCCUGGGGUUGUCAGGAAACCAGAAGUUGGAAAGGUGCCAGCAGUCCCAUCUCCAGAAAUAGAAGAGUUUGUUGCUGAACAAGUUGUCAAGAAACAUGAAGAGGGAAAACCAACCCGUGUGCCCAGAAGAAAAGAUGUUGUGGAAGAAAAAGUACCUGUGACUGCCGAGAAGCCCAUAGAGGAGAGAGUUCCAACUGCAGUGGUGCCUGAAGCUAAAGAGGCAGCACCACGAAAAGUGCCGGCAGUUCCAAAGAAGGCUGUGCCUGAGCCACCAGCUCCUCCAACUGAAAUUCCUGGGAAAGUGCCGGAAGUCCCUAAGAAGGCUGUGCCUGAAAAAGUUGCAGCUGUUCCUGGGAAAGAUGAAGCUGUCCCACGUAAAGUGCCGGAGAUUCCAAAGAAGCCUGUACCUGAGGAAGUUAAACUUAAACCUAUUCCAAAGAAAGAGGCUGAACCACCAAAAGUACCAGAGGUUCCUAAGAAACCUGUACCUGAGGAAGUGAAACCUGCUGUUGUUCGUAAGAAAGAGGCAGAACCACCAAAAGAAGCUGAAGUACCUAAGAAGCCUGUACCUGAGGAGGUGAAACCUGCUGUUGUUCCAAAGAAAGAGGCAGUACCACCAAAAGUACCAGAAGUUUCUAAGAAGCCUGUACCUGAGGAAGUUAAACCUGCUGUUGUCCCAAAGAAAGAGGCAGAACCACCAAAAGUACCUGAGGUUCCAAAGAAGCCUGUAUCUGAAGAAAUUCAACCUGCAGUUGUUCAAAAGAAAGAGGCUGAACCACCAAAAGUACCUAAAGUUCCUAAGAAGCCGGUUCCCGAGGAGGUGAAAUCUGCUGUUGUUGAAAAGAAAGAGGCAGCGCCACCAAAAGUACCAGAAGUUCCUAAGAAGCCUGUACCUGAGGAAGUUAAACCUGCUGGUGUCUCAAAGAAAGCGGCAGCACCACCAAAAGUGCCGGAAGUUCCUAAGAAGCCUGUACCUGAGGAAGUUAAACUUAAACCUGUUCCAAAGAAAGAGGCUGAACCACCAAAAGCACCUGAGGUUCCAAAGAAGAAGCUUGUAACAGAGGAACUCAAGCCUCCUGCUGCUCCAAAGAAAGAGGCUGAACCACCAAAAGUGCCUGAAGUUAAAAAGAAGAUGCCUGAAAAGCCACCAGAACCAGUAAAAGAGAUCAUCCCAGCUAAAGUGCCUGAACUUCCACAGAAGGCUGUGCUUGAAAAACCCAUUUCAAAACCUGUUCCAAUGGAAGUGGAAACUAAACCACCCGAAGUGCCUGAGCCUAAAAAGAAAGUACUUCAUGAAAAGCCUAUCCCAGAGGCAGCUCCUGUUGAUGUGAUGAUUAUUCCACCUAAAGCACCUGAACCUAAACUGGAAGUCUUACCUGAAAAAGCUGUUCCAUCGAGUACAACAGCUGAAGUGGAUAUCACUCCAGCUAAAGAGCCUGAAAAGAAACUUCUACCAGAAAAACCUGCCCCAGUGACAGUUACCACAAAAGCAAAGGUUAUGCCAACGAAAGUGCCCUCAGAUGAAACUAAACGUAAAGAAGUACCCACUCUUCGCCCUGAGCCUAAACCUACAGCAGUUGCUAAAACUCCUACUCCAGAAGAGGAAGAGUUUCCAGAAGAAGAAGAAGAAGAAUAUGAAUAUGAAUAUGAAGAAGCAGCAAUAACUGCUCCUGUGACAACGCCUGUAGUUGGCAAGAAAGAAGAAAAACCUGAACUUCCAGCAUUACUUAAAUACCAACGUAUAAUUCCAGCUGAACAGAAGGAACAACCAGAAAUAUCAACAUUAAAGAAAGGCAUUUCAGUUCAUAAAGAACACAUAGAAAUGAAGGAGAAAGUACUGCUUAAAAAAGUUAGCAAACUUCCUAGUGGAGAAAAAGAGGCUUUGUCAGUUAAACAAGCAAAAUUAGAAGAAAGUAAAUAUGGAAAAGUCACUGUCACAAAAGGUGUACAUAUUUUAAAAGAAAUAGAAAGUAAGGCAGUAGGCAUAGCUGUAGACAUAGUAGAAGACUAUCAGAAAGAGAUUGAAUCCAAACCUAGUAUGAUUUCAGCAGCAGAAGUACCUACAGCUGCUGUUCUAAGGAAAGACCAAAAAAGCCUCAAAGAUGAUGAAAGACAGAAACCUGAACUUUUAGUGAAGAAGGUCACAGGUAUCGCAGUAGAUGUAAAGGAUAAAGAAAAACUGAAGAUGAAGAAAACUGAUGCUCCCAAAGAAGUACUGUCUAAACAACCAGAUAUAGCCCUAAAACAAGCUGAGAAACCCUCUACAGAUGAGAAAGAAAAGGAAAGUGUAACCCCCAGCAAAUACAUAAAGCCUCCUGUGAGUGAAGUGCAGAAAGAACCUAUGCCAUUGGCUAAGAAAACUGAAGAAUCAGCUAUAUCUGUGAAAAAAAUUGUAACACCCAUUGAAAUGAAGAAGCAUAUUAGUCUUGAAAAAGCUGACAAGGAGGUUAAAGUGGACAUUCCAUCAAUUCCUGCUGCUCCAGAGAUUAAAGAAGUUCCUGUACAAGAAAAAAGGAAAGAAUCAACUGUGCCUAAAAAAAUAGAAAGAGUUCCUAAACCUGAGGAGGCAAAGGAACCUGUUGUGAUGCUAAAAAAAGUAGAGAAGCUUCCCUCUGAAAAAAUGGAGAAGGAAGUCAUUUUACUGAAAAAGGUUGAAAGAAUUCCCACUGAAGGCAAAGAUAAGAAGACUGAGAGUCCUCCAGCUGGAGAACGCAUUGGAUCACCUGCUGUACUAAAAUUAUCUGAGAAGACUCCAUCUCCUGUUCCAAUAAAAGGCAGUGAGGGUGUAUUUAAGAAAGUACCAGCAAAGAAAGGUGUGACAGAACCAGAAGAAGUGCCAGCUGUUGAAGAACCUGAAGAAGAGGAAGAAGAAGACUCCUGGGAUCUAGAGCUGAAUGAAUUAGCAGAACAAGAGUCAGUGUCAGGAGAAGACUGGGAAUGGGAAGAAAAUGGUGAACCAUAUGAAGGCAUAAUAGAAACACCUGCAAAGCCUGGUGAGAGACGAGAUGCUAAAGCACCAAAAGAGGAACCUCCUAAGGGCAGAGGUCUAAUAAGAGUGAAAAAGACACCAUCUCCAGGAGACAGAGAUCCAAGAAGACUCAGACCUGGUAGUGGUGGUGAUAAGCCUCCUGAGGAAUCUCCAUUUGCUUUCCAACUUAAGGCUGUACCUCUGAAGUUUGUAAAAGAGCUCACCGAUAUUAUCCUGCAAGAAGCUGAAUCCAUUGGCUCCUCUGCUGUCUUCGAGUGCCAGAUCUCACCUUCUACAGCAAUUACAUCUUGGAUGAAAGAUGGAAGCAAUCUGAGAGAAAGUCCUAAACAUAAAUUUACUUCUGACGGUAAAGACAGGAAGCUGCACAUUAUCGAUGUGCAGCUUUCAGAUACUGGAGAAUACACAUGUGUAGCUAAACUAGGAAAGAAAGAAAAGACCUCCAUAGCAAAACUCGUUGUUGAAGAACUCCCAAUACGUUUCACAAAAGUUUUGGAAGCUGAAACCACUGUGGUAAAAACCCAGCCUUUAUACUUAACUGCUGAACUGAGCAAAGAUAGAGAUGUCAUCUGGAAGAAAGAUGGAGAGGUAAUAACUGACGUGCCAGGCAAAUACUCCCUUGGAAUCAUUGGGUUAGCACGUGCUAUUACUAUAAGUGAUGCCGAUUUUUCAGAUGCUGGAGUUUAUUCAGUUGAAACAGGAGACAUCAAAUGUGAAACAAGAGUUAAAGUAAUAGAUAUUGUUAGAGACUGGUUAGUGAAACCACUAAGAGACCAGCAUGUAAAGCCUAAAGCUACUGCAUCUUUUGAAUGUGACAUUGUAAAAGAUACUCCAAAUAUUAAGUGGUUCAAAGGAGAUGAAGAAAUUCCACUAGAACCAAAGGACAAAUUUGAGAUUCUGAAGGAUGGAAAACACCUCACUCUUUUAGUAAAGAAUGCCUCUUCUGAUGAUGUUGGUGAUUAUGCUGUAGAGAUUGAAACAAAACGAUAUCAAGCUAAACUCACUCUUGGAGAACGUGAAGCUGAGAUACUCAAACCACUAGAAGAUGCUGAAGUUUAUGAAAAGGAGUCAGUCACCUUUGAGACAGAAAUUUCUGAGGAAGACAUCCCUGGAGAAUGGAAGCUUAAAGGAGAGACAUUAAGACCCUCACCUACCUGCGAAAUGAAAGCAAAGGGUAAUAAGCGCACUUUGGUAUUACAUAAUGUCAAACUGGAACAGGCAGGUGAUGUUUCAUAUCAGGCACUCAAUGCCAUUACAUCAGCCAUCCUGAAAGUAAAAGAAAUUGAACUUGAUUUUGCAGUACCUCUGAAAGAUGUCACUGUUCCUGAAAAACGACAGGCACGCUUUGAAUGCCUGCUCACAAAAGAAGUUAGUAAGAUUUUGUGGACCAAAGGCUCUGAUAUUCUAACACCUGGUGACAAAUUUGAUAUUAUUGCUGAUGGGAAGAAACAUAUAUUAAUAAUUAAGAGUUCUGAAUUUGAUGAUGAAGGAGACUACAGUGCGGAGGUUGAAGGCAAGAAAACCACUGCUAAACUGACAGUUGAAGGUAUAAGGCUAAAAUUCCUUGUACCACUAAAGGACCAGACAGUCAAAGAAGGAGAGACAGCUCACUUUGAAUUUGAACUUUCUCAUGAAAAUGUUCCAGUCACCUGGUUCAAAAAUGAGCAGAAGCUUCACACAAGUAGAACAGUCAUUUUGUCUGCUGAUCGCUUUAGAUACAAACUGGAAAUCCGUGAAGCUACCCUUGAUGAUAUUUGCCAGAUUAAAGCAGAAGCCAAGGGGUUAUCCACAACUGCAAAUCUUAUUGUAUUAGAAAAAGAUCCAUACUUUACAGUGAAAUUACAGGAUUAUACUGCAGUUGAAAGAGAUGAGAUUAUUCUGGAAUGCGAACUCAGUAAAGAUGUACCUGUAAAAUGGUUCAAAAAUGGCAAUGAGAUCAUAGCUUCAAAAACAGUUUCCAUGAAAGUCGAUGGCAAACGUAGAAUUCUGACUAUCAAGAAGGCAGAUACAAAUGAUAAGGGUGACUAUGAAUGUGCCUGUGCAACUGAUAAGACAAAGGCUGCAGUCAAUAUUGAGGCUCGUGUUAUCAAAGUGGUUCGCCCAUUGUAUGGAGUAGAGAUCUUUGAAGGUGAAACUGCUCGCUUUGAGGUGGAGAUUUCUGAAAGUGAUGUCCGUGCUCAAUGGAAACUGAAAGGAGAAACCUUAUCUCAGUCACCUGACUGUGAAAUGAUUGAAGAUGGAAAGAAACAUGUCUUGACUCUCCACAACUGCAAAGUGAACAUGACUGGAGAAGUUUCCUUCCAAGCUGCUAAUGCUAAGAGUGCAGCUAAUCUCAAAGUUAAAGAUUUGCCACUUAAUUUUAUAACACCUCUGAGUGAUGUGAAAGUAUAUGAGAAGGAUGACGCAAAGUUUGAGUGUGAAGUCUCCAGAGAUCCUAAGUCAUUCCGCUGGUUGAAAGGAACUCAGGAAAUAAAAGCUGAUGAGAGGUUUGAAAUCACAGUUGAAGAAAAACGACAUAUAUUAAAUAUCAAGUCUGUUGCUUUUGAAGAUGAGGCUAAAUACAUGUUUGAAGCUGAAGACAAGAGGACAGCUGCCAAACUCAUCAUUCAAGGAAUCCGUCUUCAGUUUGUAACUCCACUGAAAGAUGUUACCGUUAAAGAACGUGAAACAGCAGAAUUUGUUGUUGAACUCUCUCAUGAAAACAUCCAAGUCACCUGGUACAAAAAUGACCAGCGUCUUCAUCCAAGCAAGGUUGUCAGUAUGACAGAUGAGGGAAAACUCCAUAAACUGACAUUCAAGGAUGUAUCCAUUGAUGACACUUCCUUAAUUAAGGUUGAAGCUAUGGAAAAGAGCUGUGAAGCAAAACUUACUGUACUAGAGGGUGAUCCAUAUUUCAUCAGCAAACUUCAAGAUUACACAGCAGUAGAGAAAGAUGAAGUAAUAUUGAAAUGUGAGAUCAGCAAAGCUAAUGCUGCUGUUAAAUGGUACAAGAAUGAAAAGGAACUAACUCCAUCCAAAAACAUUGUCAUUAAGGCUGAUGGCAAGAAGCGACAGCUGCACGUCAAGAGAGCCUUGAAGAGUGACAUAGGAGAAUAUACUUGUGACUGUGUUACUGAUAAAACUACUGCAAAACUCAACAUUGAAGAGCGUGACAUUAAGAUUGUUCGCCCGUUAUAUAGUGUUGAAAUCACAGAAACAGAAACUGCACGCUUUGAAACAGAAAUUUCUGAAGAAGAUGUACAUGGCAGCUGGAAACUUAAAGGAGAAAGCCUGCAUCCAUCACCGGACUGUGAAAUUAAAGAAGAGGGCACAAAACACAUCCUUAUCCUUUACAACGUCCGUUUGGAUCAAGCUGGACCUGUUGACUUCCAAGCAGCGAAUGCCAAAUCAAGUGCACAUCUUAGAGUAAAAGCUCGUGUUAUUGGCCUUCUAAGGCCACUGAAGGAUGUCACAGUUACGGCUGGAGAGUCAGCUACAUUUGAUUGUGAACUGUCUUAUGAAGGCAUACAAGUGGAAUGGUUCCUCAAAGAAACAAAAGUUGAGCCAAGUGACAGGGUUGUUACACGUGCUGAAGGAAGAGUUCAUACUUUCACACUCCGAAAUGUUCAGUUAGUAGAAGCUGGAAAUGUCAAACUCACCGCCAAAGACUUUAAAACACAAGCCAAACUUAUUAUCAAAGAGCCACCAGUUGAAUUUACUAAGCCUCUUGAAGACCAAACAGUGGAAGAAGAAGCCACAGCCACAUUUGAGUGUGAGGUAUCUAGAGAAAAUGCAGAAGUUAGAUGGCUCAGGGAUGGCCAGGAACUACGUAAAACAAAAAAAUAUGAGUUCUUUGUUGAAGGAAGAAUCAGACGUCUUCUUAUUCAUGAUUGCGCUAUGGAGGAUUCCAAAGCUUACACAUGUGAUGCCAAAGACUUCAAAACAGCUGCUUUCUUAACUGUGGAACCUCUUCAUGUUGAGUUUACAAAACCACUCACUGACCUUGAAGUCAAAGAAAAAGAAGUUGCUCGAUUUGAAUGUGAAGUUUCCCGUGAAAAUGCCAAGGUACACUGGUUUAGAGAUGGAGUUGAAAUUAGAAAAGGCAAAAAGUUUGACAUCAUUGCUAAAGGAGUCCAACGCAUUCUUGUUGUCAACAAAUGCAUAUUUGAUGAUGAAGCUGAAUAUGAGUGUGAUGCAAGGACAGCGAAAACAUCCGGCAUGCUUACAGUCAUAGAGGAGGAAGCUGUCUUUACCAAGAACCUUGCAAACCUCGAAGCAACUGAGACUGACACUGUAAAAUUGAUUUGUGAAGUCUCUAAAGCCAGUGCUGAUGUUUCUUGGUAUAAAGGUGACAAGGAGUUACCUGAGGGAGGCAGGUAUGAACAUAUUGCUGAUGGCAGAAAGAGGAUACUGGUAAUUCAGAAUAUUAAACUUGAAGAUGCUGAUGAAUACAACUGUAGGCUUCCAAAGUCCCGUACAUCUGCUAGCCUUAAAGUGAAUGAACUUGCAGCAGAAUUUAUUGCAAGACCUAAAAAUGUAGAGGUACUGGAGGGUGAUAAAGCUGAAUUUGUCUGCUCAGUGUCUAAAGAGGCAUAUGAUGUUCAGUGGCUGAAGGGUGAUAAGGUACUUGAAGCUGGUGAUAAAUAUGACAUCAUCUCUGAUGGAAAAAAGAGAACACUCGUUAUAAAAGACAGCAUGCUAGAGGAUGAAGGAACCUAUGCUGCCAUGGUUGGUUCUUCUAGAGCAACAGCAGAAUUAGCUGUUAUUGAAAAACUCAGGAUUGUGACACCACUUAGAGACCAGCAGCCCAAAGAGGGGCAGGAAAUUGUCUUCAGUUGUGAAGUUAACACUGCAGGUGCUAAAGCCAAGUGGAUGAAAGAUGAUGAGAUAGUCUUUGAAAGUGCAAAAUACAUUACUGGUCAGAAAGACUUGAUAUAUACACUCAGACUUAAGGAUGCCCAGAUGAGUGACCAAGCAGUCUACACAGUAUUAUUAACAAAUCACCGUGGUGAACAAGUCAAAAGUACUGCAACAUUAUCUGUACAAGAGGAGGACUUGAAAAUCAUUGAACCUCUGGAAGACUAUGAAACAGUUGAGAAAAAAUCAGCAACAUUCCACUGUAAAGUGAAUCGCCUCAAUGUUACUUUGAAAUGGAUGAAGAAUGGCCAGGAAGUGACAUUUGACAGGCGUGUCUUAUAUAAGAUAGAUAAAAACAGACACUCUCUCAUUAUUAGAGAGUGUGUUUUUGGAGAUGAAGGUGAAUAUACUGUAAUUGCUGGACAGGAUAAAUCUGUUGCUGAACUGAUAAUAGCAGAAGCACCAGCAGAUUUUACUGAGCAGCUUCAGGAUCAGACUGUUAUUGAGUUUGAAGAUGCUGUCUUUACUUGCAAAGUAUCAAAAGAAAAGGCACGUGUAAAAUGGUACAGAAAUGGGCGUGAAAUUAGAGAGGGCAAAAGAUAUCAGUUUGAAAAAGAAGGAAACCUGCACAGGUUAAUUAUAAGAGAGUGCAGGCCAGAUGAUGAGUGUGAAUAUUCUUGUGGUGUUGAAGAAAGGAGAACUAGAGCAAGACUCUUUGUUGAAGAAAUUCCAGUUGAAAUCAUUAGACCACCUCAAGAUAUAUUUGAAGCUCCAGGAUCUGAUGUUAUAUUUGAGGCCGAAUUGAACAAGGACCGAGUUGAGGUCAGAUGGCUGAGAAAUAACAUGAUUAUUGUCCAAGGAGAUAAAUACCAAAUGAUGAGUGAAGGAAAGGUACACAGAUUGCAGAUAUGUGAAAUUAGGCCUCGUGAUCAAGGCGAAUAUAGAUUCAUUGCAAAAGAUAAGGAUGCAAGGGCCAAACUUGAACUUGCAGCAAUUCCAACAAUAAAGACUACUGAUCAGAACCUGGUGACUGAUGCUGGAAAACCAUUUAUAAUGUCAGUUCCUUUUGAUGCUUACCCACGUGCAGACGCUGAAUGGUUUAAAGGAGAUGACUCUCUCUCAAAACAAAACAUUGACAUAACAGCAGACAAUACUAGCUACAGACUAGUAGAUCCAAAGAAAUCUGACAGAGGAAGAUACAAGAUUGUAAUUCAAAACAAGCAUGGAAAAGCAGAAGGAUUCAUCAACUUACACGUAAUUGAUGUCCCCGAUCCAGUUCGAAACUUGGAGGUUGUUGAUACUUGUGACGGGGAAGUUAGUCUUGCCUGGGAGGAGCCAGAAAGUGAUGGUGGAAGUAAAAUAAUUGGCUAUGUUGUUGAAAGACGUGAUAUUAAACGUAAAACAUGGACUUUGGCUACUGACCGUGCGGAAACCUGUGAAUUCACUGUGACUGGCCUUCAGAAAGGAAUAGAAUACCUGUUCCGUGUGAGUGCAAAGAACAGAGUGGGUACAGGAGAACCUGUAGAAACUGACAAACCUGUAGAAGCAAAGAACAAAUUUGAUGUUCCUGAUGCACCACUGAAUGUUAAUGUUCAGGACGUGAAUAAAUUUGGUGCAACAAUUACAUGGGAACCACCUUUAUUUGAUGGAGGGUCAGAAAUUACAGCAUAUAUCAUUGAAUUACGUGACAGAACUUCCAUCAAAUGGGAUACUGCUAUGGUGACUAAACCAGAUGAGCUGUCUGCUGUUAUCAAUGAUGUUGUUGAGAACAAGGAAUACAUUUUCAGAGUAAGAGCAGAAAACAGAGCUGGAGUUGGCAAACCUAGUGCUGCUACCAAACCUGUGAAAAUCAUGGAUCCAAUUGAGCGCCCAAGCCCACCUCUUAAUCUUGCCCAUUCUGACCAAACCAAGGAAUCUGUGCAGCUCACUUGGGAGCCUCCUCUUAAGGAUGGUGGUAGCCCAGUAAUAGGUUAUAUAAUUGAGCGCUGUGAAGAGGGCACAGACAACUGGAUCAGAUGCAAUGUAAGACUCUUCCCAGCACUUGCAUACAAAGUCACUGGCUUAAAAGGAGGCAAUAAAUAUCUUUAUAGAGUCUCUGCUGAAAAUGCUGCAGGCAUCUCAGACCCCACUGAAGUACUUGGACCACUGACUGCAGAUGACGCCCAUGUUGGACCUGCAUUUGAUUUAAGUGCAUUCAGGGAUGGUCUUGAAGUUAUUGUUCCUCAACCACUCAAGAUUCAUGUUCCAAUAUCAGGAUAUCCUACACCAGUUGCAAAAUGGUCUUUUGAAGGCAAGGUUUUAGAAAGUGGCGGCAGAGUGAAGAUGGAAACAAAAUCAUCAUAUGCUGAGUUAAUAAUUAUUCCCAGUGAGCGCCCUGAUAAAGGCAUCUACAGCAUAGAAUUGCAAAAUGAUGUCUCAGUUGUGUCAGGAGACAUUCAUGUCAACGUAAUUGCAUGCCCAAGUGAACCAAGAGACCUGAAAAUAUCUGAAAUAACCAGAAGUACAGUACAGCUGGCAUGGGAUGUACCAGAAAACGAUGGUGGAAGCCCACUAACAGGAUAUCUUAUUGAAAAACGUGAAGUUACUCGCAAGACAUGGAUAAAAGUUGCUGAAAAUGUACUUGACCAAGAAUUUACAGCUUCUGACCUUAUCCAAGGAAAGGAAUAUCUCUUCAGAGUUUCAGCCUGCAACAAAUGCGGUCCUGGAGAACCUGCAUAUAUUGAUGAACCUGUGAAUAUAUCUGCUCCAGCAACUGUGCCCGAUCCACCUGAAAAUGUAAGAUGGAGAGAUGCAUGUGCCAAGAGUAUCUUCCUCACAUGGGAACCACCCAGAUAUGAUGGAGGAUCUCGUAUUAAGGGUUACAUUGUUGAAAAAUGUCCUCGUGGUUCUGAAAAAUGGGAGGCCUGUGGAGAUGCAGUACUAGAAACAAAAAUGGAAGUAACAGGUCUGAAGGAGGGAGAAUGGUAUGCAUAUCGUGUAAAGGCCCUGAACAGACAGGGAGCUAGCAAGCCAAGCAGACCAACUGAUGAAAUUCAAGCAAUGGAUCCAAAAGAGGCUCCAGAGAUAAACUUGGAUGUUAAACUGCUUGCUGGCAUCACUGUAAAGGCAGGCACAAAGAUUGAUAUGCCAGCUGCAGUAACUGGCAAACCUGCACCUAAGGUUACUUGGACCAAAGCAGAAACAGUUCUUCGACCUGAUAAACGAGUUACCAUUGAAACCAAGCCUGGUGCCUCUACUGUCACCAUUGCAGACACCAAGAGGGAUGACAGUGGUACUUACUUUAUUGAAGCAGUAAACACUAGUGGGCGUGCAACAGCUGCUGUUGAAGUUAAUAUACUAGAUAAGCCUGGUGCUCCAGCUGCAUUUGAUGUCACUGAAAUUACAAAUGAAACCUGUGUCCUUACUUGGAAUCCACCAAGAGAUGAUGGAGGCUCUAAGAUCACAAAUUAUGUUGUUGAAAUGAGAGCUGGAGAUAGUGAGCUGUGGCACAAAUUAUCUUCUACAAUAAAGGAAACUACUUUUGGUGUUAAAAACCUAACUCCACUGAAGGAAUACAUAUUUAGAGUUAGUGCUGAAAACAUGUAUGGCAUUGGUGAACCAGCUCAACAUACACCUAUUACUGCUAAAUAUAGUUUUGAUCCACCAGGUCCUCCAACACACGUUGAACCCUCUGAUAUUACAAAGGAUGCUGUGACACUAACAUGGAGAGAGCCAGAUGAAGAUGGUGGCAGUCCAAUCACUGGAUACUGGGUAGAAAGACUAGAUCCAGACAGUAUUAAAUGGAUACGAUGCCACAAAAUACCUGUCAAAGAUGCAACUUUCAGAGUUAAAGGUCUUGCAAACAAGAAGAAGUACAAAUUCCGUGUCCUGGCUGAGAACCUUGCUGGGCCUGGAAAACCAAGUAAAGAGACAGAUCCAGUACUAAUAAAAGAUCCAAUAGAUCCACCAUGGCCUCCUGGCAAGCCUACUGUUAAAGAUGUUGCAAAAACAUCAGCAUUCCUGAAAUGGACUAGGCCUGAACACGAUGGAGGUGCAAAGAUCGAAUCGUAUGUCAUUGAGUUGCUCAAGAGUGGAACAGAGGAAUGGGUACGAGUUGCUGAAGGCAUUCCCAGCAUUGAACACUUCCUUAAAGGACUUAUGGAGAAACAGGAGUACGCCUUCCGUGUGAGGGCUGUAAACAAAGUUGGUGAAAGUGAACCUAGUGAACCAAGUGAUCCUGUGUUAUGCAAGGAGCGAUUAAAUCCACCUUCACCUCCUCGCUGGCUUGAAGUUAUUAACAUUACAAAGAAUAAUGCUGACCUCAAAUGGACUGCACCUGAGAAAGAUGGUGGCUCUCCUAUUACAAAUUAUAUCGUAGAAAAACGUGAUGUGAGACGAAAGGGAUGGCAAACAGUUGACACCACAGUCAAGGAUGUUAAAUGUACAGUGACUCCUCUUUCUGAGGGCUCUCUGUAUGUAUUCCGUGUAGCUGCUGAAAAUGCAGUGGGUCAGAGUGACUACUGUGAACUUGAAGACUCCGUUCUUGCCAAGGAUACUUUCACUACUCCUGGACCACCUUAUGCACUUACUGUGUGUGAUGUAACAAAAAGACAUGUUGAUCUGAAGUGGGAGGCACCUAAGAAUGAUGGUGGCAGACCAAUUCUCAGAUACGUAAUUGAGAAGAAAGAAAAAAUGGGAACUCGCUGGGUAAAGGCUGGAAAAACAUCAGGACCUGACUGCCAGUUUAAAGUAACUGAUGUUAUUGAAGGUACAGAAGUACAGUUCCAGGUCCGUGCUGAAAAUGAAGCUGGUGCUGGCCAUCCAAGUGAAGCUACUGAUGUUCUUUUAAUUGAAGACCCAACAAGUCCUCCAUCACCUCCUUUGGAGUUGCAUGUGACAGAUGCAAGUAGAAGUCACAUUUCAAUUGCAUGGAAAACACCAGAGAAAAAUGGCGGUAGCCCCAUUAUUGGAUAUCAUAUUGAGAUGUGUGAAGCAGGAACUGAGAAAUGGAUGAGAAUCAACUCACGUCCUGUGAAAGAACUAAAGUACAAAGCAGAAGAAAGUAUUAUUCCUGACAAGGAAUAUGUCCUGCGAGUCAGAGCUGUGAAUGCUAUUGGAGCUAGUGAUCCUUCAGAGAUCUCUGAAAAUGUGGUUGCUAAAGAUCCAGAUUGUAACCCAUCAAUUGAGUUAAAGACCCAAGAUAUUGUUGUCGUUGAGGGUGAAAAACUUAAUGUCCUUGUACCAUUCAGGGCAGUGCCAUCACCACAAAUAUCUUGGCACAAAGAUGGUAAAGAACUGAAAACUGAUGACAGACUGUCUGUUAAGAGUGAUUAUACCAGUGCAUACCUGAAUAUAACCACCAGCGUUCAUGCUGAUGCCGGAGUUUAUACAAUUAUUCUGGAAAAUAAACUUGGCUCAACAACAGGAGCUAUCAAUGUUAAAGUCAUAGGGCUGCCUGGUCAAUGCAAAGAAAUCAAUGCUAGCGAUGUAACCAAGAGCUCUUGCAAGGUGACAUGGGAACCUCCAGAAAAUGAUGGUGGUAGCCCAAUUCUACAUUAUGUUCUAGAACGAAGAGAAGCUGGUAGAAGAACAUAUAUACCAGUUAUGUCUGGAGAGAAUAAACUUAGCUGGAAUGUAAAGGAUCUCAUUCCAAAUGCUGAAUAUUACUUCCGUGUUAAAGCAGUAAAUAAGAUUGGUGGAGGUGAAUACAUUGAGCUGCGCAAUCCAGUUAUAGCUGAAGAUCAGAAGCAGCGCCCAGAUCCACCAGUUGAUGUUGAAGUGCAUGAUCCAACGUCAAAAUCCAUCACAUUGACUUGGAAACCACCACUUUAUGAUGGAGGUUGCAAGAUCAUGGGUUAUGUUUUAGAAAAGCUUGCCAAGGGCGAUGAAAAGUGGGAGAGAUGCAAUGACUUCUUAGUUCCUGUUUUAUCUUACACUGUCAGGGGUCUUGAAGAAGGCAAGGAAUACCAGUUCCAAUGCCGUGCAGAAAAUGCUGCUGGAGUUAGUGAACCUUCUCGUCCAACACUUGGAGUCAAAGCUUUAGAUCCAAUAGAUCCUCCUAAAGUCUACUUCACUGGAAAUGUGCAGUUUGGCAUAAAUGUUAAAAAAGGUGAUGAGAUUCAACUUCAGGCAAACAUUUCUGGAUCACCUUAUCCUACAAUCACAUGGAUAAGAAAUGAUGACGUCAUUAGGCCAGAAGAAAUCAAGAAAAGAGUAGAUAAAAUCAUUCCAAGGAGGAAGAAGGAAGUUGUUGUUGAGGAACCAUUCCAUUUAAGUUUACCUGAACGUUUAAAUAUUGACAACAGUGUACGUGGUGUAUCUCAGGCUAUGGUUCGUGAUUCUAUUAGAGGUGAUCAUGGAAAAUACACAAUCAGAGUUGAAAACGAUCAUGGUGUGGCUCAUGCUUCCUGUGAUGUAAAUGUACUAGAUACUCCUGGUCCACCUGUCAACUUUGCAUUUGAUGAAGUCAGGAGUAAUUCUGUGACCUGCAGUUGGGACCCUCCUUUGGAUGAUGGUGGUAGCGAGAUUUUUAAUUACAUUCUGGAAAAGAAAGACAAUUCUAAGGCCGAAAUUGGUUGGGUAACAAUUACCACUACUCUAAGACAAUGUUCGUUUCCAGUUACCAAGCUAAUUGAAGGAAAGGAAUAUAUUUUCCGUGUCACAGCUGAAAAUAAAUUUGGCCCAGGACCACCAUGCGUAUCUCAGCCAGUGAUAGCCAAGAAUCCAUUUGAUGUCCCUGAUGCCCCAGAAAAACCAGUUAUUGAGGAUCCUACAAGCAACAGUAUGCUGGUUAAAUGGAAUGAACCCAAAGAUAAUGGAAGUCCCAUCUUAGGAUACUGGAUUGAAAAACGUGAAAUUAAUAGUACUCACUGGGCCCGAGUUAACAGUAACCUUCUUAAUGCUUUGGAGAUAAGAGCUGAAGGGAUGUUGGAAGGAUUGAGUUACAUUUUUAGAGUGUGUGCAGAAAAUGCAGCUGGCCCUGGAAAAUUCAGUGUACCAUCAGAUCCAAAAACAGCACAGGACCCAAUCUUGCCACCUGGUCCACCAGUUCCAAGGAUUCUUGAUACUAGCUCUACUACAAUUGACCUAGAAUGGGAUCCUCCACUCUAUAAUGGUGGUGGUGAUAUUAUUGGUUACUAUAUUGACAAACAGCUGGCACACACAAAUGAAUGGUCACGCUGUAAUGACAGACCACUUAAACUUACCAAGUUUACUGUAAAGCAAAUCAGGGAGGGUGCUGACUACAGACUUCGUGUCAUUGCUGUAAAUUCCUCUGGUGAAGGAGCUCCAGGAGUAACUGAGUAUGUAACUGUCUCAGAACCUCAAGAGGCUCCAGUAGUUGAUCUGGAUCUUUCUGUCAAAGCUGGUAUUACAAUUAUGGCUGGUGAAACUCUUAGGAUUCCUGCUAAAGUUACUGGACGUCCUAAACCAGAAAUUACAUGGACAGUCGAAGAUGCAGAAAUUGACAAAGAGCGUGCUGUUGUAGAAUUUGUUGGUGACAGAUGUGAAUUAGUCAUUAAAGAUACGUUAAGAAAGGACCAUGGAAGAUAUGUUAUCACUGCAUCAAAUGACAGUGGCACCAAAUCUGCAGCAACCAGAGUAGACAUAAUGGAUGUGCCUGGACCUGUACUUGACUUAAAACCAGUUGUUGUCACUAGAAAGAUGAUUUUACUUAACUGGUCAGAACCUGAAGAUGAUGGUGGUAGUGAUAUUAUUGGCUAUACAAUUGAAAGGAAAGAUGCCAAAAUGCAUACCUGGAGGCAACCAAUCGAAACAGAAAAAUCUAAGUGUGACAUCACAGGCAUUCUAGAAGGGGCAGAAUACAUGUUCCGUGUUGUCUGCAAGAACAAAUAUGGCGGUGGUCCACCUGUGGAUAUUGGUCCAAUACCUGCUGUUGAUCCCAAAGGGCCACCAACCUCACCAGAAAAGUUCCAUUACUCAGACAGAACAAAGUCAUCAAUCACACUUACCUGGAGACCUCCCCGUAAUGAUGGUGGCAGUCCAAUUCUAGGCUAUAUAGUUGAAAAGAAACUAAAAACUGCAACUGAAUUUGAACGAGUUAACAAACAGCUCUGCAAAGACACCACACUUUUUGUUGAUAACCUCGCUGAACUAAACAUGUAUGAGUUUAAAGUCAGAGCAGUAAAUGAAUUUGGUGAAAGUGAGCCAUCACUACCACUCAAUGUAGUAAUCCAGGAUGAUGAAGUUCCUCCAACAUUGUUCCUUCGUCUGACUGUCAGAGGAGAUACCAUAUGUGUUAAGCAAGGCGAGCCAGUUAAUAUUCCAGCAGAAGUAACAGGUCUUCCAGCACCUAAAAUCGAGUGGUUCAAAAAUGAUGUUCUCAUUGACAAAUCUACAGAUGCACUGAAACUAAGCAAGCAGGUGGAGUCAAGAACUGAAGCGAAAAUUCAGCUUAGUAUAGCUUCUUCAGAUAGGAAAGACACUGGUGUCUAUACUGUCACUGCCUCAAAUCGUCUAGGAACUGCAACAAGAACUGUGAAUGUGCAUGUACUUGAUCGUCCUAGCCCCCCAAGAAACCUUGUCGUUUCUGAUAUAAAGGCUGAAUCAUGCUAUUUAACUUGGGAUGCACCUGAGGAUAAUGGCGGCUCUGAAAUCACCAACUACAUUGUUGAUAAACGUGAUGCCAGCAAAAAGAAAUCUGAAUGGGAGGAGAUAAACAACAUUGUAAUUGAUAAGCGUUAUGGAAUUUGGAACCUUACAACAAAUGGUGAUUAUCAAUUCAGAGUCAGAGCACAGAAUAAAUAUGGAAUCAGCGAUGACUGUCUUUCUGAAAAGGUUGUUAUCAAAGAUCCAUUUGGCCUUCCAGGAGCGCCUGGAAAACCAAAGGUGUCAGAUUAUACCAGGUCUUCAAUGUUGGUUAUUUGGGAACCUCCUCUGGACAAUGGUGGUGCUCCAAUCACAGGGUACUGGCUGGAAAAGAGAGAAGUGGGUGGAGUCUACUGGGCUCGUGUUAACAGAGCACCUGUAACAAAGCCUUCUGUUAAAGGUCUGGAAUUUAAUGUACUGCGCCUAAUUGAAGGAGUUGAGUACCAAUUCAGAGUCAUGGCUGAAAAUGCUGCAGGAAUUGGCCCUCCAAGUGAACCUUCUGAUCCUGCUUUGGCUGUUGAUCCUGUCUAUCCACCAGGUGCUCCAUCUGGUCUUGGAGUAACUGACAAGUCUAAGAAUUCUGUGUCUCUUGCCUGGAAACCUCCAGAAAAAGAUGGUGGUAGUCCAAUUAAAGGGUACAUUGUUGAAAUGCUAGAAGAGGGCACCUCUGACUGGGUAAAAGCCACAGAACCAGAUAAAUUACUGCCUUCAUGUAGUUAUGUUGUACCCAACCUAAAAGAACUGAAGAAAUACAGAUUCAGAGUAAAAGCUGUCAAUGCAGCUGGUGAAUCCGAUCCAAGUAUAACAACUGCGGAGAUUAUUGUCAAAGAUAUUCAAGAAGAGCCAGAUGUUACUCUCAAUAUUGGAGCACAAGAUCUUCUUGUUUGUCGUGCUGGGUCAACAAUCAAAAUUCCAGCAGUUAUUACUGGACGUCCAGUUCCAAAAGCAACUUGGGAAUUUGAUGGGGAAGCAGUGAAGCAUAUGAAGGAUGACAUCCACAAUAUUCCAACUGAUGCAGAGCUUGAAGCGACUGACACUACAUCAACAAUUACAAUCCCUCAGUGCAACAGAAGCCAUUCUGGCCGAUACAGUAUUACAGCAAAGAACAAAGCAGGACAGAAGACAGUUCAUGUCAGAGUCAAUGUACUGGAUGCCCCAGGCCCACCAAAAGACCUUAAAGUAAGUGAUAUUACCAGAAGCACCUGCAGGCUGUCCUGGAAACCACCUGACAACGAUGGUGGAGACAGAAUUAAGGGCUACGUAAUUGAAAAGAGGACUGUUGAGGGGAAAGCUUGGACAAAAGCUAAUCCUUGUUGUGCUGGUACCUCUUUUGUUGUACCCGAUCUUAUUGAAGGUCAAGAAUAUUUCUUCCGUGUGCGAGCAGAAAAUCGAUUUGGUACUGGAGCACCUGUGACAACUAUACAGAGGACAAGAGCAAGAGAUCCAAUCUAUCCUCCAGAACCACCUACAAGACUGAAAUUUGGAAUUGUGACUAAGAAUUCAGUUACCUUGAGUUGGAGACCACCAAAGAAUGAUGGUGGUGCUCCUGUAACACACUACAUUAUUGAAAAGCUUACCUGGGACACUGCUGGUGAAGAAAAACAAGCCUGGAAGCAGUGCAACAAACGUGAUGUAGAGGAAACGACAUUUAAAGUAGAAGAUCUUAAGGAAGGUGGCGAAUAUGAAUUCCGUGUUAAAGCUGUAAAUGAAGCAGGUCCAAGCAGACCAUCCGCUACUGUUGGUCCCCUUGUUGUGAAAGACCAAACAUGUGCACCAUCUAUUGAACUCAAAGAAUUCCUAGAGGCUGAAGAGCGUACAGAUAUCAACAUUGUAGCAAAAGUCAAGGGUGUGCCAGCUCCUACACUGACAUGGUUUAAGGCCCCACCACAUAAGCCUGAUGACAAAAAAGAAGUGCAAUAUGAUGCACAUGUCAAUAAGAUAGUUGCAGAAGAAACAUGUACAUUGUUAAUCCAACAAUCUCGUAGAAAUGAUACUGGAUUGUACACUUUGACAGCAACUAACAGUCUUGGAACUGCUUCUAAAGAAAUGAGGCUGAAUGUCUUAGGACCACCUGGACCACCAGUUGGGCCAAUUAAGUUUGAGAAUAUUACUGCUGAAACUAUGACAAUAUCAUGGCUUCCUCCAAAAGAUGAUGGUGGAUCUAAGAUCACAAAUUAUGUGAUAGAAAAACGUGAAGCCAAUAGAAAAACUUGGGUACAUGUCACCAGUGAAGCUACCGAAUGCAUCUAUUCAGUACCUAAGCUAUUGGAGGGUCACGAAUAUAUAUUCAGAAUAAUGGCUCAGAAUCAGUAUGGCAUUGGACAGCCACUUGACAGUGAACCAGAAACAGCAAGAAAUCUGUACACUGUUCCUGGACAGUGUGAGAAGCCAGUAAUCAGCAGCGUAACACGUGAUUCCAUGACAGUUAACUGGGAAGAACCAGAGUACGAUGGAGGAUCUCCAGUGACUGGAUAUUGGCUGGAACGCAAAGAAACCACAGGAAAGAGGUGGAACAGAGUAAAUCGUGACCCAAUUAGAGUUAUGCCUCUUGGUGUUUCACACAAUGUAACUGGUCUAAUUGAGGGAUCAGAAUAUCAGUUCCGUGUAAUAGCCAUCAAUGCAGCAGGAGAUGGCCCUCCUAGUAUGCCUUCUGAUCCAGCAUUUGCUAGAGAUCCUAUUGCACCACCUGGUCCACCAUUUCCCAAAGUUACUGACUGGACUAAGUCAACUGUUGAUGUUGAAUGGACACCUCCUUCAAAAGAUGGCGGGUCAAAGAUCACUGGCUAUUUUAUUGAAUAUAAAGAAGAAGGAAAAGAAGAAUGGGAAAAAGCCAAAGAUAAAGAGGUCAGAGGUAAAAAGUUUGUAGUGCCUGGAUUAAAAGAAGGUGGUCUGUACAGAUUUAGAGUAAGAGCAGUCAAUGCUGCUGGUGUUGGAGAACCUGGCGAAGUUUCAGAAGUAAUUGAAGUAAAAGACAGAAUCAUUCUUCCAGAUAUUGAGUUAGAUGCAGCUGUCAAGGAGAGAAUAGUUGUUCAUGCAGGUGGAACCAUCCGCAUUUUGGCAUAUGUCUCAGGAAAACCUCCUCCCCAGAUUUCCUGGGGAAGAGAUGAGAGGUCCUUACCAGAAGAAGCUAAGAUUGAAACAACAGCAAUUAGCUCUGCAGUGGUUAUUCCAAAAUGCCAGAGAAAACAUCAGGGCAUUUAUACUCUUCUGGCUAAGAAUGAAGGUGGAGAAAGGAAGAGGACUAUAAUUGUUGAUGUAUUAGAUGUUCCUGGUCCAGUUGGAACACCAUUCCGAACAGAAAACCUAACCUCUGAUUCAUGCAAAUUGACAUGGUUUUCUCCAGAGGAUGAUGGUGGGUCCACAAUAACUAAUUAUAUAAUUGAAAAACGUGAAGCUGACCGCAGAGCAUGGACACCAGUAACAUGUACAGUUACAAGACAAAAUGCUAUUGUUCAAAAUCUUAUUCAAGGCAAAGCUUACUUUUUCCGCAUUGCACCUGAAAAUAUAAUUGGCAUGGGUCCAUUUGUUGAGACUGACAAAGAGAUUGUUAUAAAGGAACCAGUCUCUGUACCUGAGCGUCCUGAGGACCUUGAAGUAACAGAAGUCACCAAGGAUUCCGUUAGCUUGUCCUGGAGGCCACCUAAGUAUGAUGGUGGUUCAGACAUUACCAUGUAUAUUUUGGAAUGCCGCCUGAUUGGUAAGGAUAAGUUCACUAGAGUUACAAAAGAAAAGCUUCUUAAUAGGAAGUAUAAACAUGAUGGACUUAAAGAAGGUGAUACAUAUGAAUAUCGUGUUAGUGCUGUUAAUGCUAUUGGACAAGGAAAACCUUCAUUCUGCACAAAGCCAAUCACCUGCAAAGAUGAGCUAGCUCCACCAAGCAUUGAGCUGGAUUUCCGAGACAAGCUUGUUGUACGAGUUGGUGAGGCAUUUAGCUUGGAUGGUCGUUAUGGUGGAAAACCAGCACCAAAAGUUACAUGGUUUAAAGAUGAUAUUGGAGUAAAGGAAAGUGAAAGAGUCAAGAUCAAGACCACUCCUAGCACGCUCUGCCUGGGAAUCUUUAAAAGUGUUCGUGAAGAUUCAGGAAGAUACUGUGUCGUGGUGGAAAAUAGCACAGGGGCAAGAAAAGGCUUUUGCAAUGUUAUUGUUGCUGAUCGUCCUCAGCCACCAGUGGGACCAGUUAUAUUUGAUGAGGUUCACAGAGAUCAUAUGGUUAUUUCUUGGAAGCCGCCAGUUGAUGAUGGUGGAAGUGCAAUUACAAAUUACAUUGUUGAGAAGAGAGACACAAACAGAGAACUCUGGAUGCCAGUUACUUCUACAACUACCAAAACCACAUGUAAUAUACUGAAACUUAUUGAAGGAAGAGAGUAUAUCAUUCGCAUUGCUGCUGAAAAUGUGUAUGGCAUAAGUGAUCCUCUAUUCUCUGAUGAAAUGAAGGCUAAAGAUCGCUUCAGAGUUCCUGAAGCUCCUGAGCAACCAGUUGUUAAAGAUGUUAAAAAGGACUCUGCUGUAGUCACUUGGAACAGACCACGAGAUGGUGGCAAACCAAUAUUUGCUUAUAUUCUUGAGAGGAAGGAAACUAUGUCUAAGCGCUGGGCCAAAGUAACCCAAGAACCAAUAUUUCCAGAUACUCAGUUCAAAGUACUUGACCUUCUUGAGGGCUGUGAAUAUGAAUUCCGAGUUUCUGCAGAAAAUGAAAUUGGUGUUGGUGAUCCCAGCCCACCGUCUUUACCAUUCUUUGCUAAGGAUCCAAUUGUGAAACCAAGCCCACCUGUUAAUCCAGAAGCUGUAGACAAAACUAAAAAUUCAGUUGAUUUGUCUUGGCAACCUCCACGCCAUGAUGGAAAAGGCAAGAUUAUUGGUUAUAUUGUUGAGUAUCUGAAACCUGGAGCUGAGGAGUGGACAAGAUCAAAUCAAACACCAGACUCAUGUCCUGAUACACAUUUCAAGGUGAUGGGCCUUACAGAAGGAGAAACAUACAAAUUUAGGGUUCUGGCAGUGAAUGCAGCUGGGGAAUCAGAUCCAGCCUAUGUUCGUGAUCCAGUACAGGCAGUUGAUAGACUUGAACCACCAGAGCUAAUGGUUGAUGCAAACAUGGCACGAGAACUCCAUGUAAAAGCUGGAAAUACUAUGACUCUAAGUGCUUUAAUCAAAGGUGUGCCGUACCCUAAGGUGUCUUGGAAAAAGAAUGACCUAGAAGUACCAACUAAGGCAGAUAUUAUUGUCACAAAUGUAGGCAGCAAACUUGAAAUUCGGCACUGUGUUCAUAGUGAUGGAGGGCAAUAUUCAUUGACAGCAGAAAAUGCUGCUGGCUCGAAGACUGCUUCUGUUAAUGUAAUUGUAUUAGAUAAACCUGGCCCACCUAGGAACCUACAGAUCUCUGAAGUUAGGAGGGACUCUUGCUAUCUUACAUGGAAAGAGCCAGAAGACAAUGGUGGCUCUGUCAUUACAAAUUAUGUUGUAGAAAAACGUGAUGUGGCAUCUGCCAAGUGGGUGCCUAUUUCCACUUCUACAAAGAAGCACAGCAUUAUGGCAAAACAUCUUAUGGAAGGAAAUCAGUAUCUUUUCCGUGUAGCUGCUGAAAAUCACUACGGCAGAAGUGACUUCAUAGAAAGCACUAAGCCUAUUAAAGCAACAGAUCCAAUAUAUCCUCCUGGGCCUCCCAAGAACGUGCAUCAUGUAGAUGUUGACAAAACAGAAGUUUCUCUUGCCUGGAACUGGCCUGAUCGGGAUGGUGGCUCUGAAAUCACAGGAUUUUUGGUAGAGUACCAAGAAGAAGGAGCAGAAGACUGGCUUAAGUUUAAGACUGUCAGAAUACCAGAGUGUGUUGUUACUGGACUAGAACAAGGAAAAACAUAUAAAUUCAGAGUAAAAGCAGAGAAUGCUGUGGGUCUGAGUCGUCCAGAUUCAACUAUACCUGUAUUAUGCCAGGAGAAACUAGUGGCUCCAUCUGUUGAAGUAGAUGUAAAACUGAUUGAAGGUCUCACUGUAAAAGCUGGCAGUACAGUCAGAUUGCCAGCAAUCAUUAGAGGUGUUCCUUUUCCAACUGCUAAAUGGGUUACUGACAGCAGUGAAAUAAAAUCAGAAGGAAAUUACACAGUUGCUACAGAUAAUUUCUCAUCAACUUUAACCAUCAAAGAAUGUACCAGAAAAGAUACCGGUGAAUAUUUACUUACUGUUAGUAAUGCAGCAGGCAGCAAAACAGUUGCUCUUCAUUUAACAGUCUUGGAUGUUCCUGGUCCACCAACUGGUCCUAUCAAUAUUCUUGAAGUAACACCAGAAUAUAUGGUUAUCUCUUGGCGUCCACCAAAGGAUGAUGGUGGAAGUCCUAUAAUGAACUACAUUGUUCAAAAACGAGAAAGUAAGAAAGACACUUGGGGAAUAGUCAGUUCAGGAAGCACCAGUACUAAACUUAAAAUCCCACGGCUCCAGAAGGGCAGUGAAUAUAUUUUCCGUGUGCAAGCAGAAAACAAAAUUGGCAUUGGUGAGCCACUGGAUUCCCAACCAACAGUUGCUAAACAUAUGUUUGAUGUACCGUCUCCACCAGGCAAACCAGUUGUUUCUGAUAUUACUGAAAAUGCAGCCACUGUGAUAUGGACAAUACCAAAAUCGGAUGGUGGCUCUCCAAUUAGUGGUUACAUUGUAGAAAGAAGAGAAGUAUCAGGAAAGUGGGUUCGUGUUAACAAAACACCUGUGUUGGAUCUUAAAUUCAGAUGUUUAGGAAUGUUUGAAGGAAACGCCUACGAGUUUAGAGUUUUUGCAGAAAAUAUUGCUGGUUUAAGUAAGCCAUCACCAAUUUCUGAUCCAAUAAGAGCUGCACGUCCAAUUACUCCACCUGGACCACCUGUCAAUCCAAAGCUAAAAGACAAGAGUAGAGAAACAGCUGACUUAGUGUGGACAAAACCAAACAAAGAUGGAGGAAGUCCCAUUCUGGGAUACAUUGUUGAGUGUCAAAAAUCAGGAACAACUGCAUGGACUAGAAUCAAUAAAGAUGAUCUCAUAAAGCUGUGUGCAUAUAGGGUACCAGGUCUCAUAGAGGGCAAUGAAUACAAGUUCCGUAUUAAGGCUGUGAACAUUGUUGGGGAAGGAGAACCAAGGGAAUUGCCAGAAACUGUCCUUGCUAAAGAUAUUCUUCACCCACCAGAAGUAGAGCUUGAUAUAACAUGUCGUGACCUGCUCACUGUUAGGGUGGGACAGAUAAUUAAUAUUACUGCCCGUGUUAAAGGUAGACCAGACCCAGAUAUUACGUGGUCUAAGGAUGGAAAAGUCCUUGCUAAAGAAAAGCGAGUUGUGAUGAAUAAUGAUUUCCCUCUUGUUGAACUACAGAUUAAAGAAGCUGUUAGAGCAGAUCAUGGCAAAUAUCUUAUCAUGGCCAAGAACAACAGUGGACAAGCUCAGGCAGCUGUUGUAGUCAAUGUACUAGACAGACCUGGACCUUGUAAAAACAUAAAGAUAAGUUAUGUUACAAAAGACUCUUGCAUGAUUGCCUGGGAAAAUCCUGAUGAUAAUGGAGGCACAGAAAUAACAAAUUAUAUUAUAGAAAGUCGUGAACCUAAUCAAAGAGGUUGGUCAGUGAUCUCCUCAGAUGCUACCAAACGAUUAAUAAAAGCCUCAUUAAUAGAAAACCAUGAAUAUUUAUUUAGGGUUUGUGCUGAAAAUAAGGUUGGGCCUGGUCCUGUUACUGAAACUAAAACACCAAUUCUGGCAAUUAAUCCUGUUGAAAAGCCUGGUGAACCCCAGAAUCUCCACGUUGCUGAAACAGGAAAAACAUUUGCCUAUCUUAAAUGGAAUAAACCUGAUUAUGAUGGCGGCAGCCCGAAUCUUACUUACCAUGUUGAGAGAAAGCUUAAAGAUUCUGAUGAAUGGGAAAGGGUACAUAAAGGUAGCAUUAAAGAAACACACUUUAUGGUUGAAAAGUGCAUUGAAAACCAAACAUAUCAAUUUAGAGUCCAGACCAAGAAUGAGGGUGGUGAAAGCAAUUGGGUAAAAACAGGUGAAGUAAUAGUCAAGCAAGAACUCCAGAAACCUGUGCUAGAUCUGAAAUUAGUUGGGACAUUGAUUGUAAAAGCAGGAGAUACAAUCAGGCUUGAGGCUGGACUCAGAGGAAAACCACAGCCUGAAGUUAUUUGGGCUAAAGAUAAAGAUGUUGCGGAUAUGUCCAGAUCACCAAGAGCUAAAAUUGAAACCACAAGUGAGUCAUCUAAAUUUGCACUGAUAAAAUCAAAAAGAGAAGACAGUGGCAAAUACGUCAUUACUGCAACAAAUGAAGCUGGUAGCUUUACAGCCUAUGCUAUUGUUAAUGUUUUGGAUAAACCUGGCCCAGUCAGGGACCUCAAAGUUGCCAAUGUUUCAAUUGACAGGUGUACAGUCAAGUGGGAACCACCAGAGGAUGAUGGGUCCUGUGAAAUCCAAAACUAUAUUAUAGAAAAAUGUGAAAGCAAGAGAAUGAUUUGGUCUACAUAUUCUUCAUCAAUAUUGACAAACUAUGUCCAUGUCACUCACCUGAUAGAAGGUAAUGAAUAUAUCUUUAGAGUACGUGCUGAGAAUAAAAUGGGCACUGGUCCACCAACAGAAACUAAACCAAUAAUAGCUAAGACUCAGUUUGGUAGGCCUGGUCCACCUGAUCCACCAGAAAUCACAAAAUUUGGCAAAGAAGAAAUGACAGUUGUGUGGAAUCCACCAGAAAAUGAUGGUGGCAAAUCAAUCACAGGAUAUAUUCUUGAGAAGAAAGAGAAGAGGUCACUUAGAUGGGUGGCUGUUACAAAAAGCCCUAUUCCAGAGAGACGCAUGAAGGUCACAAACCUGAUCCCUGGCCAUGAAUACCAGUUCCGUGUCAAAGCAGAAAAUGAAGUUGGACUUGGCGAACCAAGCAUGCCAUCAAAGCCUGUUGUUGCAAAGGAUCCAAUAGAACCCCCUGGUCCUCCAACCAGUCUGAAAGUGGUUGAUAGUACCAAGACAUCUAUUACUCUUGGAUGGGUUAAACCAGCUUAUGAUGGUGGUGCACCAAUUAUUGGCUAUGUUGUUGAAAUGAGACCUAAGGGAGUAAGUAAAUCUCCUGAUGAAGGAUGGAAAAGGUGCAAUGUGGCUGCUCAGCUUGUUCGUACAGAAUAUACUGUGACAAGUCUUUCUGAAAAAGAAGAAUAUGAAUUCAGAGUCUCUGCUCAAAAUCAGGUUGGCCUUGGUCGUCCUGCUGAACUAAAAGAAGCUGUGUCACCUAAGGAAAUACUCGAAUCACCAGAGAUUGAGCUAGAUGCAAGUCUUAGGAAGGUGGUCACAGUCAGAGCUGGAUGCCCCAUCAGACUCUUUGCCACUAUUAGAGGUCGCCCUGCACCAAAAGUAACCUGGAGAAGAAUGGGAAUUGACAAUGUAGUUAGAAAAGGGCAGGUUGAUCUUUUAGAUAAUAUGGCCUUCCUUGUGAUCCCUGAUUCCACACGUGAUGAUUCGGGUAAAUAUUCCCUGAUGCUUAAAAAUGCAGCUGGAGAGAAGGCUGUUUUUGUACUUGUCCGAGUACUGGAUACUCCUGGACCUGUGGCAGACUUUCAAGUUAGUGAUAUCACAAAAAUGUCAUGUCAGUUUUCAUGGUCACCACCUGAGAAUGAUGGCGGAAGUCAAGUAACACACUAUAUUCUGGAGAAACGUGAAGCGGACAGAAAGACAUGGGCUACAGUCAUUGCUGAUUGUAAGAAGACUAGCUUCAAAGUGGCUAACCUGGUACCAGGAACUCAGUAUUUCUUUAGAGUGACUGCUGUAAACCAGUACGGCUCUGGUGUUCCAAAAGAAACUCCAAAACCUGUUCUGGCAUCUGAUCCACUCAGUGAACCUGAUCCACCUAGAAAAGUUGAAGUUGUUGAAAUUACAAAGAACAGUGCUACUGUGAGUUGGCUGCCACCACUUCGUGAUGGUGGAUCUAAAAUUGAUGGAUACAUAAUUGACUACCAAGAAGAAGGUGAAAGUCGUUGGCCAACUUACUCUAUUGUCAAGGAUUUGAGCAUUGUUGUUGCAGGACUGAAAGAAGGAAAGAAAUACAAAUUUAGAGUUGCAGCUAGAAAUGCUGUUGGAGUAAGCGCAACAAGAGAAACAGAUGGAUUAAUUGAAGUCAAGGAGCAAUUAAUGGUGCCUAAAAUCAUUAUGCCUGAAAUGAUCUCUAUCAAAGCUGGUCAGAAGCUUAGAGUUGAAGCUCAUAUAUUUGGUAAGCCUUUCCCAAUUUGUAAGUGGAAGAAAGGAGAUGAAGAUAUUGCAACAUCCAGUCGAUUGGCUAUACAUAAAUCCCAGAAUGUGUCUGUUCUUAUUAUAAAAGAUGUAACUAGGAAAGACAGUGGUUACUACAGCAUCUCUGCUGAAAAUAGUGCUGGAGUUACCUCUCAGAGAAUAAAAGUGGUGGUAAUGGAUAUCCCUGGGCCACCACAACCUCCUUUUGAAAUUUCUGAUAUUGAUGCGGAUGCUUGCACAUUGGCCUGGCACAUGCCACAUGAAGAUGGAGGUAGCAACAUUACUAACUAUGUGGUGGAAAAAUGUGAUGUAAGUCGAGGUGACUGGGUGACUGCUGUAUCUUCUGUAACAAAGACAAGUGCCAGAGUUGGAAAACUGAUCCCUGGUCAAGAAUAUAUCUUCCGUGUUCGUGCUGAGAAUCGCUUUGGAAUUUCUGAACCACUUACGUCAGACAAAAUGGUUGCUAAAUUUCCUUUUGAUGUACCUAGUGAACCCAAAAAUGUACAUAUCACCAAAGUCAACAAGGAAUGCGUUUUUGUGGCAUGGGACAGACCAGACAAUGAUGGUGGCAGCCCCAUUACUGGUUACAUCAUUGAGCGGAAAGAAAGGAACAGCCUAUUGUGGGUUAAAGCUAAUGAUACAGCUGUACGAUCCACUGAAUACCCAUGUGGUGGCUUGAUUGAAGGACUGGAGUAUACAUUCAGAGUAUCUGCCUUGAAUAGAGCAGGAGCAAGCAAGCCUAGCAAACCAACAGAAUUUGUCACAGCAAGAACACCUGUUGAUCCGCCUGGCAAACCUGAAGUUAUUGACAUUACUAAAAAUUCAGUAUCACUUGUCUGGACCCGGCCAAAACAUGAUGGUGGAAGCAAACUCAUAGGCUACUAUGUAGAAGCAUGCAAACUUCCAGGUGACAAGUGGGUGAGAUGUAAUGCAAGCAGUCGUCAUGUCCCCACUGAACAGUAUACUGUUUCUGACUUGGAGGAAGGUGCACAGUAUCAAUUUAGAAUUAUUGCUAAGACUGCUAUCAAUAUUAGCAGGCCAUCUGAACUCUCUGAUCCAAUUACAGUAUUGGCAGAAAAUGUUCCACCAAAGAUUGACUUGGGUGUAUCAAUGAAAUCUUUGAUUACUGUAAAAGCCGGAUCUAAUGUUUGUCUUGAGGCCAAUGUGUUUGGAAAACCUAUGCCAAAAGUAACUUGGAAGAAGAAUGGAGAGCUUGUGAAGCUAGCUGAUGGAGUUAAAAUCACAUCACAGAGGAAUUAUUGUUCCCUCGAAUUAUUUAGUGUCAGAAGGCAUGAAUCAGGGGAGUAUACCAUUACUGCUGAAAAUGCUAGUGGAUCGAAAUCAGCCAACAUAAAACUAAAAGUCCUUGAUAAGCCUGGUCCUCCUGCUUCUGUGAAAAUAACUGGUGUAUAUUCUGAUCGUGUAACUCUUGUUUGGGACCCACCACUAGAGGAUGGAGGAUCAGAUAUCACUAACUAUAUUGUUGAUAAACGUGAAACUAGCAGACCAAAUUGGGCUCAAGUUUCUGCAAAUGUUCAGCUUACCAGCUGUGGUGUUGAGAAGUUGAUUGAAGGACACGAAUACCAGUUCCGCAUCAGUGCAGAGAAUAAAUAUGGAGUUGGUGAUCCAAUCAUAACUGAGUCAGUUGUUGCUAAAAACCCCUACGGUGUUCCUGGAUGCUGUGAUCCUCCAGUUAUUAGUAAUAUCACCAAAGAUCACAUGACUGUAAGUUGGAAAGCUCCAGCAGAUGAUGGUGGAUCACCUAUAACUGGGUACUUACUGGAGAAAAGGGAAACCAAAGCUCUUAACUGGACAAAAGUAAAUAGGAGGCCAAUUAUUGAGAGAACACUUAAAGCAACAGGACUGCAAGAAGGCACAGAGUAUGAAUACAGAGUAAUAGCACUGAACAAAGCUGGAGCAGGCAAACCAAGUGAUGCUUCCAAGGCAGCAAUUGCCCUUGAACCUAUGUAUCCACCAGGACCGCCUGCUUUCCCCAAAGUAACUGAUACAACUCGUAGUUCAGUAAGUUUAUCUUGGAGCAAACCAGCAUACGAUGGUGGAAGUCCAAUCCUAGGUUAUCUUGUUGAAGUGAAGAGAGCUGAUUCUGCUGAGUGGAUUAGAUGCAAUGUACCUAAAAACCUUCAAGUCACACAGUAUGUUGUAACUGGACUGGCUGACAAUAUAGAGUAUCAGUUCCGUAUUACUGCUGUCAACAAGAUUGGAUAUAGUGAACCCAGUGAAGUCCCAGACAAGCACUUUGCAAAAGACAUUCUAAUUGCUCCUGAAGCAGAACUUGAUGCUGAACUAAGAAAGGUACUUGUUUUGCGUGCUGGUGUGACAAUGAGAAUUUAUGUACCAGUCAGAGGUCGCCCUAAACCAAAGAUUACAUGGGCCAAGAUGAAUGCUAACAUCAGAGACAGACAAGGACUUCUAAUCAAGACUACAGAUUAUGAUACACUAUUGUACUGUGAAAAUGUGAACAGAUAUGAUGCUGGCAAGUACAUUUUGACACUCGAGAAUAGCAGUGGGGUAAAGACAUACACAAUUGUAGUGAAAGUUCUUGAUACCCCCGGACCACCAGUAAACCUGGCUGUUAAAGAAACAUCUAAAGACUAUGCUGUAAUCUCUUGGGAUCCCCCUCUUAUAGAUGGUGGUAGUCCAGUUAAAAAUUACAUAGUGGAAAAACGUGAUGCAGAAAGAAAAGCAUGGGCCACUGUGUCUAUAGACUGUCCCAAAACCACGUUCAGAAUCCAAAAUCUGGAAGAAGGCAAAUUUUACUUUUUCAGAGUUCUAGCUGAAAAUGAGCAUGGCAUUGGUGAACCAUGUGAAACACACGACGCUGUCAAGGCUUCUGAAAAACCAGGACCAGUUGUAGAUCUGAAAUGUGUGGCGGUUUCUAAAUCUUCCUGUAGUCUUGCAUGGAAGAAACCUAUUAGUGACGGGGGAAGUCGCAUUACUGCUUAUGUUGUAGAAAUGAUGACUGCUGAAGACAAAUGGAAGGAAGUUCUGAGAUCAAAGAAUAUGCAGUAUGCAGCAAAAGACCUAGAAGAAGGAAAAGAGUAUACAUUCCGUGUGAGAGCCCAAAAUGAUGCUGGUUACAGUUCACCAUGUGAAAUUUCAGUUCUCGCAAAAGAUCAUGUUGUUCUACCAAGUAUUGAUCUGAGAGAUGUGCCUGACCUGUACUAUGUAGCUAAAGAAGGUAGCAGCUUCCGCCUCAAGCUUCCAAUAAGUGGAAAACCUGCCCCUGCAGUUACUUGGAAAAAAGGAGAUGAUCAAAUUCUGACUGACAGUGGGAGAGUUGCAGUUGAAUCAACAGCAGUUAAUACUACUCUUCUAGUCCACGAUUGUCAGAAGGACGAUGCUGCAAAAUACAAUAUCACAUUAAAGAACACUGCAGGCACCAAGGAAGCCUUUAUAUUCAUGAAAGUUGUUGGCAAGCCUGACAUUCCCACUGGGCCAAUAAAGUUCGAAGAGGUUACUGCAGAUGCUAUUACUUUGAUCUGGGGACCACCAAAGGAUAAUGGUGGUUCAGAAAUCACAAAUUAUAUCCUGGAGAAAAGAGAUAAUACCACUAAUAAAUGGGUCACAUGUGCCUCUGCUGUACAAAAGACCUCAUUUAGAGUUACAAGACUUCAUGAAGGAACUGAGUAUGUUUUCCGUGUCAGCGCUGAAAACAAGUAUGGAGUUGGAGAGGGUCUUAAGUCAGUUCCUGUUACUGCAAAGCAUCCAUUUGAUGUGCCUGAUGCCCCUGCACCUCCCCAAAUCCUUGCAAUGAGGCAUGAUUCUGCUUCACUGGUUUGGACAGACCCAAGAAAAACUGGAGGUUCUCCAAUUACAGGAUAUCAUGUGGAAUAUAAGGAAAAGAAUAGCUUACUAUGGAAGAGAGCCAGCAAGACUCCACUGAGAAUGAAAGAUUUUAGAGUCGCAGGAUUAACUGAAGGACUUGAAUAUGAAUUCCGAGUUAUGGCAAUCAACAUGGCAGGCAUAGGCAAACCAAGUGGUCCAUCUGAAUCUGCUGUGGCACUUGAUCCAAUCGAUCCUCCUGGUAAGCCAGAAGUAAUAAAUGUAACCAGGAACUCUGUGACACUCAUAUGGACAGAGCCUAAGUAUGACGGUGGUCACAAGCUGACUGGAUAUAUUAUCGAAAAGCGUGAUUUACCAUCAAAGGCCUGGAUGAAAGCCAACCACAUUAAUGUUCAGGAAUGCGCAUUUACUGUAACUGAUCUUACUGAGGGUUGCAAAUAUGAAUUUAGAAUUAAAGCAAAGAAUACUGCUGGUGCCAUUAGCCCUCCAUCUGAAACUACAGACACCAUUGUUUGCAAAGAUGAAUAUGAGGCUCCAUCAAUUGUCAUAGAUUCAACAGUAAAAGAAGGGUUGACAGUUAAAGCUGGAGAUACAAUUGUAAUUACUGCUACCAGUAUACUUGGUAAGCCACCACCGACAUCAGUUUGGUCUAAGGGAGGAAAGGACUUUAAGCCAUCAGAUAUUGUACAGAUUGAAACAACACCUACCUCAUCUACUCUAACUGUCAAAUAUGCCUCUAGGAAAGAUUCUGGUGAAUAUACCAUCACUGCAAGCAAUCCUUUUGGUACGAAAGAGGAGCAUGUCAAUGUAAAAGUGCUUGAUGUCCCUGGGCCUCCUGGUCCUAUUGAAAUUAGCAAUGUCUCCGCUGAGAAAGCUACACUUAUAUGGGCACCUCCUACUGAAGAUGGUGGAUCACCAAUUAAAUCUUAUGUGCUUGAGAAGAGAGAGACUAGUCGUUUGCUGUGGACAUUAGUAGCAGAAGAUAUUGACUCAUGCAGACAUGUUGUAAGCAAACUUAUUCAAGGCAAUGAAUACAUUUUCCGAGUGUCAGCUGUUAACCAGUAUGGUGUUGGUGAGCCAGUACAGUCAGAACCUGUAAAAAUGGUUGAUAGAUUUGGGCCACCGGGUGCUCCAGAAAAACCAGAAAUUACAAAUGUAACCAAGAACACUGCUACUGUUUCAUGGAAAAGACCAGCAGAUGAUGGUGGCAGUGAAAUAACUGGAUACUAUGUAGAAAGAAAGGAGAGGAGAGGACUAAGAUGGAUAAGAGCAACAAAGAAGCCAGUUUCAGAUCUAAGAUUUAAAGUGACUGGUCUCACAGAACAAACAGAAUAUGAAUUCCGUGUCACAGCAGAAAAUAAGGCUGGACUUGGGCCACCAAGUGAUGCAUCUUCACCUGUGUUAACUAAAGAUGUAGCCUAUGUUCCAGGGCCACCUUCAAACCUGAGAGUAAUUGAUACUACCAAGACUACAGCCACUUUAACUUGGGGUAAACCUCAUUAUGAUGGUGGACUAGAAAUUAUUGGGUACAUAGUAGAACACAAGAAAGAAGGGGAAGAAGAGUGGGUAAAGGACACAACAGGGACUGCCCUCAGAAUUACAGAAUUUGUUGCUGCAAAUCUUCAGUCAGGUGCAAAGUACCAAUUUCGAGUCAGUGCUAUUAAUGCAGAAGGCACAGGGGAGCCUGCCUUAGUUGAAAAUGUUGAAAUUAAAGAACUCGAAGAACCACCUGAUUUUGAGCUUGAAGCUGAACUUAGAAGAACCCUUGUUGUUAGAGCUGGAGUAAGUAUUCGCAUAUUUGUGCCCAUUAAGGGACGUCCAACACCUGAAGUCACAUGGUUAAAGGGUGAUGAGCCACUCAAAGGCCGUGCGAAUAUUGAAGUCACAGAAUCUUACACUCUUCUGGUUGUUCCAGAAUGCAACAGGCAUGAUGCAGGAAAAUACACUUUGACUCUUGAGAAUGCUGCUGGUAAAAGGACUGGUUUUGUGAAUGUUAGAGUUUUAGAUUCUCCUGGACCACCUACAAAUCUUAAAGCAAAAGAAAUCUCCAAAGACAGCAUUACACUUCAGUGGGAUCUGCCGCACUUAGAUGGUGGUUCCCGUAUAACAAACUAUAUAGUUGAGAAACGUGAAUCAACCCGCAAGGCAUACUCAACAAUUACCACUAACUGCCAAAAGUGCUCCCUCCGCAUACCAAAUUUGUCUGAAGGAUGCGAGUAUUAUUUCAGAGUAAUGGCAGAAAAUGAGUUUGGCAUUGGUGAGCCAGCUGAAACUACUGACCCAGUAAGAGCAUCUGAGGCUCCAUCGCCACCUGAGAGUCUUAACAUUAUGGAUGUAAGCAAGAAUAGUGUUAGUCUUGCUUGGCCUAAGCCAGAACAUGAUGGUGGCACCAAAAUUACUGGUUAUGUAAUAGAAGCACAAAAGAAGGGCUCAGAGCAGUGGAUACAUAUUGCCACAGUUAAAGCUCUUGAUUACGUAGUAAAGAAUCUGAAUGAAAAUGAAGAAUAUACAUUCAGAGUUAUGGCAGUAAAUAGUGCUGGACGAAGUGAUCCGCGAGAAAGUCGACCUAUUCUUGUCAAAGAACAAACAGUGCUCCCAGAAUUUGAUCUACGUGGCAUUCAUCAGAAAUUGGUUAUUGCAAGGGCAGGAGACAACAUUAAAGUUGAGAUUCCUGUACUAGGUCGACCAAAACCAUCAGUAACAUGGAAGAAAGAUGAUCAACUUCUCAAACAAACUCAAAGGGUUAAUGUGGAAGACACAGCAACAUCAACCAUUUUAAAUAUCAAUGAAUGCAUAAGAGCUGAUGGAGGGAAAUUCAUACUUACAGCUAAGAAUAUUCAUGCGGAGAUCAGUGAUACUAUCACUGUUAUAGUACAUGAUAUUCCUGGACCACCAACAGGACCUAUUAAAUUUGAUGAAAUUUCAGCAGACAACAUAUUGUUCUCAUGGGAACCACCAGAAAAUGAUGGAGGAGUACCAAUAAGCAGUUACAUUGUGGAAAUGCGUGAAACAAACAGUACUUCAUGGGUAGAAUUAGCAGCCACAGUAAUUAGAAAUACUUUCAAAGCUACGCGUCUUGUUACCGGAGCAGAAUAUCAGUUCCGUGUAAAGGCCCAAAAUAGGUAUGGUGUUGGCCCUGCAAUUACUUCCGAGUCCGUAGUUGCUGCUUAUCCCUUUAAAGUACCAGGACCACCAGGUACACCUCAGGUUAUUGCAGUCACAAAAGAUUCAAUGACCAUUAGCUGGAAUGAGCCUGUGAAUGAUGGAGGAAGUCCAGUUCUUGGAUACCAUAUCGAAAGAAAAGAAAGAAACAGUAUUCUCUGGCAGUCUGUAAGCAAGACCCUAGUUGUUGGCAACAUAUUUAAGUCAAGUGGACUUACUGAUGGCAUUGCUUAUGAAUUCCGUGUCACUGCAGAAAAUAUUGCAGGCAAAGGAAAACCAAGCAAGCCAUCUGAACCAGUCUUUGCACUUGAUCCUAUAGAUCCACCUGGUAAACCAACAGCAAUUAAUGUAACCAGAAAUUUAGUAACUCUGCAGUGGACUAAACCUGAAUAUGAUGGAGGCUUUAAGAUAACAGGAUACACAGUUGAAAAGCGAGAUGUUCCUAAUGGACGUUGGUUAAAGGCUAACUUUGGUAAUAUACUUGAAACUGAAUUUACUGUUAGUGGCCUAAGUGAAAAUGCAACAUAUGAGUUCCGUGUAAUUGCCAGAAAUGCUGCUGGUGCUGUCAGUAAACCUUCAGAGCCAACAGAUGCUAUAACAUGCCGUGAUGAUAUUGAGGAACCCAGAAUAUUAGUUGAUGCUAAGUACAAAGAUGUUAUCUUAAUUAAGGCUGGUGAACCAUUCAGACUUGAGGCUGAUGUUGUUGGACGUCCACUUCCGACAAUGGGAUGGGCAAAGGAAGGAAAGGAGCUGGACGAUACAGCAAAACUGGAAAUAAAAAUAACUGACUUCUCUACACUUUUAAUCAACAAGGAUUCUGCAAGAAGAGAUGGUGGUGCAUAUACACUUACAGCUUCUAAUCCAGGUGGAUUUGCAAAACAUGUAUUUAAUGUUAAAGUUCUUGACAGACCAGGGCCACCUGAAGGGCCUUUAGUAGUAUCUGAAGUCACAUCAGAGAAAUGCGUUCUGUCUUGGUUACCACCAUUAGAUGAUGGUGGUGCAAAAAUUGACCACUAUGUGAUUGAGAAGAGGGAAACCAGCAGGCUUGCAUGGACAAAUGUUGCUUCAGAUGUUCAGGUAAACAAACUUAAAGUCACCAAACUGCUAAAAGGUAAUGAAUAUGUGUUCCGUGUUAUGGCGGUCAAUAAGUAUGGAGUUGGAGAAGUUCUGGAAUCUGAACCAGUAAUUGCUGCCAAUCCUUUUGUACCACCUGAUCCACCUAAGACACCUGAGGUAACUGCAGUUACAAAAGAUUCUAUGGUUGUCUGUUGGGGACAUCCUGACUCUGAUGGUGGUAGUGAAAUCAUAAACUAUAUUGUUGAAAGGCGUGAUAAGAGUGGAUUACGUUGGGUGAAAUGCAAUAAGAGGAGUAUCACUGACUUGCGCUACAAAGUUUCUGGUCUAACAGAAGGACAUGAAUAUGAAUAUAGGAUCAUGGCUGAAAAUGCAGCUGGUGUUAGUGCACCAAGUGAAACAAGUCCAUUCUACAAAGCUUGCGAUACUGUCUUUAAACCUGGUCCUCCAGGUAAUCCCAGGGUACUGGACACUAGUAAAUCAUCCAUUACAAUUGCCUGGAACAAACCAAUUUAUGAUGGUGGUUCAGAAAUCACUGGUUACAUGGUAGAGACAUGCUUACCAGAAGAAGAUGAAUGGACAGUUGUAAGUCCACAAGCAGGCCUGAAAGCAACUUCUUACACAAUCACUGGCCUUAAGGAGAAUCAAGAAUACAAAAUUCAUAUUUAUGCAAUAAACUCUGAAGGCACUGGUGAACCAGCUCUUGUUCCAGGAUCUCCUAAAGCUGAAGAAAGAAUGCUGCCUCCUGAAAUUGAACUUGAUGCUGAACUUCGGAAAGUUAUUAGCAUUAGAGCCUGUUGUACUUUAAGGCUGUUUGUCCCAAUCAAAGGAAGACCAGUGCCUGAAGUUAAAUGGGCAAGAGAAGAUGGAGAGCCCUUAGACAGAGCAACCAUUGAAUCAACAAGCUCCUACACCUUGCUUAUAAUUGAAAAUGUGAACCGAUUUGACAGCGGAAAGUAUAUGUUAACAGUAGAGAACAGUUCAGGAAGCAAAACAGCAUUUGUUAAUGUCAGAGUUCUCGAUUCUCCAGGUGCACCACAGCAGCUCAGAAUAAAAGAGAUAACUAAAGAGUCUGUAACAAUUACCUGGGAACCUCCUCUAAUUGAUGGUGGAUCAAAGAUUAAAAAUUAUAUAGUAGAAAAGCGUGAAUCAACCAGAAAAGCAUACUCAACUGUAGUUACUAACUGCCACAAAACAAGCUGGAAAAUUGAUCAAUUGCAAGAAGGCUGUAACUAUUAUUUCAGGGUCCUAGCAGAAAAUGAAUAUGGAGUUGGUCUCCCAGUUGAAACAGGUGAAUCAGUAAAAGUUUCAGAAAGGCCACUACCUCCAGGCAAAAUAAGCAUCCUUAAUGUAACAAGAAAUAGUGUUUCACUUUCCUGGGAAAAACCAGAACACGAUGGAGGUAGUAGAAUAGUGGGUUAUAUUGUGGAAAUGCAGAGUAAGGGCAGUGAGAAGUGGACAACCUGCGCUACAGUUAAAGUAAAUGAAGCUACUGUUAAAGGCUUAACCCAGGGUGAAGAGUACUUGUUCAGAGUUUCAGCUCAGAAUGAGAAAGGAAUUAGUGAUCCUCGCCAGUUAGGUGUUCCUGUUAUUGCAAAAGAUCUUGUAAUUGUGCCAGCGUUCAAACUGUUAUUUACAACCUUUACUGUUCUGGCAGGAGAAGAUUUAAAAGUUGACGUUCCUUUUGUUGCUUGUCCAAAACCUUCUGUCACAUGGCACAAAGACAAUUUACCUUUAAAACAAACAACAAGAGUGAAUGCAGAGAGCACAGAAAACAGCUCUGUACUGAUAAUAAAAGAAGCUUGCAGAGAAGAUGUAGGGCAGUAUGCAGUAACACUUGCAAACUCUGCUGGAGAAACUACAGAAACUCUUAAUAUUGUUGUCCUUGAUAAACCAGGGCCCCCAAAAGGACCUGUGAAAAUUGAUGAAGUAACAGCAGACAGUAUGACUAUUUCUUGGUCACCACCAGACUAUGAUGGUGGAUGCACCAUUAAUAAUUAUAUUGUAGAGAAAAGAGAUACUUCAACUACUACAUGGCAGAUUGUCUCUGCAACUGUUGCAAGAACUACAAUAAAGGCUGGACGACUAAAGACUGGCUGUGAGUAUCAGUUCAGAAUUGCGGCAGAAAACAGGUAUGGAAAGAGUAGUUAUCUUCUGUCAGAAUCUGUUGUAGCACAAUAUCCAUUCAAAGAACCUGGUCCACCAGGCACACCAUUUGUAUCAGCAAUCACCAAAGAUAGCAUGGUUAUACAGUGGAAUGAACCUGUUAAUGAUGGUGGAAGCAAGAUCCUUGGAUACCACUUAGAAAAGAAAGAAAGAAACAGUAUUCUUUGGGUUAAGCUGAACAAAACAGUGCUUCAGGAUACAAGGUUCAAAGCAACUGCUCUUGAAGAAGGCAUUGAAUAUGAAUUUAGAGUUUAUGCAGAAAAUAUUGUUGGCAUUGGAAAACCAAGUAAAGUAUCAGAAUGCUAUGUGGCACGUGAUCCAUGUGAUCCACCAGGUUGCCCUGAAGCUGUUAUUGUUACUAGAAAUUCUGUCACACUUCAGUGGACAAAGCCUGAAUAUGAUGGUGGAAGCAAGAUUACUGGUUACAUAGUUGAAAAGAAAGAACUGCCUGAUGGCCGCUGGAUGAAAGCAAGCUUUACAAAUGUUAUUGAAACUCAGUUUACUGUUACAGGUUUAGUAGAAGAUCAGCGAUAUGAGUUCCGAGUCAUUGCAAGAAAUGCAGCUGGUGUGUUUAGUGAUCCAUCUGAUAGCACAGGACCAAUUACAGCUAAAGAUGAAGUAGACCCACCACGUGCAAGCCUGGAUCCUAAAUACAAAGAAACUCUUGUUGUGAAUGCAGGAGACUCCUUCAAGAUUGAAGCAGAUGUACAUGGUAAACCAAUACCUACUAUCCAGUGGUUCAAGGGUGCACAAGAGCUUACAACUGCUGCACGCUUAGAAAUUAAGAGCACAAACUUCAGUACUUGUCUCAGUGUAAAAGAGGCUGUUCGUGUUGAUGGUGGUCAGUACAUCUUAUUAUUAAAAAAUGUUGGAGGAGAAAAAUCUGUUUCUGUAAAUGUUAAAGUGCUUGACAGACCAGGACCCCCAGAAGGACCUGUUCUGGUUACUGGAGUAACUGCUGAAAAAUGCACAUUGGCAUGGAAACCCCCACAGCAAGAUGGAGGCAGUGAUAUUUCUCAUUACAUUGUUGAAAGACGAGAGACAAGCCGUUUAGUAUGGACAGUAGUGGAUUCUAAUGUACAGACUCUUGGCUGCAAAGUUACCAAACUUCUUGAAGGAAAUGAAUACAUUUUCCGUAUUAUGGCUGUUAAUAAGUAUGGCACUGGUGAUCCAUUAGAAUCUGAUCCAGUAUUUAUGAAAAAUCCAUUUGUAGUACCAGAUGCACCAAAGACCCCAGAAGUUACAAAUGUAACUAAAGAUUCAAUGGUUGUUGUAUGGGGAAGACCAGUAUCUGAUGGUGGUAGUGAAAUUACUGGCUAUAUUGUAGAAAAGCGAGAUAAGGAAGGCAUUCGAUGGACACGGUGCAACAAACGUUUAGUCAGUGAGCUGCGUUUCAGAGUUGUUGGGCUUAUUGAAAACCACCAAUAUGAAUUUAGAGUAUCUGCUGAAAAUGCUGCUGGGGUCAGUGAACCAAGUCAAAGUUCAAUUUUCUAUAAGGCUUCUGAUCCUAUUUUCAAGCCUGGACCUCCAAACAACCCUAAAGUAACUGAUGUAACUAGGUCAUCAGUUUUCUUGGCAUGGAGUAAACCAAUUUAUGAUGGUGGAUGUGAGAUUCAAGGAUAUAUUGUUGAAAAGUGCGAUACAAGUAGUGAUGAAUGGACUGUUUGCACACCAGCAACUGGCAUCAAGGAAACACAUUAUGAAGUGGAGAAACUAUCAGAAAAACAUGAAUAUAAAUUCCGUGUUUGUGCUGUUAACAAAGCUGGUGUUGGAGAACAUGCUGAUGUUCAUGGAACGGUACUUGUUGAAGAAAAGUUGGAAGCUCCAGACCUUGAUCUGGAUCCAGAAUAUCGAAAGCUUGUUAAUGUAAGAGCUGGUUGUUCAUUAAGAUUAUUUAUUCCUUUCAGAGGGCGGCCUGCCCCAGAAGUGAAAUGGGCAAAAGCAGAUGGAGAGAUCAGAGAUACUGCCAUGAUUGAGGUUACCAGCAGCUAUACUCUACUUACAGUUGACAAUGUUAACAGGUUUGAUACUGGCAAGUACACUUUGACACUAGAAAACAGCAGUGGAUCAAAAUCUGCCUUUGUUAGUGUUAGAGUGCUUGACUCACCUAGUCCACCAGUGGGCCUAAAGAUAAAAGAAAUUACAAAAGACUCAGUAACACUUGCUUGGGAGCCUCCUCUUUUGGAUGGUGGUGCAAAAAUAAAGAAUUAUAUAAUUGAAAAGCGUGAAAGUACAAGAAAAGCAUAUUCAGCUGUAGUAACUAAUUGCAACAAAACUUCAUGGAAGGUAGAGCAGCUCCAGGAGGGAUGCAAUUAUUACUUCAGGGUAUGCGCAGAGAAUGAAUAUGGAAUUGGAUUACCUGCAGAAACAAGUGAUCCAGUUAAGGUGUCUGAAGUACCGCAGCCUCCAGGCAAAAUAACAGUGAUUGACGUCACAAGGAAUAGUGUAUCUCUCAGUUGGGAAAAGCCUGAACAUGAUGGUGGAAGCAGAAUCAUUCAAUAUAUUGUUGAAAUGCAGCCAAAAGCUAGUGAUAAAUGGUCAGCAUGUGCACAUGUGAAGACUCUAGAAACAGUUGUUACCAACCUGGUUCAAGGAGAGGCAUAUCUGUUCCGAGUCUUAGCGGUUAAUGAAAAAGGUAAGAGUGACCCAAGAACCCUUGCUGUUCCAGUAUAUGCCAAAGAUCUGGUGAUUGAACCAGAUGUUAGACCAGCAUUUAACAGCUACAGCAUUCAAGCUGGACAAGACUUAAAAGUUGAAAUUCCUAUAGCUGGACGACCCAAACCAACAAUUUCUUGGACAAAAGAUGGCCAGCCACUUAAGCAGACCACUAGAGUUAAUGUCACAGAUUCUGCCAAUCUUACCACAUUAAAUAUUAAAGAAGUAAAUAAAGAUGAUGGAGGAGUAUAUGGUAUUACAGUUGCCAAUGUUGUUGGACAGAAAGCAGCAACAGUUGAAAUAAUAACUUUAGAUAAACCUGGUCCUCCACAGGGUCCUGUGAAAUUUGAUGAAGUCAGUGCUGAAAGUGUUACAAUAUCUUGGAAUCCACCAGCAUACACAGGAGGCUGUCAGAUAACAAACUAUAUUGUUGAAAAGAGAGAUACAACUUCUACAGUAUGGGAUACAGUUUCAGCGACAGUUGCAAGAACUAUUCUUAAAGUGACCAAACUAAAAACAGGUGCAGAGUACCAGUUUAGAGUGUUUGCAGAAAACAGAUAUGGAAGAAGUUUUGCUUUAGAUUCUGAAGCCAUAAUAGCUCAGUAUCCAUAUAAAGAGCCUGGCCCACCCGGUACUCCAUUUGUAAAGUCUUGUUCAAAAGAUAGCAUGAUUGUGCAAUGGCAUGAACCAAUUAAUGAUGGUGGAAGCAAGAUUUUGGGCUACCACCUGGAAAGAAAGGAAAGAAACAGUAUUUUGUGGACAAAGGUUAACAAAACAAUUAUUCCAGAUACACAGUUUAAAAAUACAAACCUUGAAGAGGGCAUUGAAUAUGAAUUUAGAGUCUAUGCUGAAAAUAUUGUUGGCAUUGGAAAAGCUAGCAAAGUUUCAGAGUGUUAUGUUGCACGUGAUGCAUGUGAUCCUCCAGGCUGUCCAGAAGCCAUAAUUGUAACAAGAAGUGCUAUAACUCUUAGGUGGACAAAGCCAGAGUAUGAUGGUGGCAGUAUGAUUACUGGUUACAUUGUUGAGAAACGUGAUUUACCAGAUGGGCGCUGGAUGAAGGCUAGCUUUACUAAUGUAAUUGAAACUCAGUUUGAAGUGACAGGUCUUACUGAAGAUCAACGUUAUGACUUCAGAGUAAUUGCAAAGAAUGCUGCAGGUACAUUAAGCAGACCAUCCGACAGCACAGGACCAAUUACUGCAAAAGACGAAGUGGAACUUCCAAGAAUCUCAAUGGAUCCAAAAUAUAAAGAAACAAUUGUAGUUAAUGCUGGGGAAACAUUCAGACUUGAAGCUGAUGUACAUGGUAAACCAAUGCCAGCCAUUCAGUGGAUCAGAGGUGACAAGGAAAUUGAGGAAUCUGCUAGAUGUGAAAUUAAGAACACUGACUUCAAAGCCCUAGUUAUCAUAAAAGAUGCAAUAAGAAUUGAUGGUGGGCAGUACAUUUUGCAAGCUUCGAAUGUAGCUGGUACAAAAUCUGUGCCUAUCAAUGUUAAGGUGUUGGACCGACCUGGACCUCCUGAAGGUCCCAUCCAGAUUACAGGUGUUACAGCUGAAAAAUGUUCAUUAGCAUGGGCCCCACCUCAGCAUGAUGGUGGUAGUGAUAUUUCUCAUUAUAUUAUUGAAAAACGAGAAACAAGUCGCCUUGCUUGGACUGUUGUUGCUACAGAUGCUGUAGCAACCAUGUUAAAGGUAACAAAACUUCUUGAAGGUAAUGAAUAUAUUUUCCGCAUCAUGGCAGUUAAUAAAUAUGGCGUUGGUGAACCACUGGAAUCUGUACCAGUAUUAAUGAAAAACCCAUUUGUGCCUCCAGGACCACCAACAGCACUGGAAGUAACCAAUAUUGCAAAGGACUCGAUGACUGUUUGCUGGAGCAGGCCAGAAAGUGAUGGUGGUAGUGAAAUAAUUGGUUACAUUGUAGAGAAAAGAGAUCGUGCUGGAAUUAGAUGGACAAAAUGUAAUAAAAGAAGAACAACAGAUCUACGCUUUAGAGUAACUGGACUGACAGAAGACCAUGAAUAUGAAUUUAGAGUGUCUGCUGAAAAUGUUGCAGGCACUGGAGAACCAAGUCAGCCUACUAUGUACUAUAAAGCCUGUGAUCCUGUAUAUAAACCUGGCCCACCCAUCAAUGCCCAUAUUGUAGAUACCACUAAGAAUACUGUUACAGUAGUAUGGGGCAAACCUAUUUAUGAUGGUGGUAGUGAGAUCCAGGGCUAUAUUGUGGAGAUUUGCAAAGCAGAUGAAGAAGAGUGGUCAAUGUGUACACCACAGUCUGGCUUGCGUAUCAAUCGUUUUGAAAUCACAAAACUUACAGAGUAUCAAGAGUAUAAAGUACGUAUCAGUGCUAUCAACAAAGCAGGUGUAGGUGAACCAGCUUCAAUUCCAGGUACAGUUAAACCAGAAGAUAAACUUGAAGCUCCUGAAAUUGACCUUUCUUCAGAAUUAAGAAAGGGAAUUGUUGUUAGAGCUGGAAGCUCUGUUAAAAUUCAUGUUCCUUUUAGAGGGAGACCCGCCCCUGAAAUAAGUUGGGCCAAGGAUGAAGGAGAAGUUACAGACAAAGUUCAGAUUGAAAGAGGUUUCAACUACUCUGAACUUUCAAUAGAUAACUGUGAUCGAGGUGAUGCUGGAAAAUAUAUUAUUACACUGGAAAAUAGCAGUGGUUCCAAGUCCGCAUUUGUUUCACUAAAGGUUCUUGAUACACCUGGACCGCCCCAAGGUUUGAUUGUAAAAGAUAUCAGAAAAGAUUCUGCUACACUAGUAUGGGAACCACCAUCCAUUGAUGGUGGGGCAAAAAUAAAAAAUUAUGUCAUUGACAAACGUGAAUCAACUAGGAAAGCUUAUGCUAAUGUGACUACUAAAUGCAACAAAACAAGUUUUAAAGUUGAAAACCUUACAGAAGGGGCUGUAUAUUAUUUCAGAGUUAUGGCAGAAAAUGAGUAUGGAAUUGGUACUCCUGCUGAGACUGUAGAUCCAGUGAAAGCGUCAGAGCCGCCUUUACCACCAGGAAAGGUCACACUUAAUGAUGUUACUCAAACGAGUGCUUCACUUACAUGGGAAAAGCCUGAACAUGAUGGUGGAAGCAGAAUUAUGGGCUAUUAUGUAGAAAUGCAGUCUAAAGGAUCUGACAAGUGGAGUGUAGUUUCCACAACAAAAGUAUGUGAAGCAGUUGUUUCUGGUUUGAGUUCAGGGCAAGAAUAUUCCUUCCGUGUGAUCGCUUUUAAUGAAAAAGGCAAAAGUGAUCCAAGACUGUUAGCUGUACCAGUUAUAGCUAAGGAUCUAACUACCGAACCAGCUUUCAAAAUGAUGUUUAACACAUAUAGUGUCCAAGCUGGAAAUGACCUUAAAGUAGAAGUGCCAUUCACUGGUAGGCCAAAACCUAAGAUUAGCUGGGCAAAAGAUGGCCAGCCUCUUAAGCAGACUACUAGAGUAAAUGUUGAAGACACACCAACUUCUACAAUUUUGCACAUUAAAGAAAGUCAAAGAGAUGACUUUGGUAAAUAUGCAGUAACAGCAGUAAACAAUAUUGGUACAGUAAAAGAGGAAAUUGCUAUCAUUGUGCUUGAUAAACCCGGCCCACCAGGUGGACCAGUAAGAUUUGAUGAAAUUAGCUCAGACUUUGUUGUCCUAUCCUGGGAUGUUCCAGAAUACACAGGGGGAUGUCAGAUAAGCAACUAUAUAGUCGAAAAACGUGAUACAACUACUACCAACUGGCAGACUGUAUCAGCAACAGUAGCAAGAACAACUAUUAAAGUCACAAAACUUACCACAGGUUCUGAAUACCAAUUCAGAAUUUAUGCUGAAAACAGAUAUGGAAGAAGCUCCUCUUUGGACUCUGCAGCAGUCAUUGUUCAGUAUCCUUUCAAAGAACCUGGUCCACCUGGCACUCCAUUUGUGUCAUUAGCAACAAAAGACCACAUGGUUGUCCAGUGGAAUGAACCAGUUAGUGAUGGUGGAAGCAAAAUUCUUGGUUACCACCUUGAACGAAAAGAAAGAAACAGCAUUUUAUGGGCAAAAUUAAAUAAGUCCCUAAUUCAGGAUACACAUUUCAAAACAAAUGGCCUUGAAGAAGGAAUUGAGUAUGAGUUUAGAGUAUAUGCUGAAAAUAUUGUUGGUAUUGGUAAAGCUAGCAAGGUCUCUGAAUGUUAUGUUGCCCGUGAUCCCUGCGACCCACCAGGUCGUCCAGAAGCAAUUGUCAUCACAAGAAAUCAUGUUACACUUAAGUGGACAAAGCCUACAUAUGAUGGUGGUAGCCACAUUACUGGAUAUAUUGUAGAAAAGAAGGAGCUACCUGAAGGCCGAUGGAUGAAAGCAAGCUUUACAAAUGUUAUUGAGACUGAAUUUACAGUUACUGGACUGGUUGAAGAACAAAGAUAUGAAUUUAGAGUAAUAGCAAGAAAUGCAGCUGGUAUUUUUAGUGAGCCAUCCGAGAGCACUGGACCAAUAACAGCCAGAGAUGAAAUUGAUGCCCCAAGAGCUUCAAUGGACCCCAAAUAUAAAGAUGUUAUAGUUGUUAAUGCAGGAGAAACCUUUAGUCUUGAAGCUGAUAUUUAUGGAAAGCCUGCACCUGAUAUCAUAUGGUCCAAAGAUGGCAAAGAGCUUGAGCAAACUUCUGCAAGAAUGGAAAUUAAAUCUACUAUUCAUAAAACAGUUCUUACUGUUAAGGACUGUAUAAGAACCGAUGGAGGUCAGUACUCACUCACUCUAAAAAAUGUGGGUGGUACAAAAGUUAUACCAAUAACAGUAAAAGUCCUUGAUAGACCAGGUCCCCCUGAUGGGCCUUUGGUGGUCAGAGAUGUUACAGCAGAAAAAUGUCAUCUAUCUUGGAACCCCCCUUCACAUGAUGGUGGUGCAAGUAUUUCACAUUAUAUCAUUGAAAAGAGGGAAACAAGCAGGCUUUCUUGGACACAGGUUGCCUCUGAUGUGCAAGCCCUCAGCCAGAGAGUAACAAAACUUCUUUCUGGCAAUGAAUACAUAUUCCGUGUUAUGGCUGUGAACAAAUAUGGAAUUGGUGAGCCCCUAGAAUCAGAGCCUGUUAUUGCUCAAAAUCCAUACAGACUACCUGGCCCCCCUUCAGUACCUGAAGUUACAACUAUAACAAAAGAUUCCAUGGUUGUAACUUGGGGACGUCCAGUAGAUGAUGGUGGUGCUGAAAUUGAGGGCUACAUACUUGAAAAACGUGAUAAAGAUGGUAUUAGAUGGACAAAAUGCAAUAAGAAGAGGUUGACUGAUGUAAGAUUUAGGGUCACUGGACUAAUGGAAGGUCACUUUUAUGAAUUCCGUGUUGCUGCUGAAAAUGCUGCUGGUGUUGGUGAACCAAGUGAGUCAUCUUCAUUCUACAAGGCCUGUGAUGUAGUGUAUCCUCCAGGUCCACCCAGUAAUCUAAAGGUGUUUGAUACAUCCAGAUCUUCAGUAUCACUCAGCUGGAGUAAGCCUAUUUAUGAUGGUGGUGCUGAAAUUAGGGGUUAUAUGGUAGAGGUGAAGGAAACUUCUGCCGAUGAGUGGACUACAUGCACACCUCCAACAGGAGUACAGGCAACAAAAUUCACUGCAAUCAACCUUAAGGAAAAUGGUGAAUAUAACUUCCGUGUAAGUGCCAUUAACACUGCAGGUAUUGGUGAAGCUGCUAACAUACCAGGUGGAGUGACUGUUGCUGAGAAAGUUGAACCACCCGAAAUUGAGCUUGAUGCUGAUUUAAGAAAGGUUGUGUCAGUACAUGCUGGUGGAACUUUGCGCUUGUUUGUUACUAUCAAAGGUCGACCAGAGCCAGAAGUGAAAUGGGAGAAAUCUGAUGACAAAAUUAGUGAACGAGCUCAAAUAGAAGUUACCAGUUCAUAUACCAUGCUAGUCAUUGACAAUGUAAAUAGAUUUCACAGUGGAAAAUACAUCCUAAACCUAGAAAACAACAGUGGCAAAAAGUCAGCUUUUGUCAGUGUGAGAGUACUAGACACACCAAGUGCUCCUGUAAAUCUGCUGGUUAAAGACAUCAAGAAAGAUUCAGUGACACUUACUUGGGAGCCCCCUCUUAUUGACGGUGGAGCAAAGAUCACCAAUUACAUUGUUGAAAAACGGGAAUCUACAAGAAAGGCUUACACUACUGUUACCAACAAUUGUACUAAGAACACAUUCAAGGUAGACCAGCUUCAGGAGGGUGGUAUUUAUUAUUUCCGUGUUAUGGCUGUGAAUGAAUUUGGUGCUGGACUAGCAGCAGAGGUAACAGAACCAGUAAAGGUUUCUGAGCCACCUCUACCACCUGGAAAAGUAACUUUAGUUGAUGUUACGCGUAACAGUGUUACACUUACCUGGGAAAAGCCAGAACAUGAUGGAGGCAGCAAGAUCACAAGUUAUAUUGUUGAAAUGCAGACCAAAGGCAGUGAGAAAUGGAGCUCAUGCUCUCAGGUUAAGACAUUAGAAACAACAAUAUCAGGCCUAAGUAUGGGUGAAGAGUAUACAUUCAGAGUGUCUGCUGUUAAUGAGAAAGGAAGGAGUGAUCCUAGACAACUUGGAGUUCCUGUAGUGGCAAAGGACAUUGAAAUAAAACCAUCUGUUGAACUUCUUUUCAAUACGUUCAGUGUAAAGGCAGGUGAUGACCUUAAAGUUGAAGUACCAUUCAGGGGAAGACCACUACCAACAAUAGAAUGGAAGAAAGAUGGCCAGCCUUUAAAACAGACUACAAGGGUAAAUGUUCAAACAUUAAAGGCAUCUACACUGUUGGUUGUUAAGGAGGCUUCAAGAGAAGAUGUUGGUACAUAUGAAGUUUCUCUGUGUAACAGUGCAGGUUCAGUAAAAGCUUCAUUAACUGUAAUUGUUCUAGAUAGGCCUGGUGCACCUAGUGCAAUACGGGUUGAUGAUGUGAGUGCUGAUAGCAUAACUAUAUCUUGGGAUCCACCAGAGUAUGAUGGUGGCUGUCAGAUUAACAAUUAUAUUGUUGAAAAGAGAGAAACAACUACAACUUCAUGGGAAACAGUAUCUGCAACAGUUGCAAGAACAUCAAUAAAGGUGUCACGACUAACUGCAGGUUCUGAGUAUCAGUUCCGUGUUUAUGCAGAAAAUCGUUAUGGUAAGAGUCACUGCAGUGAGUCCCCAGCUAUUGUUGCACAGUAUCCUUGCAAGCCACCUGGUCCUCCAGCUACUCCUCGAGUUGUACAUGCAACUAAAUCUUUUAUGGUUGUAAGCUGGAAUGAGCCAGUCAAUGAUGGAGGAAGCAAAAUAAUUGGCUACCAUCUUGAACGCAAGGAAAGGAGCAGUAUUUUAUGGUCAAAGAUAAACAGAACAAUUAUAACUGAUACACAGAUGAAAGUCACAGGACUCGAAGAAGGUCUGCAAUAUGAAUACCGUGUCUAUGCUGAAAAUAUUGCUGGCAUAGGCAAAUGCAGUAAAGCAUGUGAACCAGUUGCCGCUAGAGACCCCUGUGAUCCCCCUGGUCAACCAACAGUAACAAAUAUUACACGAAACUCAGUCUCAUUGUCAUGGACUAAACCAGAAUAUGAUGGUGGAGCAAAGAUUACAGGCUACAUUAUUGAGCGCAGGGAGCUGCCAGAUGGUCGAUGGUUGAAAUGUAACUUUACUAAUAUUCAGGAAACUUAUUUUGAUGUAACUGGCCUCGUAGAGGAUCACCGUUAUGAAUUCCAUGUUAUUGCAAAGAAUGCUGCAGGGCUCUUUAGUGAGCCUUCUGAAUCAACAGGCCCAAUUACAAUAAAGGAUGACGUAGAUGCUCCAAGAAUCAUGAUGGAUGUAAAGUUCAGAGAUGUUGUGGUUGUUAAAGCUGGAGAAAUUCUGAAAAUUAAUGCUGAUAUUGCUGGACGUCCCCUGCCAGUGGUUUCUUGGACAAAGGAUGGUAAAGAGAUUGAAGAAAAAGCAAGAGUUGAAAUUAUCUCAACAGAUAAUAACACUGUACUCACCGUCAAGGACUGCAUUCGAAGAGAUUCAGGACAAUAUGUUCUGACUUUGCAGAAUGUUGCAGGAACAAGAUCAUUAGCUGUUAACUGCAAAGUACUUGACAGACCUGGCCCACCUGCUGGACCACUAGAGGUAAAUGGUGUUACAGCUGAAAAAUGUUCAUUAUCUUGGGGACCACCACAAGAAAAUGGAGGUGCAGAUAUAGAUUACUACAUUGUUGAAAAGCGUGAAACUAGUCGUAUUGCUUGGACAGUGGUCGAUGGAGAACUACGGACAUCAUCAUGCAAAGCAUCUAAGUUGCUCAAAGGGAAUGAAUACGUCUUUAGAGUAAUGGGUGUUAAUAAAUAUGGUGUUGGUGAAGCAUUGGAGAGUGAACCCGUAAAAGCAUUAGAUCCAUUUACAAUUCCAACUCCUCCUAAAUCAGUAGAAGUCACUAAUGUGACUAAAGAUACCAUGACACUCUGCUGGACAAGACCAGACAGUGAUGGUGGUAGUGAAAUUUCUGGAUACAUUAUUGAGAGACGGGAAAAGAGUGGCCUGCGAUGGGUACGUGUGAACAAAAAACCAGUUUAUGAUUUACGAGUUAAAGCAGCUGGCCUCCAUGAAGGUUCUGAAUAUGAGUAUCGCGUGUAUGCAGAAAAUGCUGCUGGGUUAAGUCUCCCAAGUGAUUCAACACCAUUAGUUCGUGCUGCAGAUCCUGUAUUCCUCCCAUCUCCUCCAUCAAAGCCUAAGAUUGUUGAUUCAACAAAAAGUAGUGUAACUGUUGCCUGGACAAAGCCACUGUUUGAUGGUGGUGCAGCUGUGACUGGAUACACUGUUGAAUAUAAAAAGAGUGAAGACACAGAGUGGUCAACAGCUGUGCAAAAUCUAAGAGGUACAGAGUAUACAGUGAUUGGACUAACAUCAGGAACUGAGUACGUAUUCAGGGUAAGGUCAAUCAACAAAGUUGGUGCUGGUGAUCCAAGUGAAGUCUCUGAGCCACAGCUUGCAAAGGAAAGAGAAGAAGAACCUGCAUUUGACAUUGAUAAUGAAAUGCGUAAGACUUUAAUUGUAAAGGCUGGCAGCUCAUUUACCCUUACUGUUCCAUUUAAAGGUAAACCUACUCCCAACGUAAUGUGGAACAAACCAGACGUAGAUCUCCGCAUUAGAGCAAGCAUAGAUACAUCUGAUAAGUGCACAUCACUCACUGUUGAAAAAGCAACAAGAAAUGACUCUGGAAAAUAUACUCUGACACUGCAAAAUAUAGUUGGUACUGCAACAUUGUCUUUAGUUGUAAAGGUUCUUGACUCUCCUGGUCCUCCAUCAAGUAUUGUUGUUAAAGAAGUAACUAAAGAAUCAGUGAUUUUGUCUUGGGAUGUCCCAGAAAAUGAAGGUGGUGCUCCUGUUCGUAAUUAUCGUAUUGAAAAACGAGAAGCAAGCAAAAAGGCCUGGGUUAGUGUGACAGACAGCUGCAGUCGCCUGACAUACAAGGUUACCAACCUUCAAGAAAGUGCAGUCUACUAUUUUAGAGUUGCUGGGGAAAAUGAGUUUGGUGUUGGUGUACCUGUUGAAACAAAAGAAGGUGUUAAAAUCACAGAAAAACCAAGCCCACCAGAGAGACUAGGGGUUACAAAUGUCACUAAAGAAAGUGUCACCCUUGUAUGGCUAAAACCUGAACAUGAUGGUGGAAGCAAAAUCACAAGUUAUAUUAUUGAAGCUCUUGAAAAGGGACAACAGAAGUGGGUUAAGUGUGCAGUUGUAAAGACAACUCAACAUGUUAUCCAUGGUCUAAAGGAAAAUGUUGAUUAUUUCUUCAGAGUUAGUGCUGAAAACCAGGCAGGUCUAAGUGAUCCUAAGGAACUGCUACUUCCUGUUACAGUUAAGGAACAACUAGAACCACCUGAGAUUGAUAUGAAGAACUUCCCACAUAACACAGUGUAUGUCAGAGCAGGAUCUAAUCUUAAAUUUGAGAUUCCAAUAUCUGGAAAACCAUUGCCUAAAAUAUCCUUGUCUAGAGAUAAUGUACCAGUGAAGUCAACUUUGAGAUUUAACACAGAAACUACUCCAGAAAGUAUUGUCAUUAACCUCAAAGAAAGUGUUGCCUCUGAUGCUGGAAGAUAUGACAUUAUGGCUUCCAACUCCAGUGGAACUACCAAGUCUUUUGUCAACAUUAUAGUGCUAGACAGACCUGGACCUCCUACUGGUCCUGUUGUAAUUAGUGAUGUCACUGAAGACAGCGUAACUCUAAGAUGGCAACCACCUGUUUAUGACGGUGGAAGUCAGGUCACAAACUAUAUUGUACUAAAGAGAGAAACAAGCACUGCUGCUUGGACUGAAGUGUCUGCCUCUGCUGCAAGAAGUGUGAUAAAAGUAAUGAAGCUGACAACAGGAGAAGAAUACCAGUUCCGCAUUAAAGCAGAAAACCGUUUUGGCAUCAGUGAUCAUAUUGAUUCUCCAUGUGUUACUGUAAAACUUCCUUAUACAAUACCUGGACCACCAUCAACUCCAUGGAUCACUAUGGUUACAAGAGAAAAUAUCACAGUCUGCUGGCAUGAGCCUGUUACUGAUGGUGGCAAUCCUGUGACUGGAUACCACUUAGAAAUGAAAGACAGGAAUAGCAUUUUAUGGCAGAAGGUCAAUAAGACGAUUGUGCGCACCACUCAUUUCAAAGUUACUAAUAUAAGUGCUGGGCUGAUCUAUGAGUUCAGGGUAUAUGCUGAAAAUGCAGCAGGUGUGAGCAAGGCUAGCAAACCAUCAGAACCAGUUCUUGCAAUUGAUUCUUGUGAGCCACCAACAAAUGUACGUGUAACAGAUGUUACAAAGAAUUCUGUUAGCCUUGAGUGGAAGAAACCAGCAUACGAUGGUGGUAGUAAGAUCACUGGUUAUAUCAUAGAGAAACGUGACGCUCCUAAUGGAAGAUGGACAAAGGCCAGCUUUGGCAAUGUUAUUGAAACUCAGUUUACUGUAUCAGGCUUAACACAGGAUUCAAAGUUUGAAUUCCGUGUGUUUGCAAAGAAUGCCAUUGGUUCAAUUAGCAAUCCAUCAGACGUUAUUGGACCAGUAACAUGCAUUGACACUUACGGUGCACCCAUAAUUGACUUACCACCAGAGUAUCUGGAUGUUGUCAAAUUUAAAGCUGGAGCAGCUGUUAAGAUUGUGGUCCCAAUAUUUGGAAAACCUUUGCCAACAAUAGAAUGGUUUAAGAAUGGUAAAGAAGUAGAGACUAGUGCUCAAGUUUCUAUUGAAAAUACAACUGAGUAUGCUUCAGUCCUUAUCAAAGAUGCAUCGCGUGUCAACAGUGGCAACUACGAACUACAUCUGAAGAAUUCAAUGGGCUCCACAUCAGCCAAUAUCAGGGUGCAAAUCUUAGAUAAACCUGGACCCCCUGGUGGACCUGUAGAGUUUAAGACAGUCACUGCUGAAAAGAUAACAUUUAUGUGGAGCCCUCCAUCUGAUGAUGGAGGUGCAGCUGUCACCCACUACAUUGUAGAAAAACGCGAAACAAGUCGUGUAGUAUGGUCAAUCAUUUCUGAAAGAGUUGAAGACUGUGUUAUGACUGUUCAGAAACUCAUUCGAGGCAAUGAAUAUGUAUUCCGUAUCAGAGGAGUCAAUAAAUAUGGAAUUGGUGAUGCUCUUGAAUCUGACAGUGUUGUUGCUAAGAAUGCCUUUGUUACUCCAGGGCCACCAAGCAUGCCAGAAGUCACCAUGAUAACCAAGCAAACAAUGACAGUUACUUGGAAUAGACCUACUGUUGAUGGUGGAAGUGAAGUCAGUGGAUAUUACCUUGAGAAACGAGAGAAGAAGAGCUUGCGUUGGUUUAAAGUUGUAAAGGAAACUAUCCGUGAUACAAGACAAAAAGUUACAGGGCUGAAUGAAGGAAAUGAGUAUCAGUUCCGCGUCAGUGCUGUCAAUGCAGCAGGAGAAGGACCAUUCUCUGAUGUAUCAGAAUUCUAUAAGGCUGCUGAUCCAAUUGAUAAACCAGGACAACCAACGAAGCUACGCAUCUUAGACACAACAAAAUCUUCUGUAACACUUGGAUGGGUAAAACCUGUGUAUGAUGGAGGAAGUGAAAUCUCCAGUUAUGUAGUGGAACAAAAGGAAGGAGAUGAUGAAUGGAAGGUUGUAAGUGUCAAGGGCCAAGUGAGAACAACAGAAUAUGUUGUAGCUCAGCUUCAACCUGCUAUCAACUAUUAUUUCCGUGUAUCUGCUGUCAAUUCUGCUGGUCAAGGUGAACCUAUUGAAAUGAUGGAACCUGUACAGGCUAAAGAUAUACUUGAGGAACCAGAAAUUGACCUGGAUGUUGCACUUAGAACAUCAGUUACAGCAAAAGCAGGUGAAGAUGUGCAAAUUUUAAUUCCAUUCAAGGGAAGACCACCUCCAAAUGUUACCUGGAGAAAAGGAGAGAAGAAUAUAAGCAAUGAUCCAAGGUAUUCAGUUCAGAACACAGAAUCAUCAACACUGCUUACAAUUUCUCAGGUUAGUCGUGAUGAUACAGGCAGAUAUGUCCUUUCUAUAGAAAAUGGUGUUGGUGCACCUAAAUCAACUUUCGUAAAUGUGAAAGUACUUGAUACACCAGCACAGUGCCAGAAGCUGUAUGUAAAGAAUGUAACUCGUGGUAUGGUUACUUUAGUUUGGGAACCACCUCUUAUUGAUGGUGGUGCUGAAGUUACCAAUUAUGUAAUUGAAAAGAGAGAUGCCACUAAGAGAGCCUGGACUGGCGUAACAACUAAAUGUGCCAAUACAACAUUCAAGAUUACUGGUCUGUCUGAGAAGACAUCCUUCUUCUUCCGAGUUUUGGCAGAAAAUGAAAAUGGAUUAGGUGAGCCAUGUGAAACUCCAGAACCAGUAAAACCCACUGAAGUACCUGGGCCUGUCAAAGACCUAGCAAUGAAGGAUUCAUCCAAAUCAUCAGUUACUUUACAGUGGAGCAAACCAGAUUAUGAUGGCGGCAGUAUUAUCACAGAGUAUGUAAUUGAAAAGAAGGUGAAAGAUGAUGCAGAUUGGUCACAUGCUGGCGUAAGUAAAUCACUUGAAUUUGAGGUUACUAAACUGAAGGAACUUUCUUUGGUGGAAUUCAGAGUAUUUGCUAAAAAUGAAAAGGGAUUAAGUGAUGCUAUUUAUGUUGGACCCAUUACGGUUAAAGAUUUUGUGAUAACCCCAGAGGCUGACCUUUCUGAUAUUCCUGGUGGACAGAUAAAUGUACGUAUUGGUCAUAAUGUUCAUUUAGAUCUGCCUUAUAAAGGUAAACCAAGACCUACUAUUCAGUGGCUUAAGGACAAUAUUCCACUGAAAGAAACUGAACAAAUACGUUUCAAGAAAACAGAAGCCAGAGUUUCCCUCAGUAUUAAGAACAUCAAAAAAGAGAAUGGAGGCAAAUAUUCAUUGAUUUUAGAUAAUGCUGUUUGCAGAAAAUCCUUUACAUUUGUAAUCAACACUCUUGGUCCACCAUCCAAACCAAAAGGACCGAUCCGAUUUGAUGAAAUCAAAGCUGACAGUAUUGUUAUUUCUUGGGAUGCACCUGAUGAUAAUGGAGGUGGUGAAAUCACUUGCUAUAGUGUUGAAAAACGUGAAACAUCACAAAUGGAAUGGAAGAUGGUUUGUUCCAGUGUUUCCAGGACAACAUUUAAGGUUCCUAAUCUGAUUAAAGAAACUGAAUAUCAGUUCAGAGUACGCGCCGAGAAUCGCUAUGGUGUAAGUGAUGCACUUGUUUCACUAGAUGUUAUAGCCAAACACCAGUUCAGGCCACCAGGACCCCCAGGUAAACCUGUUGUGUACAACAUCACUUGUGAUGGAAUGACAAUAUCCUGGGAUGCACCGGUAUAUGAUGGAGGUUCAGAAAUCACUGGUUACUAUAUUGAAAAGAAGGAAAGAAAUAGCAUCCUUUGGCAGAAAGUAAAUGUCUCAGCUUCAGUCACUGCCAGAGAAUACCGAAUUACUGGACUGAUUGAAGGACUAGAUUACCAGUUCAGAGUAUAUUCUGAGAACAGUGUUGGUCUUAGUCCAGCUAGUGAGCCAAGCAAAUAUACAUUAGCUGUUUCUCCAGUUGACCCACCUGGCACACCAGACUACAUUGACAUUACCAGAGACAGUGUUACACUUAAAUGGGAUCCACCGCUACGUGAUGGUGGCAGCAAAAUUGUUGCCUACAGUGUUGAGAAACGUCAGGGAGGUGAACGCUGGCUUCGAUGCAACUUUAUUGAUAUCACUGAAUGCCAGUACACAGUUACAGGCCUCAGCCCAGGUGACAGGUUUGAGUUCCGAAUUAUUGCAAGGAAUGCUGUUGGAACCAUCAGCCCACCAUCUCAGUCUUCAGGUUAUAUCAUGACCAGAGAUGAAAGUGUUGCUCCAUCGAUAGAAUUUGGUCCUGAACACUUUGAAGGUGUUACUGUCAAAGCAGGAGACAGCAUUAGGCUUAAGGUAUAUGUCAAAGGUCGCCCAGUACCUCAAGUGACAUGGUUUAAAGACGGAAAGGAAAUUGAGAAGAGACUGAUGGUUGAAGUCACUAAUGUUAUUGGAUCCAGUAGCAUCUUUGUUAGGGAUGCCACUCGUGACCACCGUGGUGUGUACACUGUAGAAGCCAAGAAUGCUUCAGGCAGUAAAACUGCAGACAUUACUGUGCGAGUGCAGGAUACACCAGGGCCACCAAUUGGACCUCUGAGAUUUUCAAAUAUCACUGGAGAGAAACUCACAUUGUGGUGGGACCCUCCAGCUAAUGACGGUUGUGCUGUUCUUACACACUAUGUGAUUGAAAAACGUGAAACCAGCAGAAUUGCUUGGGCUCUUGUUGAUGACAAAUGUGAAGCAUGCUCAUACACCGUAACCAAACUGAUAAAAGGCAAUGAGUACCAGUUCCGUGUAUCUGCAGUUAACAAGUUUGGCACUGGAAGACCUCUUGAAUCUGAUCCAGUCAUUGCACAAAUACAAUAUGGUGUUCCAGAAGCACCAGGUGUACCAGAGCCCACCCAUGUUACUGGUGACAGCAUUACUCUUAAUUGGACAAGACCAAAAUCUGAUGGUGGAAAUGAAAUUAAACACUACAUUCUUGAACGCAGAGAAAAGAAGAGUUUACGAUGGGUCAGGGUUUCUAGCAAGAGGCCAAUAACAGAGACAAGAUUCCGAGUAACUGGCCUUUUAGAAGGCAAUGAAUAUGAAUUCCAUGUUAUGGCUGAAAAUGAUGCUGGUGUGGGCCCAUCAAGUGGUGUCUCAAGACUAAUCAAAUGCAGAGAGCCUGUCAAUCCACCAAGUGCUCCUACUGUUAUCAAAGUGAUUGAUACUACAAGAACAUCAGUGAGCCUGGAAUGGACCACACCUGUAUAUGAUGGUGGCCUACCUAUAGUUGGUUAUAUCAUUGAAAUGUGUAAGGCUAGCCUUGGCGAAUGGCACAAAGUAAAUAUUGAGCCAUGUGUCAAUACUAGGUAUACUGUUCCAGAUUUAGAACCAGGGGAAGAGUAUAAAUUCCGAGUUUGCGCCCUCAACACUGCAGGUAAAGGUGAAUUCUGUGAAGUUCCAGCAACUGUGCAAGCUGCAGACAGACUCACAUCACCAGAAAUUGACAUAGAUGCCAAUUUCAAACAAACCCACAUUGUUAAAGCCGGAGGUAUCAUUCAUCUACGUGUUGCAUUCCUUGGAAGACCUGUUCCUACUGCUAUUUGGACUAAAGUAGAUUCUGACCUUGGUAUGCGUGCUGAUAUCCAUACCACUGAUACAUUCAGCACCCUUACCAUAGAGGACUGCAACAGAUAUGAUGCUGGAAAGUAUACACUUACUGUUGAAAACAAUAGUGGAAGCAAAUCUAUUACAUUUACUGUAAAGGUACUAGACACUCCUGGGCCACCAGGCCCCAUCACAUUUAAGGAUGUAACUAAAGGAUCAGUGACAUUAAUGUGGGAUGCUCCUGCUACAGAUGGAGGUGCACGUAUUCAUCACUACAUAGUAGAAAAACGGGAAGCAAGUCGUCGUAGCUGGCAAGAAGUUACUGGAAAAUGUACACGCCAGAUUUAUAAAGUGACAGAUCUUUCAGAAGGUGUGGCAUAUUUUUUCCGUGUUAUGGCAGAAAAUGAAUAUGGUGCUGGUGAGCCAUAUGAAACAGCAGAACCACUUGUAGCAACAGAAGAACCUGCACCACCAAAGAGGCUAGAUAUCAUUGACACAUCUAAGUCAUCUGCCACUUUGGCCUGGUUAAAACCCGAGCAUGAUGGUGGUAGUCGUAUUACUGGUUAUCUUUUGGAAAUGAAACAGAAAGGAUCAGAUCGCUGGGUUGAAGCUGGUCAGACUAAACUUCUUACUUUCACAGUUGAAGGUCUCGUAGAAAACACAGAAUAUGAGUUCCGUGUUAAAGCAAGAAAUGAUGCUGGAUAUAGUGAACCAAGGGAAGCUUUCUCGUCUGUUAUCAUUAAAGAACCUCAAAUUGAGCCCACAGCUGAUCUCAGUGGCAUCACCAACCAACUUAUUACUUGCAAAGCUGGAAAUACAUUUACUAUUGAUGUUCCUAUCAGUGGGCGUCCACCUCCAAAGGUAACAUGGAAGCUAGAAGAAAUAAGAUUAAAGGAAACAGAUAAAGUGAAUAUCAAGUCAACAAAAGACAGAACAACCUUAGUUGUGAAAGACAGUAUGCGAGGCAAUUCUGGAAAGUACUACCUUGUACUUGAAAAUACAGCUGGAGUCAAGACAUUUGCCAUCACUGUUAAUGUAAUUGGUAGACCAGGUCCAGUUACUGGUCCAAUUGAAAUUUCAUCAGUCUCAGCUGAAUCAUGUGUACUUACUUGGAAAGAACCAGAAGAUGAUGGCGGUACUGAAAUUACAAACUAUAUUGUAGAAAAACGUGAGUCUGGAACAACAGCAUGGCAGCUAGUUAACUCUAGUGUUAAACGUACACAAAUUAAAGUCACUCACCUUACAAAGUAUAUGGAGUAUUCAUUCCGUGUCAGUGCUGAGAAUAGGUUUGGUGUUAGCAAGCCUCUUGAAUCUUCUCCUGUGGUUGUGGAACAUCCAUUUGUGCCACCCAGCCCACCAACCCGACCUGAAGUAUAUUCGGUGUCAGCCAACGCAAUGGCUAUUCGUUGGGAAGAACCAUAUCAUGAUGGUGGCAGCAAAGUUACUGGCUACUUGAUUGAAAAGAAGGAGCGCAAUACUAUUCUUUGGGUGAGAGACAACAAAGUUCCGUGCUUUGAAACCAAUUACAAAGUUACUGGUCUUGUGGAAGGACUAGAGUAUCAGUUUAGAGCAUAUGCUAUGAAUGCAGCUGGUCUGAGUAAAGCUAGUGAAGCCUCAAGGCCUGUGAUGGCUCAGAAUCCAGUUGAUCCCCCAGGCAGACCAGAAGUAACUGAUGUCACACGAUAUUCAGUAUCCCUGAAAUGGUCUGCACCACUUUACGAUGGUGGAAGCAAGAUUACAGGCUACAUUGUGGAGCGUAAGCCAUAUAGUGAUACAGGAGAGGGUCGCUGGCUGAAGUGCAAUUACACUACUGUAUCAGAUACUUUCUAUACUGUUACAGCCCUAAGUGAAGGAGACAUCUAUGAAUUCAGAGUAAUUGCCAAGAAUGCAUCUGGUGUAAUGAGUGUACCAUCAGAAUCUUCUGGUCCUGUAACUUGCAAAGAUGAAUACUCACCACCAAAAGCUGAACUCGACAGCAGGUUGCUAGGAGAUCUUGUUACUAUUAGAGCUGGUUCAGACCUUGUACUUGAUGCAUCUGUUGGAGGUAAACCAGAUCCGCAAGUCUUCUGGUCCAAAGGUGACAAAGAACUGGAGCUGUGUGAAAAGAUCUCUCUACAGUACACUAGCAAACGUGCCAUUGCCAUUAUUAAAUUCUGUGACAGAAAUGACAGUGGAAAAUAUACACUGACUGUCAGAAAUGCUAGUGGAACAAAGACAGUGUCUGUUGUUGUUAAAGUGCUUGAUUCACCAGGGCCAUGUGAAGACAAAAUUGCAAUCAGUAGAGUGACUCAAGAGAAAUGCACAUUGACAUGGAAACCCCCUAAGGAAGAUGGAGGUGCAGAAAUUACUCACUAUAUUGUAGAACGACGUGAGACAAGCAGGCUGAACUGGGUUAUUGUUGAGCCAGAAUGUAAGACAUUAUCCUGUGUAGUUACAAGACUCAUCAAAAAUAAUGAAUACAUAUUCCGAGUAAGAGCUGUCAACAAGUAUGGACCUGGUGUUGCACUUGAAUCAGAGACUGUGAUUGCAAGAAAUACAUUUACCAUACCAUCACCACCUGGUGUUCCAGAAAAAGUUGCUACUGGUAAAGAGCAUGCUAUCAUUCAGUGGAUGAAACCAGAAACUGAUGGUGGAAGUGAAAUCAGCAACUAUCUUGUUGAUAAACGUGAAAAGAAAAGUGUGCGCUGGACACGUGUGAACAAAGACUAUGUUGUUUAUGACACCAGACUGAAGAUUACUAAUUUGAUGGAGGGCAGUGAGUACCAGUUCCGUGUUACUGCUGUUAAUGCUGCAGGAAAUAGCGAACCAAGUGAAACUUCAGAGUAUAUACUUUGCAAGGAACCAUCAUAUACUCCUGGACCACCAUCAUCCCCAAGAGUAGUGGAUACAACCAAGCACAGUAUUAGUCUGGUAUGGACAAAACCUAUGUAUGAUGGUGGAGUUGACAUCACAGGUUAUGUACUUGAAAUGAAGGAAGAAGGGACAGAACAGUGGUACAGACCUCAUACUACUGCUGUUUUAAGAAAUCCUGAAUAUACUGCGACCUCACUAGUGACCAGCAAAAAGUAUUGCUUCAGAGUUGCUGCUGUCAAUGAAAAUGGCAUGAGUGAAUAUAGUGAAUCAUCUGUUGAAAUUGAAGCAGUGGAAAGAAUUGAAAUUCCAGAUUUAGAACUUGCUGAUGAUCUGAAGAAGACAGUAGCUCUCAGAGCUGGUGGCACUUUACGUCUGAUGGUGUCUGUUUCUGGAAGACCCACUCCAAAUAUCACAUGGAGCAAAGAAGGUGUUGACCUUGCCAGCCGGGGCUUUAUUGAUACAACAGACAGUUACACUCUGCUUAUAGUUGACAAAGUUACCAGAUAUGAUGCCGGCAAGUACACAGUUGAGGCUGAAAAUCCAUCUGGCAAAAAGUCUGCCACAGUUCUUGUCAAAGUUUAUGAUACACCUGGUCCACCAGGAGCAGUGAAAGUCAAGGAAGUAAGCAGAGAUUCGGUGACUAUUACAUGGGAGAUCCCCAUAGUUGAUGGAGGAGCACCAGUUACCAACUACAUUAUUGAAAGACGAGAGGCAGCUAUGAGGGCAUUUAAAACGGUAACAACCAAAUGCAACAAGACACUAUACAGAAUUACUGGACUUACAGAAGGAACUAUGUAUUACUUCAGAGUCCUGCCAGAAAACAUGUAUGGUGUUGGUGAACCAUGUGAGACAUUAGAUGCAGUACUGGUGUCUGAAGUUCCUAUGGUGCCACAGAAACUGGAAGUUACUGAUGUUACUAAAUCUACUGUUUCUCUUGCAUGGGAAAAACCUCUUCAUGAUGGUGGUAGCAGAUUGACUGGUUAUCUGAUUGAAGCAUGCAGAGCUGGUACUGAUAAAUGGAUGAAGGUCGCUGCUCUUAAACCUACUGUCUUGGACCAUACCAUCAUCUCACUGAAUGAAGGUGAACAGUAUUUGUUUAGAGUUAAAGCCCAGAAUGAGAAGGGUGUUUCUGAACCAAGAGAGAUUGUAACAGCUGUAACUGUACAGGAACAAAGAGUCACACCCAAGAUAGAUCUGGCUGGAAUUCCUCAAAAGACUAUUCAUGUACCAUCGGGCAAGCCAAUAGAGCUAUCUAUUCCAAUUUCUGGACGUCCUCCACCUGCUGUGUCUUGGUACUUUGCUGGUUCUAAACUAAGAGAGGUUGAUCGUGUCAAAAUGGAAAAAACUGCUAAAGUUGCUAAACUAACUGUGCGGGAAACAACAAUAGAUGAUACUGGAGACUACAUGCUUGAACUGAAGAAUGCAGCUGGCUCAGCUAUUGAAACAAUUAAAGUUGUUAUACUUGACAAACCAGGUCCUCCAACUGGAGUAAUAAGGAUUGAUGAAAUCGAUGCUACUUCUGUUACUAUAAGUUGGGAUCCACCAGAAAAAGAUGGUGGGGCUCCCAUUAGUGGUUAUGUGGUAGAACAACGAGAUGCUCAUCGCCCAGGAUGGCUUCCAGUAUCUGAAUCGGUUACUAGAACUACAUUUAAAUUCACUAGACUUACUGAAGGAAGUGAAUAUGUGUUCCGUGUUGCUGCUACAAACCGUUUCGGAAUUGGCUCAUUCUUGCAGUCUCAGAUUGUUGAGUGCAAGAGUAUCAUCAGUUUCCCAGGUCCACCAGACACACCUCAAGUGUUUGACGUGUCCCGGGAAGGAAUGACCCUUACCUGGUAUCCUCCAGAAGAUGAUGGUGGAGCACAGAUUUCUGGAUACAUUAUUGAACGAAAAGAAGUCAGGUCUGACAGAUGGGUACGUGCAAACAAAGUACCAGUUACAAUGACAAGAUAUCGCUCUACUGGACUUAUUGAAGGACUGGAAUAUGAACAUCGUGUAACUGCUAUUAAUGCCAGAGGUCCUGGCAAACCAAGUCGUCCUUCAAAACCAGCAGUUGCCAUGGAUCCAGUUGCUCCACCUGGUAAACCACAGAACCCAAGAGUUAUUGAUACAACAAGAACAUCUGUAUCCUUGGCCUGGAGUCCACCUGAAGAAGAAGGAGGGUCAAAGGUUACUGGCUACUUGAUUGAAAUGCAAAAAGUCGAUCAGUAUGAGUGGACCAAAUGCAAUACUACCCCAACUAAAAUAUGUGAAUAUACUUUGACACACCUGCCUCAAGGUGCAGAAUAUCGAUUCCGUGUAAUGGCAUGUAAUGUUGGUGGACCUGGUGAGCCAGCUGAUGUGCCUGGAACAGUUAAAGUUACAGAAAUGCUAGAGUAUCCCGAUUAUGAACUUGAUGUAAAGUACCAGGAAGGCUUGGUUGUGAGACAAGGAGGAGUUGUUAAGCUAACCAUUCCAAUCAAAGGAAAGCCUAUUCCUAUUUGCAAAUGGACAAAGGAGGGCCGUGAUGUGAGCAAGAGAGCUUUAAUUGCAACUUCUGAUACUCAUACUGAACUUGUGAUCAAAGAAGCAGAUAGAAGUGAUUCUGGUACUUAUGAUUUAGUGCUUGAAAACAAAUGUGGAAAGAAAGCUGUGUAUAUUAAGGUCAAAGUGAUUGGACCACCAGAUACACCAGAAGGACCACUUGAGUUUGAUGACAUUCAAGCUCGCUCUGUCAGAGUAAGCUGGAGAGCUCCUGCUGAUGAUGGUGGCUCAGAUAUUAUUGGUUACAUUGUCGAGAGGCGUGAAGUGCCUAAAGCUGCUUGGUAUACAAUUGAUUCCCAAGUAAAAGACACAUCACUGGUUGUCAAAGGUCUUAAAGAAGGUGUGGAGUAUCAUUUCCGUGUUUCUGCUGAAAACCAAUUUGGUGCAAGCAAACCACUAAAAUCUGAGGAACCAGUUGUACCUAAAACACCAUUAAGCCCACCUGAACCUCCAAGUAACCCACCAGAAAUAUUGGAUGUAACAAAGAGUUCCGUCAGUCUCUCUUGGUCUAGGCCUAGAGAUGAUGGAGGGUCUCGUGUCACUGGUUACUUCAUUGAACGUAAAGAAACGUCAACAGAUAAAUGGGUUAGACACAACAAGACCCAUAUCACUACUACAAUGUACACAGUUACAGGUCUUGUACCAGAUGCUGAGUACCAGUUCCGCAUCAUUGCACAAAAUGACGUUGGUCUCAGUGAAGCAGGUCCAGCAUCAGAUGCAGUUUUAUGCAAAGAUCCAUUUGAUAAACCAAGUCAACCAGGAGAAAUUGAUAUCAUCUCUGUAACCAAAGACAGUAUUGCUAUUCAUUGGGAGCGUCCUGAAUGUGAUGGCGGUAAGGAGAUCCUUGGUUACUGGAUUGAAUAUCGCCAGUCUGGUGAGAGUUCAUGGAAGAAAUGCAAUAAGGAACUCUGCAAAGAGAGGCAAUUUACAAUGGGUGGUCUUCAAGAAGCAACUGAAUAUGAAUUUAGAGUGCUUGCAGAAAAUGAAACAGGAAUUAGCAGGCCUCGUAGAACUGCUAUGGCUAUCAAGACUAAACUGACAGCUGGAGAAGCACCAGGCCUAAGACAGGAAAUUAAGGAUGUCACUACUAAGCUAGGUGAGGCUGGUAAGCUUACUUGCCAGAUUAUUGGAAGGCCUCUUCCUGAAAUAAAAUGGUACCGUUUUGGCAAAGAACUGCAACAGAGUCGUAAAUACAAAAUGAGUUCAGAUGGACGCAAUCAUUCGUUAACAGUACUAACAGAAGAACAAGAUGAUGAAGGCCUGUACACAUGCAGGGCUACAAAUGAUGCUGGAGAGAUUGAGACCAGUGGCAAAUUGCUGUUAGAGGCUAGUCCUCAGUUCCAUCCAGGUUUCCCUCUGAAGGAAAAAUAUGUUGUAGGAGCUGGUACAACUCUUCGUCUUCAUGUUGUAUAUAUUGGUCGUCCAGUACCUGCAAUCACAUGGUUCCAUGGCAAAAAGCCAUUGAAGACUUCAGACAAUGUAACCAUUGAAAAUACUGAGCACUACACCCAUGUAGCCAUCAGAAGUGUCCAACGUAAAAUCCAUGGUGGAAAAUACAAAGUGCAGCUCAGCAAUAUCUUUGGAACAGUAGACACUGUACUUAAUGUUGAGAUACAAGAUAAGCCAGAUAGACCUGAAGGGCCAAUUUCGGUUGAUGCUUUACUGAAAAAUUCUGCUGCAAUAAGUUGGAAACCCCCACUAGAUGAUGGUGGAGCUUUUAUUACCAAUUACAUCGUAGAGAAGCGUGAAGCUAAAGAAGGAGAACCAUGGCAGCUAGUGUCCUCUGCUAUUUCUGGCACUUCUUGCAGAAUUGUGAACCUUAUUGAAAAUGCUGGCUAUUAUUUCCGGGUAUCUGCACAAAACCAUUUUGGCAUCAGUGAAUCUUUAGAGGUUUCAUCUGUCGUUAUCAUCAAGAGUCCAUUUGGUAAACCUUCUGCUCCAGGACAGCCCACUAUAACAGCUAUAACAAAAGAUUCCUGUGUGGUCUCAUGGAAGCCACCUGUAAGUGAUGGUGGUGCCAAGAUUAAAAAUUACACUCUUGAAAAACGUGAAAAGAAACAGAACAAGUGGAUUGUUGCAACAACUGGUGAAAUACGUGAAACUGUAUAUGCUGUGAAAGGUCUCAUUGAAGGUUUAGAAUAUGACUUCCGUGUCAAGUGUGAAAACCUUGGAGGAGAAAGUGAAUGGAGUGAAGAGUCUGAACCUAUUAUUCCCAAGUCUGAUGUACCUGUUCGUGCACCACAGUUUAAAGAAGAUCUGCGUAACUUGAAUGUGAAAUACAAGGGUAUUGCUACUUUUGUGAGCAAGGUUACUGGCCAUCCAAAACCUGUUGUUAAAUGGUUCAAGCAAGGUAAAGAAGUUUUACCAGAUGGUGAAAAGGUAAAAAUCCAGGAAUUCAAGGGUGGUUAUCAUCAGUUAGUAAUUUCAAAUGUUACUGAAGACGAUGCUACUGUCUACCAAAUCAGAGCUACCAACCAAGGAGGCUCUAUAUCCUCAACUGCUUCUCUAGAUGUUGAAGUUCCUGCUAAAAUUCACCUGCCUAAGCACCUGGAAGGUAUGGGGGCUGUUCAUGCCUUACGAGGUGAAGUGGUUAGUAUCAAGAUACCAUUCAGUGGUAAACCUGAUCCUGUGAUAACGUGGCAAAAGGGACAAGACCUCAUUGACACUAAUGGGCACUAUCAAGUUAUUGUUACAAGAUCAUUUACAUCACUUGUUUUCCCCAAUGGGGUAGACAGAAAGGAUGCUGGCUUCUAUAUUGUGUGUGCAAAGAAUAGAUUUGGAAUUGAUCAGAAGACUGUUGAGUUGGAUGUAGCUGAUGUACCUGAUCCACCAAGAGGACUUAAGGUUAGUGAUAUUACCCGGGACUCUGUCAAUUUGACAUGGAAUCCCCCAGCCAGUGAUGGUGGAAGCAAAAUUACAAACUACAUAGUUGAGAAGUGUGCCACUACAGCAGAAAGGUGGCUCCGUGUUGCACAGACCCGUGAUUCUCAUUAUACUGUGGUAAACUUGUUUGGAAAAACCAGCUAUCAGUUCCGUGUCAUUGCAGAAAAUAAAUUUGGUCAAGGCCAGCCAUCUGAACCAACAGAUGCAAUUGUCACAAGGGAAGAUAAAACAAGGAUGAUUAACUAUGAUGAAGAAGUGGAUGAGACCUUGGAGAUUACUCAGGGCAAAGCACCUCAUGCCUCUACUAAGGAACUGCACAAUAAGUACAUGAUUGCUGAAGAGCUGGGACGUGGGCAGUUUAGUAUUGUCCACCGCUGUGUUGAAAAUGUCUCUAAGAAAACAUACAUGGCAAAAUUUGUGAAAGUAAAGGGUGCUGAUCAAGUUUUAGUAAAGAAGGAACUUGAAAUUCUCAAUUUGUCCUGCCAUAGAAAUAUUUUGCACUUACAUGAGUCCUUUGAAAGUCUGGAAGAGUUAGUUAUGAUAUUUGAGUUUGUGUCAGGAGUUGACAUAUUUGAACGCAUUAAUAUAACUGGUUUUGAACUGAGUGAGAGAGAAAUAAUAAAUUACACAUCUCAGAUAUGCAAUGCGUUACAGUUCAUUCACAACCAGAACAUUGGUCAUUUUGAUAUCAGACCAGAAAAUAUUGUUUACACUACAAGGAGAAGCUCAUGUAUUAGGAUUAUUGAAUUUGGACAGGCAAGAAAGUUGAAACCUGGAGAUAACCUUAGAAUUCAGUAUACCUCUCCUGAGUACUGUGCACCUGAGAUACAUCAACAUGAUAUGGUAAGCACAGCCACAGAUAUGUGGUCAGUAGGUACCUUAGUAUAUGUUCUUCUGAGUGGGCUUAAUCCAUUUAUGGCUGAAACUAACCAGCAAAUCAUAGAUAACAUCAUCAGUGCUGACUAUAACUUUGAUGAUGAGGCAUUCAAAGAUAUUAGUAUUGAAGCAAUGGACUUUGUGGAUCGCCUUUUGGUAAAAGAAAGAAAGCCACGCAUGAGUGCUGCUGAGGCUCUUGAACAUCCAUGGUUGAAGCAGAAAACAGAGCAAAUGAGCACCAAAGUUAUUAAAACCUUAAGGCAUAGACGUUACUACCAAACUCUAGUAAAGAAGGAAUGGAAUGUUGUUGUUUCUGUAGCCCGUAUUUCUUUAGGAGGUGCCGUAAGAUCACAGAAGGGUGUUACAGUUGCUAAAGUAAAAGUUGCACCAUUUGAAAUUGGUCCACUGGCAGGGCAGAUAAUGCAUGCUGUCUCUGAAGAAGGUGGUUAUGUCAAAUUUGUAUGCAAGAUUGAAAACUAUGACCAGUCCACAGAGGCAACAUGGUACUUUGGUGUAAGACAGCUAGAAGAAAGUGAAAAAUAUGAAAUUGCCUAUCAUGAUGGAGUGGCCAGUAUAUAUGUUAAAGACAUUGGCAAAUUGGAUGAUGGUACUUACAGAUGUAAGGUAGUGAAUGACUAUGGUGAAGAUAGCUCCUAUGCUGAACUGUUUGUUAAAGGUGUAAGAGAACCUUAUGAUUAUUACAAAGGACGCACUGUGAAGAAAGUGAAGCGCAGAGUGGAUGCUGCAAGACUUCUUGAGAGACCACCAGAGUUCACUUUACCAUUGUAUAAUAAAUCUGCACAUGUUGGUGAAGAUGUCCGAUUUGGUGUAACUAUAACAGUCCAUCCAGAACCUCGUGUUACAUGGCUGAAAUCAGGACAGAGAAUCAAACCAGGUGAAGAUGAUAAAAAAUACACUUUUGAGACUGAUAAAGGUCUCUACCAGCUUAUCAUCCACAAAGUAACAAAGGAUGAUGAGGCUGAAUACACAGUUAUGGCUCGCAACAGAUACGGUGAGGAUAGCUGCAAAGCUAGGUUGACAGUAACACCUGCUCCAGCUGGUCCAGAUAAUACAAUGAGGCCAAUGUUCAAACGCUUAUUGGCAAAUGCUGAAUGCAAAGAGGGACAAAGCAUCCGUCUUGAACUAAGGGUAUCUGGAAUACCAGUCCCCACAAUAAAAUGGGAAAAAGAUGGCCAACCUCUAUCAUUAGGGCCACAUAUGGAAGUUGUACAUGAAGGUUUAGAUUACUAUGCUCUGUAUAUCAGAGAAACCUUGCCAGAAGACUCUGGUACCUAUAGAGUUAUUGCAACAAAUACUGCAGGAUCUUCAAGCUGUCAAGCAUAUGUAAAAGUAGAACGUGUGACAUAUGUCAAGCGAGAAUAUAAGAGUGAGGAAGAACGCCAAAUUCAUGUUCAAAAACAGAUCGACAAAACUCUUAGAAUGGCUGAAAUUCUUGGUGGAGUUGAAGCUGUUCCUCUAACACCACUUGCCAAAGAUGCUCUCAGAGAAGCUGCUGUUUUGUACAAACCAGCUGUGAGUACUAAGACAGUAAAAGGUGAAUUUGAAAUUUCAAAGGAAGAGAAAAAGAAAAAAGAAAAGGUAUUCCGCAUGCCAUAUGAUAUUCCAGAACCUCGUGUAACUGCACCAACUGCACUUGAAGAGGAUCAAGAGAUAAAGCACUUUGUUCCUUUAUCAGAGAUGAAGUGGUACAGAAAGUUAAGAGAUCAAUAUGAAAUGCCAGCACCACUUGAGAAAAUUCCACAAAAGAGACCAAAACGCAUUCGUCUGUCCAGAUGGGAGCAAUUUUAUGUGAUGCCUCUCCCACGUAUUUCUGAUCAAUAUAAACCUAAAUGGCGUAUACCAAAACUUUCACAAGAUGACCUGGAAAUAGUGCGUCCAGCUCGUCAACGUACACCAUCUCCAGAAUAUGAAAUGUACUACCGACCAAGAAGACGAUCUCUUGGUGACUUGUCAGAUGAAGAGUUACUUCUGCCUGUUGAUGACUAUUUAUCAAUGAGAAGAACAGAGGAAGAAAGACUUCGCCUUGAAGAGGAACUAGAGUUGGGAUAUUCUGCAUCUCCUCCAAGUCGCAGCCCCCCUCGUUUUGAGCUGUCUACUCUACGUCAUGUAUCACCAAGGGUAUAUUUAGGAACAGAAAGAGAAGAAGAAGAGGAAGCUUUUCAGUAUGCAACAUAUCAUAUCCCAAGUAAACACGAAGUAGGUCCAAGCUACAGGGAACUUCGUGAACGUCAUGAUAGGGCUUCCUAUAGGACACCAAAACAAAAAUUAAGAGUAAUGGAUGAAAAAGAAGAUGAAGAACUGCUUCGCCCUUAUGCCACGACUCAAAGACUUACUUCUUACAAAAGAGAGCUUGAACACCUAGAACAUGAAGAAAGACUGAGGAUUACAGCAAGAAGAGAGAGACAAGUUACAGAAGUAAGAGAAGAAAUAGAAGAAUCAGGAAAAGUAACAGAACAUAUUCAUACUAGAUCUACUAAGUCUCCUUCUGCCUCACGUCUUCUAAGACGUAGGAGGUCUCUUUCACCAACUUACAUUGAACUGAUGCGCCCUGUAUCUGAACUGAUAAGGCCACGUGUACGUCCUGCUGUAGAACUAGAAACAGAAAGAAGAUCUCCUACUCCAGAAAGAACACGGCCUCGUUCACCAAGUCCUGUUUCCAGUGAAAGGCCCUCAUCUAGGUUUGAGAGAACUGCACGAUUCGAUAUCUUUUCUAGAUAUGAAUCGAUGAAAGCUGCUCUAAAGAGUCAGAAGACAACAGAAAGGAAAUAUGAAGUUGUAAGUCAGCAGCCUUUUAGUCUUGACCAUGCACCACGUAUUACUCUGAGAAUGCGCUCACAUCGUGUGCCAUGUGGCCACAGUACUAGAUUCACGCUUAAUGUUCAGUCAAAGCCAGCAGCUGAAAUCAAAUGGUAUCAUAAUGGCAUAGAAAUCCAAGAAAGCAGCAAAAUUCACUUUACAGACAUGAGUGGAGUUCUGACCUUGGAAAUCCUUGACUGCCAGUCCGAAGACAGUGGCACUUACCGUGUGACAUGUUCAAACUACAAAGGAGAAGCUUCUGACUAUGCAACAUUAGAUGUAACUGGAGGUGAAUAUACUACCUUUUCUUCUCGCCGUAAGGAUGAAGAACCUCCAAAACCUCUUGUUCCUGAAAUGGUAAAGACAGAAGUUUACCAGGUUUCCUCAAUCAGAAAAACAACAGCAACAGAAACAACAGCAGAGGUGAAGGAAACAAAAACAAAAGUAAGUGAGGCAGUAGAGACAAUAGUCUCUGAAGGGAAAUCUGUUCAUGAGGAGGUUAAAACUCCCCUACCUGCUAGAAUUCUGACAAAACCACAAUCCAUUACCGUCUCUGAAGGAGAGUCUGCAAGAUUUGCCUGUGAUAUUGAUGGUGAGCCAGCACCUACUGUAAAGUGGCUGCAUGCUGGACAAACAAUUGUUUCUUCUAAACGCUAUCAGGUUAUCACAACACAGUAUAAAUCUACUUUUGAGAUAUCAUCUGUUCAAAGAGUUGACGAAGGCAGUUACACUGUAGUAGUUGAGAACUCGGGAGGAAAACAAGAGGCACAUUUUACUUUGACUAUUCGUAGAGCAGGAGCCAAAGAGAAAGCUGUUAUAUCCCCACCUAGAGUGAAAUCCCCAGAACCUCAUGUGAAAUCUCCAGAAUCAGUUAAGUCUCCAAAAAGUGUGAAAUCUCCUGAACCACCUACAUCUCAUCCAAAAGGGAAAUUAGCAUCUGGUACUGUGACAACUUCAGCAGAAAGACUGGGCACAUCGGCCACUACACCACAAAGAAUAACAGAACAGGUAACAGAAGAGCCUGGCACAAAAGUGACUCAAGAAACAUCAAAAAUUAUUUAUGAAGAUAUUGUUAAAAAAGAAAUUCAAUAUGAAGAAGAUAAAAGAUCUGAAAUUACAGCUGCUACAACUAAAAUGACUCUUUCAGAAAGUCAGACAGUUACUUUGAAGUCCAGCAUCCCUGGUGCCAGUGAAAUAAAAUGGGUGUUAAAUGGAGUUGAGCUAGUUAAUUCUGAGGCAUACAGACAUGGAGUUUCUGGGAAUGAUCACACCCUAACAAUUAAAAAGGUUGGCUUUAAAGAUGAAGGAAUUAUCACAUGUCAUGCAAAAACUGAAUCAGGAUAUGUCAAAUGUCACUUUGAUCUGACAGUCAGCAAGAAGAAGUCAAAUGCUCCUGUAUUUAUUUCACAACCAAAGUCUCAGAUUGUAAAUGAGGGUGAAAGAAUAGUAUUUAGUUGCAAAGUGGCUGGAGAUCCAUCACCUGAAAUCGAAUGGCUUAAAGAUAAUCAGCCUAUUAACAUUUCAAGAAAUAUGAAAGUUAGUCGUUCUGGAAGUAUGUACACUCUUGAAAUUCAAAAGCCAACUGUACCUGACAGUGGAAAAUACACAGUUACUGCAAAGAAUUUUCAUGGACAAUGUUCAGCUACAGCAUCCUUAAAUGUUGUUGCUCUAGUUGAAGAACCACCUCAAAAGGUAGUAUUGGGGAAAAGUGCUGCUGCGAGCAUGCAGGAAAGCAUCUCUGCCAAGGCUGUUCACAUGGCAUCCUCUAAACAAGAGACAUCCUUCAGUAGCAGCAGCAGUAUGAGUGAAGUUAAAUUUGCGAGCAUGUCUGCUCAAAGCAUGUCUUCUGUGAAACAGUCUUCUGCUGUCAUAAGUUCCAGCAGUGUUGCAGAACUGUCCAGUCAUAAACAACUGGAAAGGUCUACAGGCAAAAUGAUUAAACGUGGUGUUAAAGGAUUACCUCCCAAAAUUGAAGCUGUUCCAUCUGACAUCAGUAUUGAUAAAGGAAAAGUUCUUACAGUUUCAUGUGCAUUCUCAGGCGAGCCUUCUCCUGAUGUCACAUGGCUACGAGGAGGAAAAACACUUAAGGAUCUAGAAGCAAGCGGUAGAUUCCAUAUUGAAACAACAGAAGAUGUGACUGUCCUUACCAUCGCUGGUGUCAGAGAAAAUGAUGCAGGACCUUACAUGCUGAAAUUAACAAAUGGACUUGGAUCUGACUCUGCCACCAUCAAUAUUCAUAUACGAUCCAUGUAAAGUGUUUCACAAGUUUUCAAUCUAUUUUAGUUUAUUUUUUUAAUGCCUUAUGUAAGUUAUUGAAAACUGGAAGCUUUAUGAAUAUAGACUGAAACAUCUAAUUCUUGUAAAUAUUAAAAAUAAUUAUUUUUGUACUUAACUGGACAAGACGAAGUCUGAGAAAGUGACAGAUUGUGAUAUUGUCAUUAUAUGACUUAGCAAUUUUAACCAUUUUUUUCCAUUCUUCAUGUACAUACUGUAUAUAGCCGACUUUACCGGUUAUGGAAGUUUUGUACCUUUUAUUUUAUGACAUAUUUAACUGUAACUUAUGGAACUAAUAGUUGGCAGGAGAAAGUUACUUAGAGAGCGAAUACCCUGCUUAACUUUCAAAUAUUUGUGCCUCAACAUAAUGUUGAUGUCUAAGCUUGCCUCAACAGGUAGAGAGGCUCCCUGUUGAAGACUUACCUGCACUCACGUGACAACAUUAUGCACGGUUUCUCUGUACGUGCAAGGACAUAUGUAUAUUGAUUGUAAAAUGUAAGGCAUAUGCUGUCUUUUGCAAAUACCCUCCUGCAAGAGAUAGCAAUAAGUUUUACAUACAGACUGACCUGUCAUGUUACCAUCAUUAAGAGAGAAUAAUUUGAUAUUAUGUGGAAAGUGCAAGCGGCCAGCACUUAACACACCUCAUUUUUAUAUGCACUGUUUCUGGCAUGGUAACUACUUGGAGUAGCUUGAAAAAUAACAUCACCUGGCCAUUCCCCUCAUUUUAACAAGUUGUUCAGGUACUUCUUUGCAGGAACAGUGCCACUCCUGGAGGUUCCCAGAGUGAACUAAUAGUGUUGUGUGGUAGUAUUAGCAUUUCAUACUGUCUGUUAUGGGCAAGAUGAAGCCAUGAACCAUAGGAAAAAUAACCACUGUGUUAUUUAAUGAUAACAAGCCCACACUUCAGUUUGGUUUAGAUCCAUUAAUGUGUUAUCUGUUUUCUUUUUUCUGAAUUGUAUGGAACCUCCAUGAGAUGCUGUAUUAUUAAAUUUAAAAUAAAGCAUGAUACCUUGCACAUAAA